CUGCGGCACCAACCAAUCAGAGGCUUUUUCCUGCGUGAUGUCAGUGGCGUAUAAAGCCCCCCGUGGUCGGUGGGCAGCCCUGAGCAGAGUCAGCGUUCCCGGCCCGGACGCCUCGGCUGGAGGGACUGCUGUCAGGAGGAAAAACAGAACUACACGGCGUCGGCCUGUAGUUUUGUUUUUUUCUGAGGGCUUCCUGUGCCGCUCAGCUGCUCUUCUGGACUUUCUGACCCGUUUCUGGAUAAAGAUUUUAGAUUUCCUGCACCGCGCCCUGCCGUGGGCCCCCCAGGCAUCCUUGCGCUGACAGGGUGCCGACCGUGAUGUCAACACAAGCGCCGACGUUUACUCAGCCGCUGCAGAGCGUCGUGGCACUAGAGGGUAGUGCCGCUUCGUUCGAGGCUCAAGUUAGUGGUUUUCCAGUUCCUGAGGUGAGCUGGUUCCGUGAUGGCCAGGUUCUUUCCGCCGCAGCUCUGCCCGGCGUCCAGAUCUCGUUCAGCGACGGCCGCGCUGUUCUGAGCAUUCCCGCUGUGACUGCCGCACACAGCGGACGCUUUUCUGUCAGAGCCACCAACGGCGCUGGACAAGCUACGAGCACCGCUGAGCUCCUGGUUACAGCCGAGACGGCGCCACCAACCUUCAUUCAGAGACUUCAGAGCUCCACAGUGAGGCAGGGCAGUCAGGUGAGGCUGAGCGUCAGAGUCUCUGGUAUCCCCACACCUGUGGUGAAGUUCUACAGGGAGGGAGCCGAGAUCCAGAGCUCCACCGACUUCCAGAUCCUGCAGGAAGGAGACCUGUACAGUCUGCUGAUCGCUGAGGCCUUCCCAGAGGAUUCUGGGGCUUAUUCUGUGACAGCCACCAACAGCAGCGGGCGGGCCACAUCCACCUGCGAGCUGCUGGUUCAAGGCGAAGAAGCAGUUCCCAUUAAGAAAACAAAGACGAUCAUGUCCACAUCCCAGAUGGAGAUGUCCGGAACCACAAUGGAAAGGAAGUCCAUGGAGGCCAGUUUCCAGGCCACCACUAUGAUGGAGAUGCACGUUGAAGGAGGAAUCAUGACUCAACACAUUGCUCACAAAACCCCACCGAGGGUCCCGCCUAAACCCACAUCCAGGUCUCCGCCGUCCUUCGUCUCCAAGGUACCGGGAGGUCGCCAGCAGUCACCUUCACCCGUCAGACAUGUGAAGGGACCAACGCCUGCACCUGUCAGACCCGUCUCUCCCUCCAGCAGGAUGUCCAUCUCUCCCAUCAGACCUGUCCGCUCUCCUGUGAUGACCAGAAAACAGGUUUCUGGCUCCACUGAGGUUCUCCCGCCCUGGAAGCAGGGAGAUUACGUGACUGAAGGCUACACCAGUAUGACCAGCAUGACCAGUAUGAGCAGCAUGAGCAGCUCCACACAGCUGCACAUGGAGAAACAGUGGGAGCAUCAGGUGGCCGCCAGUAGAGAGGAGGCGGUCGCUGUGCCAUUGAGAGCCCAAGAACCUGCAGUCCCUCCCACUAUCUUGGCAGGCCUGAAGAACCUGACAGUGACAGAGGGCGAGUCGGUGACCCUGGAGUGUCAGAUCAGCGGUCAGCCCGCCCCCAUCAUCAUGUGGUUCAGAGAGGACUACAAAAUCGAGAGUUCAAUUGACUUUCAGAUCAGCUAUGAGAAUGGCAUCGCCCGAAUGAUGAUCCGCGAGGCAUUUGCCGAAGACAGCGGUCGCUUCACUUGCACCGCCACUAAUGAGGCCGGAACCAUCAGCACCUCCUGCUACCUGCUCGUAAAAGUUUCAGAGGAAAUAGAGAGCAGAGAGGAGAUGGUGACUGUCACAAAAACUGGGCUCACAGAAGCCAAAACUGUUGCUGUCGAGAUGAGGGAGCAGGCAGAGAUCAGCACCGGAGAAACUGCUGCCCCCUUCUUUAUUAAGAAACCCACUCCCCAGAAGCUGGUGGAGGGAGGAAGUGUUGUAUUUGAGUGUCAAAUUGCAGGAAACCCAAGACCUCACAUCAUUUGGAAGAAGAGUGGCGUUCCACUCACCACUGGAUACAGAUAUAAAGUUGCCUACAAAAAGGAGACCGGAGAAUGCCGACUGGAGAUUUCAAUGACCUUCGCUGAUGACGCAGGAGAGUACUCCGUCUUUGCUAAGAAUCCUCUCGGAGAAGCGUCAGCCACUGCCAUCCUGCUGGAUGAAGAACAAUAUGAAGCCUACAUGAAGCAACAAGAUGUGACAUAUAAAACCGAAGUGACAACGACCGUGGUCCAGGAACCCCAGCCGGUCGUAGCUCAGUAUGAGUUUGAACAAAGGAGGGUGACGACCCCCAUGAGCUUCAUCUCAGAAACGGAGUUCAUGAUUUCGGCCUUUGAGGAGAGGAUCAUCCAGGAGAUUGAGAUCCGUAUCUUGCAGAUCACCUACAGAGAGUUGGUGACCGAGGACGGAGAGCUGAUGGUGACUGUCGCAGAAGAAGAGGCCCUGCAGCCGGCCUUUGAGACGCCAGUGAAAAACUACCGGAUCAUGGAAGGAAUGGGCGUCACUUUCCACUGCAGGAUGUCUGGCACACCGCUGCCUAAGAUUGUUUGGUACAAAGACGGCCAGCGCAUCAGGCCUGGUGGCCGGUACCAGAUGGAGGUCCUUCAGGAUGGACGAGCCAGCCUCCGUCUGUCCGUGGUUCAACCAGAGGAUGAAGGAGUGUACACUGCCUUCGCCUCCAACAUGAAGGGAAAUGCCGUCAGCUCAGGGAAGCUCUACGUGGAGCCUUCUGGAGGUGUAACUCCUCCCAGUUACACACCACAGCCAUCAAUGCAGAGGAUUAGAUCCACAUCUCCUCGCUCUCUGAGUCGUUCUCCUGGCCGUUCAUCCAGCCGUUCACCUGGACGUUCCCCAGCUCGCCGCCUUGAAGAGACUGAUGAAAUUCAUCUGGAAAGACUUUACAAACCCGUGUUUGUCAUGAAGCCUUCCUCUAUCAAAUGCGCAGAGGGACAAACUGCCAGAUUUGACUUAAAGGUUGUAGGCAGACCAAUGCCUGAAACCUACUGGUUCCACAAUGGACAACAAAUUGUCAACGACUUCACACACAAGAUAGUGAUUAAGGAGGAUGGCACUCAGUCCCUGAUUAUUGUCCCAGCUGUGCCAAAAGACUCUGGAGAAUGGACCGUUGUCGCUCAGAACCGAGCUGGACGAACAUCUGUUGCCGUUAAUCUCUCUGUUGAAGCCAGAGAAAGCGUAUCCAGACCUCAAUUUAUUGAAAAACUGAAGAACAUCACAGUGAAGCAGGGCACAUUGGUGGAACUGGCUGUCAAAGCCAUUGGAAACCCCCUGCCAGAUAUCGUUUGGCUGAAAAACAGCGACAUUAUUACUCCAUCAAAGCACCCACACAUCAGGAUUGAAGGAACCAAAGGAGAGGCCAAAUUCCAGAUUCCUUCAUCUGCUGGCUCAGACAGUGCAUGGUAUACUGCCACAGCUAUCAACAAGGCUGGCAGAGACACCACCCGCUGCAGAGUCAAUGUGGAGGUAGAUCACUCUGCCCCGCAAGCUGAGAGGAAGCUCAUUAUUCCCAGAGGAACCUACAAAGCUAAAGAGAUUGCCGCUCCAGAACUGGAGCCACUCCACAUGCGUUAUGGCCAAGAGCAGUGGGAGGAAGGCGACCUUUAUGACAAGGAGAAGCAGCAGAAACCAGCGUUUAAGAAGAAGCUCACCUCCAUCAGGAUGAAACGUUUUGGUCCAGCCCACUUUGAGUGCAGGCUGACUCCAAUUGGAGACCCCACCAUGGUGGUGGAUUGGCUUCAUGAUGGCAAGCCUCUGGCUGCUGCCAACAGGCUGCGUAUGGUCAAUGAGUUUGGCUACUGCAGCCUGGACUAUGAGGUUGCUUAUGCAAGAGACAGUGGAGUGAUCACCUGCAGAGCAACCAACAAGUUUGGAGUCGACCAGACCUCGGCUACCCUGAUCGUCAAGGAUGAGAAAGGCCUUGUAGAGGAAUCUCAGCUUCCUGAAGGCAGGAAGGGAGCAUAUCGAAUGGAUGAGAUUGAGCGCAUUGCCCAUGAGGGAGGACCUGCAGGAGUCAGCCUUGAUGAUGAAUCCGAAAAGACAAAACCUGAAAUUGUCCUGCUUCCAGAGCCAGCCAGAGUGCUGGAAGGAGACAUCGCUCGGUUCCGCUGCAGAGUGACCGGCUACCCUGCUCCAAAGGUUAAUUGGUACCUCAACGGACAACUCAUUCGCAAAAGCAAGAGAUACAGACUUCGUUACGAUGGUAUUUACUACCUGGAGAUUGUUGACGUCAAGUCGUACGACUCCGGUGAAGUCAGAGUGGUUGCAGACAAUCCUUUAGGCACAACUGAACACACCGUGAAGCUGGAGAUCCAACAGAGAGAGGACUUUAGAGCAGUGCUGCGUCGUGCUCCAGAGCCCAAAGCUGCAGAGGUCCCACAUGAAUCUGGCAAAAUCGGAUUUGACAUUGUCAAGGUGGACAGACCUGGUGAGGUCCCACAGGACAGGGAAGUAGUUAAGUUGCGUAAGGCGCAGAGAAUCGUUCAUGAGAAAACCUCUGAGGAGUCUGAGGAGCUAAAGAGCAAGUUCAAGCGCAGAACAGAGGAGGGCUUCUAUGAAUCUAUCUCUGCAGUAGAAUUCAAAUCUCGCAAGAGGGAUGACUCCUAUGAAGAUUUACUAAAAAAGACUAAAGACGAGCUACUUCAUCACAUGAAGGAAAUGGAAGAAGCUGAAAGGAGGAAGAUGGAAGAGCAAGGCAAAAUCACCAUCCCCACAAUCAAACCGGAGAGGAUCCAGCUGUCACCCAGCAUGGAAGCCCCACAUAUCCUCGAACGGAUUGGAAGCAAGACUGUUUCUCCAAAGGACGAGGUUCGUUUCAGAGUCAGAGUUGUCGGUAGACCAGAACCUGAGUGCCAGUGGUUCAAGAAUGGCAUUCUUCUGGAAAAAUCUGACCGUAUCUACUGGUACUGGCCUGAGGAUCAUGUGUGUGAACUGGUGAUUAGAGAUGUCACAGUGGAGGAUUCUGCUAGCAUUAUGGUUAAGGCCAUCAAUGUUGCUGGAGAGUCGUCAAGCCAUGCCUUCCUUCUUGUACAAGCCAAGGCAGCCAUUAGUUUUAUCCAAAACCUUGCUGAUGCCAGUGCAAAUGAGAAGGACACCAUGGUGACCUUUGAAUGUGAAACCAACGAACCAUUCGUCAAGGUCAAAUGGCUGAAGAAUAAUGUUGAGAUUUUCUCAGGAGACAAAUACAGGAUGCACUCUGACAGAAAGGUCCACUUCCUGUCUGUGCUGAUAAUUGAAAUGAGUGAUGAUGCAGAAUACUCAUGUAUGGUAAUAGAUGACGAGAAUAUCAGGACAAAUGCAAGGCUCCAUGUCGAAGGUGCCGCCCUGGAGCUCAACAAACAUUUGGAAAACAUUGAAGUACCAGAGAGCUAUGCUGGGGAGUUUGAGGUUGAGGUUUCUCGCGAAGAUGCUGAGGGAAAAUGGUUCUUUGGCGAGAAAGAGCUCUCUCCCAGCAGUAAAUAUGUCAUAGCUUCCCGCCGAGGACGGCACACCCUGGCUGUCAAGGACGUCAGGAAGGACGACCAGGGGAAGUACACCUUUGUUUGUGGAGAUCUGAGGACCAGCGCCUCACUGAAAAUGAAAUUGCGACCCGUGACUCUAAUGCAGCCGCUGACUGACCUUACUAUCUGUGAGGGUGACAUUGCUCAGCUGGAAGUCAAGUUCUCCCAGGAGAACGUUGAAGGUACCUGGCUGAAAAAUGGCCAGGCAGUCUCUGCCUCAGACCGCAUCCACAUCGUCAUCGACAAACAGGUUCACAAACUGCUAGUGGAGAACGUUAGCAGAGAAGACGCUGCAUCCUACUCAUUUGUGGUUCCAACUCAUGAAAUCUCCACCUCAGGCAAACUCAAUGUGCAAACUAUCGACAUUGUGGUGCCACUGAAGGACGUGUCGUCCACUGAAGGCACAAAGGCAGUCCUUGAGUCUAAGAUCUCAGCUCAGGAUAUCAGCUCUAUCAAAUGGUACCACAACGACAAGCUGCUGAUCCCAGGUGACCGAGUCCAGGCUGUGGCAAAGGGCACCAAACAGCGACUUGCCUUUACCAGGACCUUUGCUUCAGACGAAGGACGUUACAAACUGGUGGUCGGCAAGGUCGAAACCAGCUGCAACCUGACUGUUGAACAGGUCCAUAUUGUGAAGCACAUGGAGGACAAAGUGUGCUCAGAGUCCCAGAACGUCACCUUCAAUGUUGAGGUUUCACAUCCUGGAAUCGACCCUCUCUGGACCUUCAGGAACCAGCAGCUCAAGGCUGGACCCAAAUACAAGUUGGAGUCCAAGGGAACGGCUCACUCUCUGACUGUGUUAGACACCAUGAAAGAUGAAGAGGGCCAGUACAUGUUCCACGCUGGAGAGAAGACAUCCAGCGCUCAGCUCACUGUCUCUGGUGGCGCCAUCACACGGCCUCUGCAGGAUGUGACGGUGGCCGAGUCUCAGACCUCUGAGUUCGAGUGUGAAGUUGCCAACGCUGAAGCUGAAGGCAAGUGGCUCAAGGACGGUCAGCUCGUCAACUUCAACGAGAACGUUGUGAGCGAGGUGAACGGGUCUGUCAGACGUCUCGUCAUCGUCAUCACCAGGCCACAGGAUGUCGGAGAGUACACCUACCAGGUGGCCAACUCCAAAACCAGCGCAAACCUCAAGGUGGAAGCUGUGAAGAUCAAGAAGACUUUGAGAAACCAGACAGUAACAGAGACCCAGGAGGCUAUGUUCUCACUGGAACUCACCCACCCGGACGUGAAAGGAGCCCAGUGGAUCAGGAACGGAGUCGAACUGCAGAACAGCGACAAGUUCGAGAUUAUCUCAGAAGGGACAAUCCAGACUCUGAAGGUGAAGGACUGCAACACACAAGACGAGACGAUUUAUUCCUUCAAGCUGGGGAAACUAUCCGCCACUGCCAGGCUCAAUGUAGAGACAAUCAAGAUUGUCAAGAAGAUUAAAGACGUGAAAUCCUUGUUGGACGGCACCGCCUCCUUUGAGUUGAGCCUGUCGCAUGACAAUGUCCCCGUCAGGUGGAUGUUCAAAGGCGUCGAGCUGAAGGCAAGCGAGAAAUGCAAGAUUCUGUCGGAGAGGAAAGCUCACAAACUGAUCCUGCAGAACGUCGACAGCAGCAACGCAGGAGAGUACACGGCCGUGAUCGGACACCUGCACUGCAGCGCCAUGCUUACUGUAGAGGCUCUGUGUGUCACCAAACCAAUGGAGAGUGUGGAGGUCCCUGAGACCCAGGUGGCCACGUUUGAGUGCGAAGUUUCUCACUUCAAUGUGCCGUCCACCUGGCUCAAAGACGGCGUGGAGAUUGAGAUGAGUGAGAAGUUCAGGAUCGUGGUUCAGGGGAAACUUCACCAACUGAAGAUCAUGAACACCAGCAGGGAAGACUCUGCGGAGUACACCUUCAUCUGUGGGAACGACAGAGUGUCAGCGACGCUUACCGUCAAUCCUGUCCUGAUCACCUCCAUGCUAAAUGACUUGAACGCUCAGGAGAGAGACACGAUUACCUUUGAAGUCACUGUAAACUAUGAGGGCAUUACCUACAAAUGGCUGAAGAAUGGUGUAGAGGUCAAAUCAUCAGAAAGAUGUCAAGUCCGCAGCCGGCAGUUCACACAUUCACUCACUAUCCGAAAUGUUCACUUCGGUGACGGAGGAGAAUACCAGUUUGUAGCAGGCUCUGCUGCUAGUGCCGCUAACCUCUUUGUUGAAGCUCGUGUGAUUGAGUUCACCAAGAAGAUUAAAGACAUAAAGAUAACCGAGAAGAAAAAGGCGAUGUUUGAGUGUGAAGUUUCUGAGCCUAACAUCCAGGUGAUGUGGAUGAAGGACGGCCAGGAGUUGGACUUAACUGAGGAAAGGUAUGUUGUGACAGCCGAGAAGUUUGUCCAUCGUCUGAUGAUCCAGACGGUUCGUAUGUCAGAUGCUGGAGAGUAUUCAGUCGUGGCUGGAUCCAGCGUCUCCAAGGCCCAACUAAUCGUAGAGGGACGUGACGUCCGGAUCGCUGAACCUGCAGAGCGCGAAAUCAUGGUUCUUGAGAAACACAGAGCAACCUUCGAGUUUGAGGUGAACGAGGACGACAUUGAAGGACGUUGGCUCAGGAACGGUGUGGAGAUCCAGUUCUCUGUGGAGGAAAGGUUCAGCUAUGUUGCCAUUAGGAAGCUGCACCGCCUCACCAUCUCUGAGACCUACAGAAGUGAUGCUGGAGAAUAUACUUUCAUCGCCGGAAAGAACAGGAGCACCAUGCACCUAAGGGUUAACAUCCCAGAGCCUCCUCAGAUCCUCCGUCACAUGGAGCCCCAGUCAGUCGAGGCAGGAAAGCCGGCUCGCUUCUCCGUUCAGGUGAGCGGCGUUCCUCCACCGCAGGUCUCCUGGUACAAAAACUCCCAGGCUCUGUCGCCGGGCUUCAAGUGCAAGUUCCUUCACGACGGCAAUGAGCACACGCUGCUUCUGAUCGAAGUAUUCCCCGAGGACGCCGCCGUCUACAACUGCGAGGCAAAGAACGACUACGGCACGGCCACCAGCACCGCCACACUCAAUGUGGAAGUGUCAGAAGUGGUCUCUCCAGACUCUGCUGCCCCCAUCACUCCGCCAGUCAUCAUCUCACCCAUCUCCAACACCUCAGCCAGAGAGGGAGAAUCCGCUCACUUCCAGUGCAGAGUCCGUGGAGACGAUGUGAAGAUCAGCUGGUUCCACAAGGAGAAGGAAAUCAAGCAGUCAGACUUCUUCAGGAUGUCUCAGUUCGACGACAGCUGUCAGCUGGAAAUCUCCAGAGUUUACCCAGAGGAUGAGGGGGAAUACACUUGUGUGGCCACAAACAACGCCGGGAAAGUGUCCUGCUCUGCCACUCUCACACUGGACGUGACUCUUGUGAGGGAGCAGAUCGAAGCCACAGUAGAAGAAGAAGUUAAAGAGCGUUCUAGCACCACCAUCACCACUGUGGAAGAACGAGAGGAAACCUUCUACACUGGUGUCCAGUUACCACAGAAAUCUAAAACACUUGAACUCAAGCCAGAACCCAAACGUUACUCUUCGACUUUCGAGAAGAAAAAAGAAAAGCCAGUUUUUCUCAGCCAGCUAUCCCCAGCAGCCAUAAGCUCAGGGGAAACAGCCAGAUUUACGGUCAAGGUGUCCGGCUUUCCAAAGCCGAUUGUUCAGUGGUCUCGCAAUGGUAGGGUGAUAAAAAGCUCCUCUGCGUACAGGCUGAUAGAGGAAAAGGAGGAGUACACAUUGGUGAUCACUAAAGUUACAUCUGAGUAUGAGGGUGAAUACUCCUGCACUGCCACCAACAGGUUUGGGCAGACAACAUGCUCCACAUACCUAGAAGUGAAAAAGCCUGACAUCAGCCAGGCAGAGAGGUGGGUGGAGAAAAUGUUUAAGGUCACAGGUCAGCCACCUACAUUUACUGUUCAGAUUCAACCUGUUAGAUGUUCAGAAGGAGGGGAGGUUUAUUUUAAUUAUAAAACCACAGGAGAUCCAAUUCCUGAUGUGAAAUGGUUGAAAGGGGCUUUCCAAAUUCAGCCCAGCAGAAACUGCAUCAUAGUAACCAACCCAGAUGGAUCUGGCCUUAUCAAUAUCAAGAGCGUCAAACAGGAAGACAGUGGCCUAUACACAUGUAAAGCCUCCAACCAGUUUGGUGAGGCAACUUGUAGUGCUGAGCUUGUUGUGUUUAGGGAGUCAGUCUCUGUUUCACACAAAGAGGAGCAGCUAACUAUGGUUCAUAAAAAGUCCUAUAAGGUGUCGGUGUCUGACCAGGCAACAGAGUCUCGUCUGUAUCAGGUCAGUCUUCCAGGCCAGGACAAAACCCGGUCAGAUCAAAUGGUUUAUACCAUUGGUACCGAAGACAGGAAGAUCAUUCCUAGUGAGCAGGUGGCCUCGCUUGGGGAGGUUGACAUCUCUGCUGCAACCAUCCAUCGUGAGACACUGACCCAACAGGCAGCUGUGCUUCAGACUCAUGAGAUAGAGGAGAGGGUUUCUGUGGUUCCCACUCACCCGCCUCAGGCAUCAGCUGUUCCUGGGAAGCAGCUUCACAUGGCAGCAUUUACAUCCUCUGUAGAAGAGAGUCAGGGCGUCACAGAGCAGCACUGUGACCGCAUUCAGAGUCCUGAGGUAAUUGAACUGCAGCUGGCUAGAGAAAAACAAUCAAAAUUAAUGUCUGCCGUGGCAGAGGAACUCAUCCCUCUUUCAACCGUCAGCACAGAGCUUCUGCAUGACAGGCAGCCUGCUAAAGUUAAACCCACCUCCGAACCCAAACACUUGGUCAGCGGGCAUCAGGUGGAGUCGCAACUUUCUAUUGUAAGAGAGAAAUCUGAGGAUAUCCCUGGACAACAGCAAGAGAAGAGCUACAGUGUGAAGGAAGGUAUUAAAAUUUUAUAUUCAGCUCAGUCUACAGAGAAACAAGUAAUGGAAGAAGGCCACACAGCUGAACUAUCAACAGCAGAAUCUGCUGUCAAAUCCACCAUUAAGAAAGAAGAGCGUCGGCCCAUUUUAGCCUCAAUCAGUGAGUCCAAACAAACUCUUUCUAAGGAGACAGGGUUCUUGAUGCAGAUGCCUGCUGAAGAAACAGCUCAGCUUUCCAAAGACAGAAUAAUGAAGGCAGCUUUAAAUGCUGAAGAAAGGCAAAUACUGCAGGCUGAACCAACUAAAGAACUGCCAUGUUUGGACAGGGCAGUGACUGUUCAGUCACAUGUAGAAAGUGGGAAGGUACUGCACCUGCAGGUCAUCUCAGACCAAGACCUCCUUUCAUCUGAAAAGAGCUUCAGUUCUGAAAAACCAGCACCUGAGCAGGCAGAUACCAGGAAGAGUCCCACCCUGUUGCACACUGUCAGUCAAGAUGAACAAAGAAUUGUUUUUUGUGAAGACAUAUCAGAGUUUGAAGCUAAGGCCAGUUCGAUAGCCAUUCAACCCCAAAAAGAGCCUCAGACUGUGUUGCAUCUCCAGUCAAUAAUGCCUGUAGAGGUGCUGCCUAAAGAAGGUGUUUUCACAGAUGAAAAGCCUGAUGAACAGGUAGCAACACAAAAGCAUGAAAAAUCAAGGAGCCAUGCAGCUGUCUUAGAAGAAAGACGAGAACUCACAGCAGAUUACCAUGCAGAGCUAGACUUGUCAGUGACCGGGGUUCAGUCUAACAUUCGAACUGAGCCCAAGCCUCAGAAUAUCCUCCAGGUUUCCUACCAGCCCAUGCAGCUGCCAAAGGAGACCCCCAUUACUGUUGAUCUCAAGCACCAGAAAGCUUUAGUUCAGAAAGAAGAUCGCUGGAAUGUGAUGCAUCUCACCAGUGUAGCAGACAGUCAUGUCUUAGAAGAAGGUCACACAGAAACUCUGUCAGGUGUGGACAAGUUUAAGUGUCUAACAAUCAUAGAGCCUAAAAUGCCCACUGAACCAGUCCAGAUUGAAGAGAAGGAGAUCUCCACUGAGAGCAGUAUCUCUCUGGAGGCAGCAGAACAAGACUUUGCUGUUCAGAUCCAGGAGGGUCAGUCCGUGAGGCAGUCGAUAGUGAUGGAUGAGAAGCGAGUGUUGACAGGGGAGCUUUCUCAAGAGAUCUCCAAAUCUGAGUCUACUAAAGUUAUAGUCAGCACACAACCAAAACUAUCCCUUAUGGCAUCAGAAUCCAAAGACAGUACUGCUCUCCCCAAAGAGAUGAUGUUUGUGAUUCAAAUCCCUAAACCUUCCAGUCUAAAUAUACGGCAUCAGCUCAGAGAGGCACUGCAGUCUGCUGUUGCCAGUGACCAGCCAGUCCUACUGGCUGAUGUAGUUGGAAAGUUACAGGCUGUGGAAGUGCAGGAGGUCAAAGUUCAGCGAGAACCCAAACGCUCUAUGUUUACAUAUCUGAUUACAACAACAGGUGCCCCUUUGGAGAUCACGCUAGCUUUUGAAGGUGAAUACCCACAAAAGGCUGAUCUCAGGACCGAACUACAGGCAGCGUUCCACUCUAUUGUGUACCAGGAGGCUCAUGUUCUUACCUCAGAGCAACCAGGCACCAUGCAGCUAGACAAACCCCAGAGGGCUCAUGUUUCCUCAGCCAGGUCAGAGAAAUUGCUUUCUACAAUGGUAGAGUCCGUGCAUUUGGCAGAAAGUACAGUAGAUUUCACAGCUGCAAAAUCUCAGGCUGCUGCACUUAAGAUUGAGUCUGAUGUCACAGUUGAAUGUGCUGCAGAAGAGGGGCAAGUUGUAGUUCAAAAAUCCAAGACAGCGAAGGUGGAAAAGUCUAUUUCAUCUAAGACCAAGAUAACCACAGAGACUCAGGUGGCCUUUGAACAGUCGGUUCAGGUAUCAAGAAAAGAAAUGAGGUCUGUAAUGGUAGAAAGUGAAGAAAAAGAAGUGGGAACUGCUUUUGUCACUACUGCUCUGCCUCUUGCCACCAUUCCUACUAAGCAAACACUGGAUGUAAGCAUGCAGCAGGAGCACAGGGAAGAGCUCUUCAAAGAAGAAGUCACAUUAUCCCGACCAGAGCAGAGAGAAUACCCUGAAAUAGUCACCUCCCUACAGGACUUAGCUAUUGAAGAAGAUAGUGAAGUCACUUUUAUUACAACCAUUAAAUUUACAACAAAAGUAAGCUGGUUUUUUAAUGGCCAAUUGGUGAAAUCUGGCAAAGAGUUCAAGUGUUUCAAAGAUCAUGACACAUACUCACUGGUUAUCAACAAAGUUGUCAAGGAGAGACAUCAAGGAGAUUAUGUUUGUGAGGCUGAAAAUGAAGCCGGCAGGACAACAACAUCUUCAAGACUCACUGUGGUCCCAAGAGUGCCACCUGUUUUCAGGCAGAAAAUCAACCCUGUAGAGAUCAACGUUGGAGGCCAUGCAAAGUUCGACUGUGAGACCGAGGAUGCACUGAACGUGACCUUCAAGUGGUACAAAUCUAACAUUGAAAUCAAACAGAGUGAGAAAUACCGGAUCAUCAGCCGCCACACAGGGUCUUCACUGGAGCUCCUGAAUCCUGUGAAGGCUGACAGCGGUGAAUACACCUGCAAAGCUUCAAACCAGCAGGGCUUCGAUAGCUGCACCGCCUCGCUCAUCGUGACUGAGAUGUAUCCACCAGUGUUUGUUUCAAAACCAGAGCCAAUGACCUUAUUUGUGGGCAAACAAGCUGUUCUCCAGUGCUCACUCACUGGAUCUUCACCAAUGGAGGUUGUCUGGCACAAGGACAACAUAGCCAUCGCAUCUAAAGGGAAUUAUGUCAUAAAAAGUGAAAAGAACAAGUAUUCUCUUCACAUUAAAAGUCUUGAGUUGACUGAUCAGGGAGUAUACCUGUGCAAGGCCUCCAACAGUGUCGGCACUGCUACUUUUACCACAGAGCUUACAGUUAUAAGAAAGCCCAGCUUUGUUAGGACCUUUGAACCAACGUCAGCUGCUGUCAAUGACCCACUAAAACUGGAGUGCCAGGUGGAUGAGGACACUGCGGUGACCGUCACCUGGACCAGAGAUGGCAAAAAAGUCCACCUGAGCAUGGACUGUAAGAUGUCCUUUGAGGAUAAGGUGGCAGUUCUUGAAAUUCCCAAGUCCAAGCUCAAGGACUCUGGGAAAUAUGUUUGCACAGCCACAAAUGAGGCUGGGAGCUCAUCCUGUGAGGCUAUGGUAACAGUUCAAGCCUCAGUGUCUCCAAACACUCUUUCAGAACCCCCUGCUUUUGUCAGGAAAAUGGAGCCUAAGUUUACCUGGAAGCAGGGUGCAACUGCACGUUUACAAUGCAGCGUUAAAGGAUCAUCUGAACUUCACAUCCACUGGUUCUGGAAUGACAGAGAGCUUAGUGAUGGAGAGAAAUAUAAAAUCACCUUUAAGAACGGAGUUGCAUCUGUGGAAAUAUUAAAUCUUCUGGUGACAGACAGUGGAAGUUAUACAUGUGAGGUGUCGAAUGAUGCUGGUAGUGAGAGCUGCAGCACUGUGGUUGCUGUUAAAGAGCCUCCAUCCAUUAGAAAAGAGCUACAGACCAUAGAUGCUGUGAAAGGUGCAGCAGCUCAGCUGGAGUGUGAGAUUGCAGGAACGGCUCCUUUUGAAAUCAGCUGGUUAAAAAAUAAGAAGCCCAUCACAGGUGAUCAGAAAUAUAAAAUCAUCUCCCAAGACUCUCUGUCAAGGCUAGAGAUCCAGACCUUUGAAAGUGCAGACAUUGGAGAUUAUCAGUGUGUCAUUUCCAACGAUGUGGGGAAGGUAACCACCAAGGCCUCAGCUAAACUGAAAGAGCCACCAUCUUUCUCAAAGAGAGUUGAAAGUGUUACAGCAGUGUUGGGAAAUGCAGUGAAGCUACAAGGAACCAUAAAGGGCUCAGCUCCCAUAACUGUUAAAUGGAUGAAAGACUCUGAAAUACUUAGAGAUGAUGAUCCAAAUAUCAAGAUGGUUUUUGAGAACAAUGUUGCAAGUCUUUCUAUAACAGCAGUGGCCAUCAAUCACGGUGGCAAGUACUCAUGCCAAGCAGAAAACGAGGCUGGGCAGCAAAAAUGUGAAGCCACUCUGACUGUGCAAGAACCUGCUAGAAUUAUAGAACCUGCAGAGUCUAUUAGUGUGACUGCAGGAGACUCGGCCACAUUGGAGUGUACAAUCUCUGGAAGCCCAGAGCUGAAAGUGAAGUGGUUCAAAGACGGGAAGGAAAUGAUAAGUGGGCGGAAAUACAAGAUGACAUUGAAGGACCACGUAGCCACCAUGAAAAUUUUGACAGCAGAGAAAGGAGACACUUCGGAGUACAAGAUGGAAGUGUCCAAUAAAGUCGGGAAAGACCAGUGCACAUGCUCAGUCACUGUCUUAGAUCGGAUAAUGCCUCCAACUUUCACCAAGUCCCUGAAAAGAGUUGACGGCAACAUUGGUAAUGAUGUGUCCAUGGACUGCAGGGUGUCUGGGUCCCAACCCAUGACCAUUGUUUGGUUCAAAGAUGACCAGGAAAUAGAGAUCGGAGCCAAAUUUCAAUCGGAGUUCAAAGAUAGCUCUGCCACACUGAGAGUCAGUCAGCUGGAAAAGGCAGACUCUGGAGUUUACAAAUGCAAAGCCACCAACUCGGCUGGCUUUAAAGAAACCAGUGGCACGCUCUACGUCAAAGAGCCCCCAGUGUUCACAGAGAAACCAGAAAACCAGGAUGUUAUACCAGGAGCCAAAGUCUCCUUUAGGGCAGCCUUCACUGGAACUGCUCCUUUGGCUGUUAAAUGGUUCAAAGAGGAAAAAGAGGUUGUAACUGGAGGCAUUUAUUUUAUAAAAAACGAUGCUUCUUCCAGCACUCUGGACCUUCACUCUGUGAAACCCAGUGAUUCCUCUAAAUACACCUGCCAAGUGUCCAACGAUGCUGGAAAAGUGGAUUGCUCCACAGUCCUCUUUGUGAAAGAACCUCCUGUGUUUGUACAAAAGCUUGAUGCAACCAAGCUCAUCACAAGUGGCAUCUCCACCAGGUUGGAGUGCAAAGUGUCAGGCAGUCCGUCCAUCAGUUUCAAAUGGUUUAAGGAUGAGAUGGAGAUCAGUUCCAGUCCUAAAUAUACAAUCAGUGUGUCUGAUGUAGAAGCAACUCUUGAAAUAUUGAACUGUGCAACUGGGGACAGUGGCGAUUAUGUCUGUGUUGCGUCAAGUGAAGCAGGCAGUGAUCGGUGCAGCAGUACAGUUACUGUCAAAGAACCACCGGUGUUUGUACGUAGCUUGGAGGCCAAAGAUGUUGUGAAAGGUUCUGAGAUGAUGUUGGAGGGCCAAGUCUCUGGCUCUGCUCCUUUCACUGUGUCAUUUUACAAAAACGCCAAAGCAAUCAGAAAUGACAAAAGACACAAAGUCACAGUGAAAGAAGAUCUGGUGGCUCUGCAAGUGCAGGCGGUCGAGGCUGGAGAUGUUGGCUUGUACCAGUGCACUGUUGAGAAUGAAGUGGGGAUGUCAACCUGUGAAUGUCAAGUGACACUCAAAGAACCACCGUCUUUUGUAAAAAAGCUUGAAAAUGUCAGUUCAUUGGUGGGGAGUGAUAUUUCUCUCCAAUGCACACUGAAGGGCUCUGAGCCCAUUACUGUGACCUGGCUAAAGGACAACCAUGAGCUCAAGGAAGCUGAAAAUGUUAAUAUUUCGUAUGAGAACAAGACUGUCCUGUUGCACAUAAAUGGAUUGCAGAAUAAACAUGGAGGAAAAUACUCCUGCCAGGCACAGAAUCAAGCUGGUAGCCAGACAUGCUCUGCUGUUCUGACAGUUAAAGAACCAGCUAAGAUCACAGAAGAGGCUAAGUCCAUCAGUGUGACUCAGGGGGAUCCGGCCACACUUGAGGUCAGGUUCUCUGGGACAAAACCACUGAAGGCCAAAUGGCUUAGGGCUGGCAAGGAGCUGACCUCAGGCCAGAGAUUUAAAGUACAGACCACAGACACCAGCUCUGUGCUCAAGAUUCUCAAAACUGAGAAAACUGACAGUGGUGAAUUCAUCUUUGAGAUUUCUAAUGAUGUCGGACAAAGUUCUUGCGAGGCCACGCUCACCGUUCUUGAUCAAGUAAUUCCUCCAUCCUUUACAAGAAAACUGAAGCAAACAGAAGGUAUUAAAGGAUCAUUUGCUCAUCUGGAAUGCCUUGUGUCAGGCUCCCUACCGAUUACUGUCCAGUGGUACAAAGAUGAGAAGGAGAUCCAGGCUGAUGAUAGACAUAAAUGUACAUUCUUUGAGAAUGUUGCUUGCCUGGAAAUCUCUGAUCUUCACCUUAAAGAUGGUGGAAGUUAUACAUGCAUCGCCAAAAACAAAGCAGGGACAGUCCAGUGUUCAGGCAUCUUGUUUGUAAAAGAACCACCAUGCAUUCUUGAAAAGCCUGAAUCCAUGAAUGUUUUACCUGGAUCAAAGGUCCAGUUUAACGUACUGCUUUCUGGCACACCACCACUGAACAUCAAAUGGUUUAAAAACAAGAAAGAGAUUUUAUCAAGUGCUGAUUGCUCUGUGGUUAAAGACAACACAUCCAGCUCGUUGGAGCUUUUCUUUGCUAAGAGCUCAGAUUCCGGAGACUAUGUGUGUGAAAUUCAGAAUGAUGUGGGAUCCACUUCCUGCCAAGCAACGCUUUUCGUCAAAGAGCCUCCUAAGUUCACUCGGACACCGGACCGUGUGUCCGUAGUGCGUCCCGGGCAAAGCAAAAUGUUUGAGUGCCAGGUGACUGGCACACCUGAAAUAGACAUCUAUUGGUUCAAGGAGGGCUCUGAGAUCAGCGCCAGUGAUCGCUUCAAGAUGGCCUUUGUAAAUUCUGUGGCUACUCUGGAGGUUUGCGGGGCUGAAACUAAGGACGGUGGCCUUUAUUACUGUGAGGCUCGUAAUGAGGCUGGCAGUGAGAGCUGCAGCAUGGACCUCAAAGUGAAAGAACCGCCAAUUUUUAUUAAAGAACUUUCUCCAGCUGAUGUUGUGAAGGGUUCAACAGCAUCUUUUGAGUGCCAGGUUGCCGGAACAGGUCCAUUUGAGAUAACCUGGCACAAAGAUGGAAAAGAGAUCAAGCCCAGUGCAAAACAUGGUUUUUCCCAGAUGAAUGACACUUUGACCCUUGAGAUCCACAGAUGUGAUGGUGUAGAUGUGGGUGAAUAUCAAUGUACUGUAGCUAAUGAGGUUGGAAGCUGCACUUGUAAGACAACUCUAAGCCUCAAAGAACCUCCAGCCUUUACCAGGAGGAUUGAGGACAGUGUAACUGUCCUUGGUAAACUGGCACAGUUUCAGUGUGUUGUUGUAGGUUCUCCAACUCUUUCUGUUCAAUGGCAAAAAGAUGAGAGCUGGAUUUUGGAGGAUCCAAAGAUUGAGAGAACUUUUGAAAACAAUAUGGCGACUCUCAGGAUUUCUGCCUGUGAAGCAUCUCAUGGAGGUAGAUACAGCUGCCAGGUGAUAAACGAAGCUGGGCAGGAUAAAUGCUUUGCCACGCUCACAGUUCAAGAACCCCCUCAGAUCUUAGAGAAACCUGAGGAAAUCAAGGUAACAGUUGGAGAUCCGGUCAGUCUGGACUGUAAGGUGAAAGGCUCGCCUGAGCUCAAGGUGAGAUGGAUGAAAGAUGGCAAGGAACUUCAGUCCAUAAGGCAGCACAAGCUUAUCUUUGAGAACAACAUCAGCAGCCUAAAGAUUCAGGGAGCACAGAAAACAGAUGAAGGAGAGUAUGUGUUUGAGGUGUCAAACCACAUUAGCAGCUGCUCCUGCAAAGUUAAAGUGGUUGUACUAGAGCAAGUAAUUCCUCCAAGCUUCAUCAAACCACUGGUAGAAAUGCAGGAGAUUCUGGGCUCAUUUGUUCAGAUUUGCUGUAAAAUAUCCGGUUCCCUCCCAAUCUCUGUGGAGUGGCAGAAAGAUGGGAGUAAAAUCUCCAGUGGUAUCAAACACAAACUGAUCCAGCAGGACAACUCUGUGUCUGUGGAAAUCGAACAGCUUGAAAGACCUGAUGCUGGGUCGUAUUCUUGCAAACUGACCAAUGCUGCUGGGAGCUGUGAAUGUAGUGGAUUCCUCAGGGUCAAAGAGCCUCCCAGCUUUUUGUUGCUGCCUGAGUCACAGGCGGCUCUGCCCAAUGCCACAGUUCGCUUCAAAAGCACGUUUAUGGGUACGCCACCCUUUACGGUCAAAUGGUUUAAGGACGACACGGAGCUCAUGACCGGGCCAACAUGUUUCACAGGCGUGGAUGAAACGUCCUGCUUCUUAGAGCUCUACUCAGUGGCCGUUGCUCAGAGUGGAAUUUACUCUUGCCAAGUCAGCAAUGAUGCUGGUUCUGUGCGCUGUAGUGCAGAUUUGACUGUCAAAGAACCACCUGAGUUUGUGCUGAAACUCCCUGCCACUAAGUUUGUAAAGCGCGACGAAUCACUCCGCCUGGAGUGCAAAGUCCGUGGCACGGCCCCUCUGAAAACGACCUGGUACAAACACGACACCAAGGUCUCGGAUGGGGGCAACUACAGGACCUCGUUUGUUGACUCAGUAGCUGCCCUGGAGCUGGUGUCCAGCAGCUAUGAUGAUGAUGGAGUUUACACCUGUGAAGCUCAGAAUGAUGCUGGCAGUGUGAGCUGCAGCACCACACUUACUGUUAAAGACCCCCCUGCAUUUGUGAAAGUACCCCAGCCCAUUGAGGGGCUGAUGGGUAGGGACGUGAGCUUGUACUGCGAGAUGAGCGGUUCCGCUCCGUUCCAGGUGGCCUGGUUCAAAGACAGGAAACCUCUGAUGGAGAGCAGGAAGUAUAAGAUGGUGGGUGAGGGGAGUUCAGCCACUCUGCAUGUCAUUGGGAUAGAGCCUUCAGACGCCGGCGAGUAUGAGUGCAAAGUUUCAAACAGUGUAGGAAGUGACUCCUGCCACACUUCGGUUAAACUCAGAGAGCCGCCAUCAUUUGUGGAGAAACUGUCCAACAUGACAGUGAUGCUGGGAGAGGAGGUGACCCUUAUGGCCACAGUUAGAGGCUCUGAACCCAUUACUGUGUCCUGGGUUCAGGACAAGGAUCACAUUCUCAGGGACAGUGACAACAGGAAAAUCACCUUUGAGAACAACCAGGUGGCGCUUACUGUGUUUAAGGCCGAUGCAAGCGUUGCAGGCAGAUACACCUGCCAACUCAGAAAUGAUGCUGGGAGUGUGGAUUGUUUCGCUAACUUGACUGUCCUAGAACCUGCUAAGAUUGUGGAUAAACCUGAAACUUUGAGCGUGACGGCAGGCGACAUGGCCGCCCUGGAGGUCAAAGUGUGCGGAACACCAGAGCUCGUUCCCAAGUGGUUCAAGGACGGCAUGGAGCUGGCCACAUCCGGGAAGUACAAGAUCUCCUUCUCGCAGAUGAUCUCCAGUCUGAACGUGCUUUCUACGGAGAAACUGGACUCUGGGGAAUACACGUUCCAGGUCAUGAACCAAGUCGGAAAAGACCUGAGUAAAAUUAAUCUCAACGUUUUGGAUAAGAUCGUUCCUCCAUCGUUCACCAGGAAACUGAAGGACUGUAAGAUGACUGUAGGAGAAGCUGCAGAGAUGGAGUGCAAAGUGUCGGGAUCCCCACCUUUUACUAUUUCAUGGUACCACGAUGGUGAGGAGAUACAGAGCGGGCCGAACUGCGAGAUUUCCUUCAGCGACAACAGCUGCAUGCUCAGAGUGCCGACCCUGAGGCUGACUGACUCCGGAGUUUACAAGUGCAAAGCCGUCAACAAGGCUGGUUUCAGCGAAACGUCAGCAACUUUGGAUGUCAAAGAACCUCCGUCUUUCGUGGUGCCACUGCAGCCGAUGGAGGCCAUGCCUGGCUCCAACGUGACCUUCUCAGGCAUGGUGAAGGGCAGCGCGCCCCUCACCCUGAAAUGGUUCAGAGGAACCAAGGAGAUGCUGCCAGGGAAGGACUGCAGCUUCACCCUGAAAGACAACCAAGUGACUCUGGAGCUUCACAACGUGAACCGAUCCCAUGCUGGAGAGUACACCUGUCAGAUCAUCAACGAUGCAGGAAAAGAAAGCUGUGCUGUGAAUCUCACAAUCAAAGAACCGGCAGCCUUUUCUAAGAAACUGAAGGACGUGUCAGUGGAGAAGGGCAAACCUUUAACGCUCGAGUGUUCGUACACCGGAACUCCAAAGAUCACAGUGAGCUGGUUCAAAGAUGGCCAACAGAUCUUCGCUUCCUACAAAUACAACAUCACCACGACGGAAAGCUCCUGCAUCCUGGAGUGUCUCAGCACAGACGACAAGGAAGCUGCAGGGACGUACUGCUGCCAGGUGUCCAACGACGCAGGAAAGGACACAAGUGAAGCUGUUGUGUCCAUUUUGGAGCCUCCAUACUUUGUUGAAUCUCUGGAGCCAAUGGAGGUGACAGCUGGUGAUGCUGUGUGUCUGAAGUGCCAGGUGGCAGGUACACCUGAGAUCAAGGUGUCCUGGUUCAAGGCUGACGGCAAAGUGCGCUCCAGCUCCAGCUGUAAGUUGGAGUACACAAAGGGCGUCGCCAGUCUGAAGCUCACCAAAGCCACCAAAGCUGACAUUGGGGAGUACACCUGCAAGGCGGAGAACAAGAUCGGCUCUGCCUCCUCCACCUGCAAACUCAAUGUUCUCGAGGCCAAAACGCCUCCUUCCUUCCCCAAAAAGAUCACCAGCCUGCAGGAGAUAGAGGGUCAGGCGCUGCGUUUUGAGUGCCGUGUCGCCGGCUCAUCACCCAUUGAGGUGUCAUGGCUGAAAGACGGCGAGCCGCUGACACAGGGAGGCGAGUUCUCUAUGCUAUAUGACGACAAUACGGCUGUGCUGCAGAUCAGCCGUGGUGAAAUGAGGCAUUCUGGGGAGUACACAUGCGUGGCGACCAACAGUGUUGGCUCAGCGUCCUGCAGAGCCAAACUCACCAUGCAAGAACCCAGAUACGCUCCGGUUUUUGACAGAAAGUUGUCACCACGGGUGGUGACGGUGGGUGACAGUAUCGAAAUGGAGUGUCACAUGACUGGGUCUGCCCCCAUCAAAGUCACAUGGUCCAAAGACCAUAAAGAUAUCCGCUCUGGUGGGAACUAUAAGAUCAGCUGUGUGGAAAACACUGCCCACCUGACCAUACUGAAGGCGGAUAAAGGUGACACAGGAAAAUACUUCUGCCAUGCCUCCAAUGACAUGGGGAAGGACUCUUGUUCCACUGACAUCUCUGUCAAAGAGCGUAAAAAUCCACCGAUGUUCACCAAAAAGCCCUCGGAGCUCAUCGAAGACAUGGAGGGCAAACUGGUAAAAAUUGAGGGCCGAGUCUCCGGCUCUCAGCCCGUUUCGGUCAGCUGGUUCAAAGACGGCAAGGAAAUCCACAGCUCUGACAAAUACGAUAUCAGCUUUAAGAGCAAUGUGGCGGUUCUGUGCAUCAAGAGCAGCCAGGUGACCGACAGCGGCAGGUACUCCUGCCAGGCCUCCAACGAAGCUGGAAGUGCUUCCUGCGACGUCACUGUGGGCAUCCUGGAAGCCAAGAAGCCUCCAGUGUUUGAUGUUCCACUCAAACCUGUGACUGUGGAUGAAGGCGAUAAGCUGAGCCUCAGGUGCCACGUCUGUGGGUCCGCCCCUCUGAAGGUCCAGUGGAUGAAGGACAGGAAGGAGCUUUCAUCAGCCGGCAGCAUCCGGCUCGGCUUUUCUGAUGGUACAGCCAGUCUGGAGAUCAGCUCGGCCUCCAAACACGAUGCUGGCGAUUACCUCUGCAAGGCUACAAAUGAAGCCGGCGCUGAGUUCUGCAAGGCCAAAGUCACAGUUAAAGAGAAACCAGGAGCAGCUAAACCUGAGACUCCAGCAGCAGCUCCAACCAAAAAACUGGAUAAUCUAUUCUUCAUCGAGGAACCCAAAUCCAUACACGUUACAGAGAAGGGAACUGCCACCUUCAUUGCUAAAGUUGGAGGAGAACCGAUCCCGAGUGUGAAGUGGAUGAAGGGAAAAUGGAGGCAACUCACCCACGGUGGCCGCAUCUCAAUCGUGCAGAAGGGCCAGGAGUCCAAGUUGGAGAUCCGAGAGGUGACCAAGUCCGACUCUGGUCAGUACCGGUGCGUUGCCUCCAACAAGCACGGCGAGAUCGAGUGCAAUGCCGACAUGCACGUUGACGGAAAGAAAGAGGCGCCGCAACUAGAGGGAGACCUCCGAGCCAAACUGAAGAAGACACCAUCGAAGCAGAAGAGUCCUCAGGAGGAGAAGGACAUCGACAUUGUGGAGCUGCUGAGAAACGUCGACCCCAAAGAGUACGAGAAAUACGCCCGUAUGUACGGCAUCACCGACUACAGAGGUCUGCUUCAGGCCAUCGAGCAGCUCAAGAAAGAGAGGGGCGAAGAAAGUGGAAGACCGGAAGUGGAACGUGGAGACAGAGAGUCAGAUGAGGACAUGGCUCGGUUGGUGGCCGACCUGCAGAAGAGAAUGGAGAGGACAGAGCCUGUCACCGUAGUGAAGGACAUCUCCAACCAGUCCGUCUUCACCAACGAAGAGGCGGUGUUUGAAUGCGAGAUCAAAAUCAACUACCCUGAGAUCACGCUGUCAUGGUACAAGGGCACGCAGAAGCUUGACACAGACGACAAAUAUGACAUCAGCAUCAGCGGCGACCGCCACCUGCUCAAGAUCAAAAGGUGCCAGCCGUCCGACCAGGGCAACUACCGAGUGGUGUGUGGGCCGCACAUCUCCAGCGCCAAGCUCACCGUCACGGAGGUGGAGGUGGAGAAGCACCUGCAGGACACUUCGGGUAAGGAAGGCCAGGCGUGCAGUCUGUCUUGUCAGUUGUCUGUUCCUAACGUUGAGGCUCAGUGGUUCAAAAACGGAAAGCAGUUAGAGAUGAAGGGAAGGUAUUCGUCCGAGGUGAAACACAAAGUUCAGAAGCUUCUGAUCAAAGACCUGAAGUCUGAAGACCGGGGCAGAUACUCCUGCAGAUACCAGCACCUGGAGUCCUCAGCGGACCUCAAGGUGGAAGCCGAACAAAUUCAUUUCACCAAGCGCAUCCACAACGUGGAAGUCAACGAGCGCCAGUCGGCCACCUUCGAGUGCGAGGUGUCCUUCGACAACGCAAUUGUUUCUUGGUACAAAGACACGUGGGAACUGAAAGAAUGCACUAAGUACAACUUCAGAAGCGAAGGCAGGAGACAUUUCAUGGUCAUUCGAAAUGUGACCAUUGAAGAUGAAGGCGUGUACUCAGUGAUUGUGAGAUUGGAGCCCAGAGGAGAGGCUAAGAGCACAGCUGAGCUUUAUUUGUCUGGCAAAGAAAUUGAAUUAGCGAUGGUACCGACAGAUUUCCCAGACUCUUCAGUUCAGAGGCCUGAAGUGCCUUCAUCAGAAGAAAUUCAAGAAUCCUCUGAGUUCUAUCAGUAUGAAGAAAAGAUCGGACAGAGAGAAUCAGCUGAAUAUUCGUAUCAGUACGAAGAGGAGGUGCAGCAGAAAGUCGAGUAUCAGAGCUGGACAGAAGAGACUGUAACACAACAAAUUUCAGAAACUAAAGCUGCCAGAGUUGCUGUUGAAGAAAAAGUGGAGACCAAGAAAGUUGAACUGAAGGAGGAAAUCCCAGCUAAAGUUGAGAAGAAGCCUGAAGAGAAGCCGGCUGCAGCUGUGGAGGAACCCAAGAAAAAACCAGAGGCCAGGAAGCCAGUAGAGGAAAAGAUUCCUGCACUUUCAGUCCCAGAGAAGAAGGAAGUUUCUGCUCCCAAAGAACCAGAGGAGGUGAAGAAGCCAGUCGCUGCUCCAAAAGAGAAGCCUGGACUUCCAACCAAAGAUGAAGCCAAACCUCAAGUUCCAGCUGAGCCCAAGAAACUGGUUCCUGAAGCAAAGCCCAGAGCUGAACCAGAAGCCAAACCCGCUCCAACUCCAAAGGCAGAGCCAGAACCAAAGGCUAAACCUGCUCCGGCUCCUAAAGAAGAACCAGAACCAAAGGCUAAACCCGUUCCAGCUCCAAAAGUAGAACCAGAACCAAAGGCUAAACCUGCUCCAGCUCCAAAAGUAGAACCAGAACCAAAGGCUAAACCUGGUCCAGCUCCUAAAGAAGAACCAGAACCAAAGGCUAAGCCUGCUCCAGCUCCAAAAGUAGAACCAGAACCAAAGGCUAAGCCUGCUGCAGCUCCAAAAGUAGAACCAGAACCAAAGGCUAAACCUGCUGCAGCUCCAAAAGUAGAACCAGAACCAAAGGCUAAACCUGCUCCAGCUCCAAAAGUAGAACCAGAACCAAAGGCUAAAACUGCUCCAGCUCCUAAAGAACCAGAACCAAAGGCUAAACCUGCUCCAGCUUCUAAAGCGGAACCAGAAGUGAAGCCAGUGAUUCCUCCAUCCAAAGCCCCUGGAGAGGCAGCAAAGAUCAAACCUGAACCAGAAGUUCCAAAAUCAAAGCCAGAACCAAAGAAAACAAAACCAGAAGUCCAUAAAUCUGAACCUCCUAAACCAGAACCUGCAGAACCAACACCAGAACCAAAGGAAACUCAGAAGAAAGUGCCAGAAGAACCAGUAAAGAAGGAGGUGGAUGCUCCUCCACCUCCUUCAGUCCCACAGAAAGUACAGAAAGAGGCAGAAGAAUCACAGAAGAAGCCAGUCAAAGUUCCCGUGGAAGAAAAAGUUCCUGAUCUCCCGAAAGCGGCGAAGAAACCAGAACCUAAAGCGGCUCCUCCCAAAGAAGAGUCAGCUCAGAAGGACAAAGAAGCUAUAAAUGAGAAGACAGAGAAGAUUCGUCAGGAGAAGAAAGUCUUUGUUCCUGUUGAAAAAGUUCUAACUGAGAAGCCAGAAGAAACUCAUUGGAAACAAGAAGAGGAGAGAAAAUCUGUAAACAUUUCUGAGAUAAAACAGAAAGUUAAAGUGAAAGUGACGGAGGAUGAGUCUAAAGAGAUUGAAUCACCAACAGACGAAACGAGGAGCAAAGGCAAAACUGAAGAAAAAUGUUCAGUUAAAGAAGAGUUGGCAAGAAAAGCAGGUGAAAAAUUAGAGGUUAUCAGUGUGAAAUCUGAGAAAAUCUCAGAAAAACUCAGCAGAACAGGAGAAAAAACUCACAGAGAAGUGAAUAAGAUAGAAAGUAAAUCAGAACUAAGUGAAUCAGUUGCAUCUUUUGAGCUAACCGAAGACAAAAAGGUGAUAUCUGAACCGGUGUUUGAUGUGAAACCGGACUACCGCUCUGUAAAAGCAGAACUGGAAACAUCAGAGUCUGUCACAGAGGUGGAUUUUAUGACAAAGUUUGAACCAGAAGCCGAGCAGCUGAAGUCUGAAGACGUUCCUCCUCAGAAACGGAAAGUCUUAAUCCAGAUGAAACGCUCAGUCUCUUUAAAACCAGAAGAAGAGACAAAGAUUCCCUCAGAAACAUCCGCUGGAGAAACUGAAGACAAACUCAAGAAGCUUCCUUCCAAACCUGCUGAGACAAAAGGAAAGAAAGUGGAAAAAGUUGUUGUGAAGGAGAAGGAAUUGCCUCCAGAACCCAAAGAAGUGAAGUCAGUUCCUCCACCAGAAGAGAUCAAACCCAAAGUUGGAGAAGUCCCCAAAAGACCUGAAGUUACUCAAAAGAAAAUCCCUCCACCAAAGGAAACAGAACCAGUGGUCAAGCCUGUUGCGAAGGCUGAAGAGCCGACUAAGGUGGUUCCAGAAGAAGAAAAGCCAGCUCUGAAAGAUGAAACCAAAGGACCGGUCCAGACACCGGGAGGAGUCCAGAAAGAAACUGUUCAGCACAAAAAGGGUAAAAUUCAAGUCACAGAGGACGGGACGUUUGAGAUUCCCACCUUGAAGAAAGCAACCAGAGUCAUGAGGGAAAUGGAAGAGGAGCAAGAGGUUGUCAUAUUGAAGAAAAUCCCAUCAGUUCCACUGACAGAAUCUGAAGAGGAAGAAAAACCUCAGAAAGUCACCAAGACCACCGUUUUCCAUGCCGAGGAAAUGGUGCGUGAAGAAGAGUCUUUUGAGAUGUCUGUUGUCACCAGACGGACUGUUGAAGAAAGAAAACCCAGAGAGAAACCUGAGGUUGUGAAAAAGCCAGAUGUUAUCAAGCCUAAAGUGGAGGAAGAAAAAGAAACUCCAAAAGACGUUUGGACCCGCCAGAAGCCCACACCUAAAGAUGAGAAACCAGAAGACAAGAUCUCUCUGAAGAAAACCCCAAAAGCGCCAAAAGAAGAGGAACCUGCUCCUCCGAGUACAGCACCAAAAAAAGUGAAAAAGUUACCCUUAUCUGAAGCUGAACCAGAAAUAGUCAAGCUCAAACCUUUUGAGAAACCUGUUGUACCUUUAGAAGAGCCAGAGAAAGAUAAGAAGGAGAGGCCAGAUAGAGAUAGUGUGUCUUUCCAGAAGGCAGAAAGGAUCCCCCGAAAGGUGGAACCCAAAGAGCCAGCAAAGAAACCUGCGGAGGCACUCCCUGAGGUAAAGGAGCCUCCAGCUAAGGUACCAAAGCCAGCAGAUAAAAAGAAAACUCCAGAGAAAGAGCCAGAGGAGGUCAAAGUACCAACUAAAGGGAAGAAAAUCCCAACAGCAGAACAAGAAGUGGAAAGCGUCAAACUGAAGCCCUUCUCCAAACCUUCCAAAGAAGCUGAGGAGCCUGAGAAGAAACCACCAGAGGAGAAAGACAGGAAACCAGCUGAUGACCUGCAGCGCCGUCGCACCAGUCCUGAUGAAAAACCAAAGGCAAAAGAGCCAGAAGCUAAGCCCAAGAAACCUGACGUCCCUGAAGCUCCUGAGAAAAAGCCGGAGAAGCCAAAGAAGGUAGACGCUGCUCCAACAGAGAAGACACCUGACAAGAAGCCUGAGAAGACUCCAGAGGAGAUCAAACCUAAGCCUUUGGAGCCAAAGAAAGCAGUUAUACCCAAGGCUAAAGAGGAGAAGGAAGACAUAGCAGUGAAGCCAGUGGAGCAGCUCAAAAAGGCAGAGCUGAAAAAGACUCCUUCUCCUAAAGUUGAAAAACUCAAAGAGGGAGAAGCAGCUCCGGCUGAGAGGAGGCCAAGCAUUGACAAACUUAAAAAAGAGCCAAAAAGCGUUUCACCCAAAGACUCAGUUGAAGCUGCAACUCUUAAAAAAGUUUCAAAGAAACCAUCACCAGAAGAGGCAAAGGCUAUCAAACCAGCAGAGCCUAGCAAAAAGAAAGUUCCCGCAGUGAAGGAGAUCUCUCCCGGGGCUGUGCAAAUAAAGAAGGUUGCCACUCAGCCAGAAGAGGAGGUGUUUGAAGAGGAGGCACAGGAAGAGGCUCAGCUGGAGGAAGAGGAAGCCUGGGGCUGGGAACUGGUUCCCCGGGACAGCUAUGGCUCAGAGGACUGGGAAGGUGAAGGAGAAGAAGGUGCCUUGGAGGUUCCUGGGGUAACCCAGAGAGAGGGCCAGCCGGCAGAGGAAGCAGGAAGAGGCAGAGGAAGAGGGCUAAAACCCAAACAGACGCCAUCGCCAGGAGAGGGCCGAGGUCGAGGCAUGAAACCUGGUGGCAGAGGCGGCCCCACACCACCAGAGGAACCUUUUGCAGGCUUCAAACUCAAAGCUGUUCCCCUGAAGUUCAUCAAGAAGCUUGAAAAUAUUGUCCUCAAGGAGGCCGAGUCCAUUGGCUCAUCGGCUGUAUUUGAGUGUGAGGUUUCACCCUCUACAGCCGUCACCUCCUGGAUGAAAGAUGGCGGCAACCUGCGCGAGAGUCCCAAGCACAAGUUCACCUCUGACGGCAAAGAUCGGAAGCUGCACAUCAUUGAUGUUCAGCUGUCUGACACUGGAGAAUACACCUGUGUGGCCAAGAAUGCUGGGAAGGAGAUUUCCUGCACUGCUAAGCUCAUAGUUGAAGAGCUUCCUGUAAAAUGGAUCAAGGAGUUGGAUCCAGAGAACUCGGCCAUCCUGGGCCAGCCCAUCUACAUAUCCUGCGAGCUGAGCAAAGAGAGGGAUGUGGUCUGGAAGAAGAAUGGUGAAGUCCUCAAGAAAAAGGAGGGCAAAAUUCAAAUCAACGUCAUUGGAUUGCAACACGCUGUGACCAUCCAAGGCUCCACACCAGAAGAUGCUGGUGUCUACACCUGUGAAGUGUCAGGACAGGAGGACGUUGUGACCACCGCGAACGUCAAAGUGCUCGAGAUUAUUAAAGACUGGAUAGUAAAACCACUUAGAGACCAGCAUGUGAAACCAAAGGCCAAUGCCACAUUUAAGUGUGAGCUCUUCAGAGACACUCCCAACUGGAAGUGGGUCAAAGGAGAGAACGAGCUCACUCCAUCAGACAAGGUUGAGAUCACGAAGGAUGGAAAGGAGCUGACGCUGACCAUUAAGAACUGCCAGCCGGAUGAUGUGGCAGAAUAUGCCAUGGAGGUGGAAGGACGCGUCUAUACCGCCAAGCUAACGCUCGGAGAGCGUGAAGCUGAGAUCCUGAGGCCUUUGGCCAGUAUAGAGGUGGUAGAGAAGGAAGAUGCUGCAUUUGAAACAGAAAUAUCUGAGGAUGAUGUUCCAGGAGAAUGGAAACUCAAAGGAGAGGUUUUGAUCAGAUCUCCGACGUGUGACAUCCAAAUGGAGGGUACGGUUCGUAGGCUCACACUGAAAAACUGCCAGUUGGAUCAGGCUGGGGAAGUGUCGUACCAGGCUCUGAACGCCAUCACAACUGCAAUGCUAAAUGUCAAAGAAAUCGAGAUGGACUUUGUUGUCCCGCUGAAGGACGUUUCCGUACCAGAAAAGAAACAGGCUAAGUUUGAAUGCACCAUCACCAAGGAUGUCGCCAAGGUCAUGUGGUAUAAAGGGGCUGACAUCAUCACCCCAGACCAAAAGUACGACAUCAUCGAUGAUGGAAAGAAACACAUGCUGGUCAUCAACUGCUGUGAGUUUGAUGACGAGGAUGAAUAUACGAUUGAGGUUUUGGGCAAAACUUCCACAGCUAGACUCACCGUUGAGGGUAUCAGGCUCAGAUUUGUCUCACCACUAAAGGAUCAAACCGUAAAGGAGGGCAGUACAGCUCGCUUUGAGCUGGAGCUCUCUCAUGAGAACAUCCCUGUCACCUGGUACAAGAAUGACGUUAAAAUCCAUCCGAGCAGAACCGUCAUCACUCACACGGACGGAAAGAAACACAUACUAGAAAUUAAGGACGUGACUCUAGACGAUAUCUGCCAAAUUAAGGCAGAGGCCAAAGGAAUUCCUUCCAUGGCCAACUUGACAGUUAUAGAGGGAGAUCCCUACUUCACGAUUAAGCUGCAGGACUAUACUGCAGUCGAGAAAGAUGAAGUGGUUCUAGAUUGCGAGCUCAGCAAAGAUGUCGAUGUCAUGUGGUACCACAACGAGGCCGAGAUCAAGGCCUCAAAGAUGGUGACCAUCAAGGCUGAGGGCAAACGGAGAACGCUAAUCAUCAAGAAAGUUGGUGACAAAGAUAAGGGACAGUAUGUAUGUGACUGUGGGACAGACAAAACGACAGCCGAGCUUCAAAUCGAAGCUCGGCACAUCAAGGUGGUUCGGCCCAUGUAUGGUGCCGAGGUCUCAGAAGGAGAGACCGUUCGAUUCGAAGUCGAACUCAGUGAGGACGACGUUCAUGGACAGUGGAAGCUAAACGGAGAAGUCCUCAAUCCGUCUGCUGACAUUGAGAUUGUGGAAGAUGGCACCAAACACACUCUGGUUUUGUACAACUGCAAACUGCCCCAAACCGGGGAGCUUGUGUUUACCGCCGCCAACGCCAAGUGUUCAGCUAACCUGAAAGUGAAGGAGCUUCCCAUCUCUUUCAUUACACCAUUGGCCGAUGUGCAUGUGUACGAGAAAGACGAAGCUAAGUUUGAGUUGGAAAUUUCACGAGAGCCCAAAAGUUACCGUUGGCUCAGAGGAACUCAGGAAUUGUCAAACGACGAUAAGUUUGAAAUCCAAGUAGACGGAAAACGACACACUCUAGUUGUAAAAUCUGCCAUAUAUGAAGAUGAAGCCAAAUACAUGUUUGAGGCUGAGGAUAAGAGGACGUCUGGAAAACUGAUUAUUAAAGGUAUUCGCCUUGAGUUUAUCAAGCCAAUUAAAGACGUAACCGUAAAGGAACGAGAAACCGCAGAGUUCAGCGUUGAACUGUCUCAUGACAAGAUUCCAGUAGUUUGGUACAGAAAUGAAGUGCGCCUGCACCCCAGCAAGCUGGUGCACAUGUCGGAAGAUGGAAGAUCGCACACACUGACCUUCAAGGAGGUCACAAUCGAUGAUACCUCCAUGAUUAAGGUGGAGGCAAUGGGAAAGACGUCAGAGGCGAUGCUAACUGUUCUUGAGGGUGACCUCUACUUUACAGUAAAACUCCAGAACUACACUGCAGUCGAGAAGGACGAGGCGAUCUUGUCCUGCGAGCUGAGCAAGGCCGCCACUGAGGUCAAGUGGUUCAAAGACGGUAACGAAAUCUUUGCGUCCAGGAACGUUCUCUUCCAAUCCGACGGCAGGAAGCGCAUGUUGGUCAUUAAGAAAUCGGCGAAGAAAGACAGGGGAGCUUACACCUGUGACUGUGGCACUGACAAAACCACAGCAGAGCUGAACAUCGAAGAGCGCAACAUUAAGAUUGUUCGCCCGCUGUACAGCGUAGAGGUCACAGAGACCGAGACGGCCUCGUUUGAAGCGCAGAUUUCUGAAGACGACGUCCACGCCACCUGGAAACUGAAGGGAGAGACGCUCCACCCGUCUGCUGAUGUGGAGAUAAAGGAGGAAGGAGCACGACACAUUUUGACACUCUUCUGCUGCAGAAUGGAUAUGGCCGGAAGCGUUGACUUCUCUGCAGCGAAUGCAAAGUCUUCAGCGCAUCUCAGAGUCAAAGGCCGUGUGAUCUCCCUGGUGAGGCCCCUGAAGAACAUCACAGUGACUGCCGGAGAGACCGCCACCUUCCAGUGCGAGCUGUCCUAUGAAGAAAUCCCCGUUGAAUGGUACCUGGGGGACACGAAGCUGGAGCCAAGCGACAGAGUUGUAUUCAAGGAUGAAGGGAAAACCUACAGCGUCACGGUGAGAGACGUCCAACUGAGUGAAGCUGGACGAGUCAAACUCACCGCCAAAGACUUUGAGACAGAGGCGACCCUGACUGUCAAAGAGCCGCCUGUUGAGUUCACCAGACCUCUGCAGGACCAAACGGUGGAGGAGAAAACCACCGCCACGCUCGAAUGUGAAGUUUCCAGAGCAAACGGAGAGGUCCAAUGGCUCAGGGACGACCAGGAGAUCCGCAAGACGAAGAAGUACGAAAUCCUGGCAGAGGGCUGCAAGAGAACACUGGUCAUCCACGAGUGCGCCCUGGACGACUCGAAGACCUACACCUGCGACGCCAAAGACUUCAAAACGUCCUGCUUCCUCACGGUCGAAACUGCCCGUGUCGAGUUCUCCAAGCCUCUCCACGAUGUUGAGGUUCGGGAGAAAGAAACUGCCAGGUUUGAGUGUGAAGUCUCCAGAGAGGACGCUAAAAUCACCUGGUUGAAGGAUGGAACUGAAAUCAGAAAAGGAAAGAAGUAUGAAAUUAUUGCACAAGGCCGCCAACACAUCCUUCUCAUCCACAAGGCCGCAUUUGAUGACGAAGCUGAAUACGAAUGUGACGCACAGACCUCCAAAUCCUCCGGCAUGCUCACCGUCGUUGAGGAGGAAACUACGUUCACUAAAAACCUGCCAAACGUCGAGGGAACGGAGACGGACAGCGUGAGGCUGAUCUGUGAGGUCUCCAAGCCCAACGCUGACGUCACCUGGUACAAAGGUGACAAGGAGCUGCCAGACGGCGGCCGCUAUGAACACAUCAUCGAUGGCAAGAAGAGGAUUCUCCUCAUCAAGGACCUGAAGACAGAUGACGCCGGAGAAUACAGCUGCAGGCUGAGCAACGGCACCAAAACCUCAGGAAACCUCAAGAUCAACGAACUGGCUGCUGAAUUCCUGUCCAGACCUCAGAACCAGGAAGUGGUGGAGGGUAAUAGGGCAGAGUUCACCUGCACCGUCUCCAAGGAAACCUUCAGUGUCAAAUGGAUGAAGGACGGCAAGGAGCUGGAGGCAGGAGACAAGUACGAGUUGGUCAGUGACGGCAAGAAGCGCAGUCUGGUCAUCAAGGCGACCGAGCUCAAAGACGAGGGCGGAUACGUUGUGGUGAUCGGCGAGACGAGAGCCAGCGCUGAUCUGACUGUGAGCGAGAAACUGAAAGUCAUCACCCCUCUGAGAGACACGGAGGUCAAAGAAGGUCAGGAGAUCGUCCUGAACUGUGAGGUGAACAUUGAGGGAGCCAAGGCCAAGUGGCUGAAGAACGACGAGACUCUGUUCGAGAGCGGCAAGUACGUGAUGGUUCAGAGAGACAACGUCUUCUCACUGAGGAUCAAAGACGCUCGGAAAGGAGACGAAGCCGAGUACAGUAUCACUCUGACCAAUCAGAGAGGAGAACAGGCCAAGAGCUCCGGCAAACUCUCCGUCAGAGAGGAGAGUCUGAAAAUCAUGGUUCCUCCGGAGGACGUCGACACUCAGGAGAAGAAGACAAUCAGCUUCUCCUGCAAGACCAACAGACCCAACGCCACUGUGAAGUGGAUGAAGGCCGGCCAGGAGAUCACCUUCAGCAAACGCAUCGUCUACAGGGUCGACAAAGAAAAGCACACGCUCACCAUCAAGGACUGCAUGCUGGCCGACGAGGGCGAGUACACGGUGGUCGCCGGGGACGACAAGGCCACCGCAGAGCUGAUCAUCAGCGAGGCGCCGACCGACUUCAGCGCGCAGCUCAAAGACCAGACCAUCACCGAGUUCGAGGAUGCAGAGUUCACGUGCGAGCUGACCAAGGAGAAGGCCGAGGUCAAGUGGUACAGGAACGGACGGGAGAUCAGAGAAGGACCAAGAUUCACAUUUGUGAAAGACGGAAAGUUCUGCACACUGCGGAUCAAGGAGUGCAGGCCAGAUGACGAGUGUGAAUACGCCUGCGGAGUCGACGAUAAGAGAUCCAGAGCCAGGCUCUUUGUUGAAGAGAUUCCAGUGGAGAUCAUCAGACCUCCACAGGACGUGUUUGAGCCUCCGGGCUCGGACGUCGUGUUUGAGGUGGAACUCAACAAGGACCGGGUGGAGGUGAAAUGGCUGCGCAACAACAUGACCGUCGUCCAGGGAGACAAGUUCCAGAUGAUGAGUGAGGGGAAGAUGCACCGGCUGCAGGUCUGCGAGAUCCGACCCAGAGACCAGGGGCUGUACAGAGUCAUCGUCAAAGACAAGGACGCCAAGGCCAAGCUGGAGCUGGCAGCUGUUCCUCAGAUAAAGACCACCGAUCAGAGCUACGUCACAGACGCCGGGAAGCCCAUCGUGUUGGCCGUCCCGUACAGCGCCUAUCCUCAGGCCGAGGCUGACUGGCUGUACGACAACCAGAGUCUGCCCAAAGAUAACAUCUACACCUCCGCCGAGCGCACCGAGUACCGGCUGAAGGACCCGAAGAAGUCGGACCAAGGCCGCUACAAGAUCGUCAUCAAGAACAAACACGGACAGGGAGAAGCUUUCAUCAACCUGGACGUCAUCGAUGUUCCCGGACCUGUGAAGAACCUUCAGGUGGUCGACACCGCGGACGGCGAGGUCAGCCUGGCGUGGGAGGAGCCUGAGAACGACGGCGGCAGCAAAGUGAUCAGCUAUGUGGUUGAGAGGCGCGAUGUGAAGCGGAAGACCUGGACUCUGGCCACCGAUCACUCAGAGAGCCCCGAAUACACAGUGACGGGGCUGCAGAAGGACUCCUUCUACUUCUUCAGAGUCAGCGCCCGAAACAGGGUCGGCAACGGACCCUUCGUUGAGACGGACGAAGCUGUUCAAGCAAAGAACAAGUUUGAUGUUCCUGAACCUCCUCUGAACGUUGACGUUGGAAACGUCACCAAGUUUGGCUGCACCGUUUCCUGGGACCCUCCAGUGUCAGACGGAGGCUCUCCCAUCACCUCCUACAUCGUGGAGCUGCGCGACAGGACGUCGGUGAAGUGGUCGCCUGUCCAGGUGACGAAAGCCGGCGAGCUCAGCGCCAUCAUCAAUGACGUCAUCGAGAACAAGGAGUACAUCUUCAGAGUCAAAGCUGAGAACAAAGCUGGCGAGGGCAAACCCAGCGCCGCGUCGCGACCUGUUAAGAUCAUGGAUCCAAUUGAACGUCCCAGUCCACCUCAGAACCUGAUCUGGCAGGACCAGAACAAGAGCUCAGUGCAGCUCACCUGGGAGACGCCUCUGAAAAACGGUGGCAGCAUCAUCACUGGCUACAUCAUCGAACGCUGCGAGGAGGGAACCGACAAGUGGCUCCGCUGUAACGCACGCCUCUGCCCAGACCUCUUCUACAAGGUGUCUGGUCUGAAAUAUGGAACCAAGUACAACUACAGAGUGUUUGCUGAAAAUGCUGCUGGAGUUUCUGAACCGUCAAACGUCAUCGGACCUCUGCUGGCAGACGACCCACAUUUUGCUCCAUCCUUUGACCUGAGUGGUUUCAAAGAUGGCCUGGAAGUGAUCGUCCCUCAGCCUCUCACCAUCAGAGUUCCCAUCACCGGAUACCCAACCCCCGUCGCCAAGUGGACCUUCGGAGAGAAGGAGGUGACGACUGCAGACGAACGCGUCACCUUGAUGACCAAGUCCACUUUCACAGAACUUAUGAUCACGCCGAGCGUCCGGCCAGACAAAGGCAUCUACACCCUCCACCUGGAGAACGACGUCACCUCUGUGUCUGGAGAUAUCGAAGUCAACGUCAUCGCUGCACCCAGCGCUCCCAAGGACUUCAAGGUUCUAGAGGUGACCCGGCAGCACGUCCAUCUUAGCUGGGAGGCUCCAGAACACGAUGGAGGAAGUCCUCUAACCGGCUAUCAGGUGGAAAAACGGGACGUGUCACGCAAGACCUGGGUGAAGGUUACAACAGGGAUCCAGGAUCUGGAGUUCACCGUCACCGACGUGGUUGAAGGGAAGGAGUAUCUGUUCAGAGUCACAGCCUGCAACAAGUGCGGCCCAGGAGAGCCAGCGUACAUCGAUGAGCCCGUCAACGUCUCUUCUCCAGCCACUGUACCAGACCCACCAGAGAACCUGAAGUGGAGAGACAAGUCAGCCAGUGGCAUCUUCCUCAUCUGGGAGCCGCCAAAAUACGACGGUGGCACCGGCAUCCGAGGCUACAACGUGGAGCGCUGCCAGAGAGGCACAGAUAAGUGGGAGCCCUGCGGAGACAUGGUGCCGGAGCUGAAGUGCCAGGUGACCGGUCUGAUCGAGGGCGAGUGGUACGCCUACAGAGUCCGGGCUCUGAACAGACUCGGGGCCAGCCGGCCCUGCAAGCCCACAGACGAGAUCCAGGCUGUUGAUCCAAUAGAGGCUCCAGAGAUCCAGCUUGAUGCCAAGCUUCUGGCUGGUCUGACGGCCAAGGCUGGCAGCAAGAUCGAACUCCCAGCUGAAGUUAAGGGUAAGCCAGAACCCCGAGUGAAGUGGACCAAGGCCGACCUGGUUCUGAAGCCAGACGACAGGGUGUCCAUCGACACCAAGCCAGGACAUUCCACCGUCACCAUUGCUAAGACCAAGAGAGACGACAGCUCCACCUACAUCAUUGAGGCAACCAACAGCAGCGGCCGUGCCACCGCCACUGUGGAUGUCAACAUCCUGGACAAACCUGGUCCUCCUGCUGCCUUUGACAUUUCUGAGAUCACUAACGAAACCUGCCUCCUGGCCUGGAACCCGCCCCGCGACGACGGCGGCUCCAGAGUCACCAACUACAUCGUGGAGCGCCGAGCUGCCGACAGCGAGAUCUGGCACCGGCUGUCCUCCACCGUCAAACAGACCACGUACAAGGCAGUCGGCCUGGUCAAGUUCAAGGAGUACAUCUUCAGAGCGUUCGCUGAGAACCAGUUUGGUGUGGGUCCACCAGCUGAACACCCGCCCAUCAUCGCCAGAUAUCCGUUUGACACACCUGGAGCUCCCUACAAACUGGAGCCUUCAGACAUCGCCAAAGACGCUGUGACCCUGAACUGGUACGAGCCGGAUGAGGAUGGAGGCAGCCCCAUCACAGGCUACUGGGUGGAGCGAUACGAACCGGACCAUGACAAGUGGAUACGAUGCAACAAGCUGCCCAUCAAAGACACCAACUACAGAGUGAAAGGCCUUCCCACGAGGAAGAAGUACAAGUUCAGAGUCCUGGCUGAAAAUCUGGCUGGAACUGGAAAACCCAGCAAAGAGACGGAUCCGAUCCUUAUUAAAGACCCUAUUGAUCCUCCUUGGCCUCCUGGUAAACCCACAGUGAAGGAUGUUGCCAAGACUUCAUGCUUCCUGACUUGGACCAAACCCGAGCAUGACGGCGGAGCCAAGAUCGACAGCUACGUCAUCGAGAUGUUGAAGAGCGGAACCACAGACUGGAUCCGUGUGGCCGAGAACAUCAGCCUCCUGGAGUUUUUCCUGAAGGGCCUGAUGGAGAAGCAGGAGUAUUCGUUCAGAGUGAGAGCCAUUAACGUGGCCGGGGAGAGUGAACCCAGCGAGCCCAGCGACCCGGUGCUGUGCAAGGAGAGACUGAAUCCUCCAUCGGCUCCUCGAUGGUUGGAGGUUGUGAGUAUCAGCCGGAGCAGCGCUGACUUGAAGUGGACGGCUCCGGAGCGCGACGGAGGAUCUCGCAUCACCAACUACGUCGUGGAGAAGCGCGACGUCAGGCGUAAAGGCUGGCAGGCCGUGGACACCACGGUGAAGGAGCUGAAGACCACCGUCACGCCGCUCAACGACGGAGCUCUGUACGUGUUCAGAGUCGCCGCAGAGAACGCCGUGGGUGUCGGGCCGUUCUGCGAGCUGGAAGACUCCGUGUUGGCCAAGGAUACUUUCACUACUCCUGGGCCUCCCUAUGCACUCACCGUCAACUCAGUGACCAAAAAGUAUGUGGACCUGGAGUGGGAGGCACCUAAAAAUGAUGGCGGUAGACCCAUACUCAGGUACUCUAUUGAGAAGAAGGAGAAGCUUGGAACACGCUGGGUGAAAUGUGGAAAGACUUCUGGUCCAGAUUGUAAAUACCGGGUAACGGAUGUUAUCGAGGGAACAGAAGUCCAGUUCCAGGUCCGGGCUGAGAAUGAGGCCGGAGUCGGACACCCGUGUGAACCUACAGAGAUCUUGACCAUUGAAGAUCCAACAGGAAUCCCAUCUCCUCCCAUCGAGCUGCAUGUUACCGGAGCCAGCAGGGACUUUCUGUCCAUCGCCUGGAAGCCUCCGCAGCAGGACGGCGGUUCUCAGAUCCGCGGCUAUCACAUCGAGAUGUGCGAAGCCGGAACUGAGAAGUGGAUGAGGGUCAACUCCCGUCCAGUUAAGGAGCUUAAAUACCGAGUGGAAGAGGGCGUCGUCCCUGAGAAGGAGUACAUACUGAGAGUGAGGGCCAUCAAUUCUGUAGGAGAGAGUGAGCCCUCCGACAUCUCAGAAAACGUCUUUGCCAAAGACUCUGACUGUAACCCAACACUGGAGUUCCAGACUCUGGACCUUGUUGUGGUGGAAACAGAGAAGCUUCACAUCCCAGUUCCCUUCAGAGCCGUCCCAUCUCCCAAAAUCACCUGGCACAAAGACGGCAAGGAGCUGAAGGCCGAUGAGCGUCUCAUGUUCAGGAAGGAGUACAUUUCCUGUCACCUGGAGAUUGACAGCAGCCUUCAUCCCGAUGCUGGAGUUUAUAAAGUGACUCUGGAGAACAAACUGGGAAGUGCCAGUGCAACCAUUAACGUUAAAGUCAUCGGACUUCCUGGUCCCUGCAAAGAGAUUGUUGCAUCUGAAAUCACAAAGAGUUCAUGUAAAGUUUCCUGGGAUCCUCCAGACUAUGACGGUGGCAGCCCGAUUCUUCACUACGUCCUUCAGCGGCGUGAGGCUGGUAGGAGGACCUACGUCAACAUGAUGUCUGGAGAGAACAAGGUGAGCUGGAUGGUGAAAGACCUCAUCCCCAACGGAGAGUACUACUUCAGAGUCCAGGCCGUCAACAAGAUUGGAGGAGGAGAAUUCAUCGAACUGCGCAACCCCGUCAUUGCAGAGGACCAAAAACAUGCUCCUGACGCGCCAGUGGACGUGGAAACCCACAAUCCCACUUCCAGCACUAUAACCUUGACCUGGAAGCCUCCUAUGUACGAUGGUGGCGCCAAAAUUAUGGGCUACAUUCUGGAGCGGCAGCAGAAGGGCGAGGACAAGUGGGAGAGGUGCAAUGACUUCCUGGUUCCCGUCUUGUCCUACACAGUCAGAGGACUAACAGAGGGCAAGAACUACAUGUUCAGAGUCAAAGCUGAAAACGCUGCUGGCAUCAGUGAUCCGUCACGCAACACAUUGUUCGUUAAGGCCUCUGAUGCUGUUGAUCCUCCAAAGGUUUUCCUCAGUGGUAGCCUACAGUCCGGUCUCAGUGUGAAGCGAGGCUGCGAGAUCUGCCUGGACGCCAAUAUUUCUGGCUCACCGUACCCUCAGAUCACCUGGUACUGGAACAACCAGGUGAUCCAACCUGAACCACUCCGCAAAAGACCUGAGAAACCCCUGAAGAAGAAGACAGAGAAGAAGGAGGAGGAGAAGAAAGAAGGAGAGGAGAAAAAGGAAGGAGAGGAGAAGAAGGAAGAGGAGAAAAAGCCAGAAGGAGAAGCCGAGACAAAAGAGGAGAAGAAGGAGGGAGAGGAAAAGAAAGAAGGAGAGGAGAAGAAGCCAGAGGAGGAGAAAAAGCCAGAGGAGGAAGCUGCUGAGCCAGAGGUGGAGGUGCCUGACUAUCCCACCAUAAAUGAACGUCUGACCAUCAAUAACAGCCACAGGGGCAUGUCCUCCAUCGUCAUUAAUGAGUCAGUCCGCCCAGAUCACGGGGUCUACAUGGUGAAGGUGGAGAACGACCACGGAAUUGCCUCAGCAACCUGUGAGGUCAAUGUGCUCGAUACUCCUGGUCCUCCCGUAAACUUUAGAUUUGAGGAAGUGAGGAAGAACUCAGUCAUUUGCAUGUGGGAUCCUCCUCUGGAUGACGGCGGCAGUGAGAUCCUCAACUACACCCUGGAGAAGAAGGACAACUCCAAGCUGGAGUUCGGCUGGAGUUGUGUUACCAGCACACUGAGAGGCUGCCGCUAUCUGGUACCCAAACUCAUUGAGAAGAAAGAGUAUAUCUUCAGGGUCGUAGCUGAAAACAAGUUUGGCCCUGGUCCACCCUGCGUCUCCAAACCUCUCAUCGCCAAGAAUCCCUUCGAACCUCCUGAGGCUCCAGAAAAGCCACAGAUUGACGACAUCACAGCCAACAGCAUGGUGGUCACCUGGGAAGCACCAAAGGACAAUGGCAACCCUAUUCUGGGAUACUGGGUGGAGCGCAGGGAGAUCAACAGCUCACACUGGGCACGUGUCAACAGGAACAUCGUCCCAGACACAGAGCUGAAAGUUGAAGGUCUCCUGGAGGGACUCACUUACAUCUUCAGGGUGGCGGCUGAAAACCAGGCCGGACCUGGAAAGUUCAGUCCUCCCUCUGAGCCUAAAACAGCGCAGGCUCCAAUCAUGCCACCUGGACCUCCCAUUGCCAGAGUGGUGGUAACCACUGACCACUCCAUCGAAGUAGAGUGGGAUCCUCCUGCUGACAAUGGUGGAGGAGAGAUUCUGGGAUACCAUGUGGACAAGGCAAUGGCUGGUACCAAGGACUGGUCUAGAUCAACAGAACGUCCCUGGAAGCAGCGUAACUUCACCGUCUAUGGAGUUCGUGAGGGAGCGAAGUACACAGUCAGAGUCAUCGCAUGCAAUGCUGCAGGAGAAGGAACACCUGGUUUCACAGACGCUGUUUUUGUCCGGAACCCAGCAGAGGUCCCAAUAAUUGACAUGGACCUUGCCAUCAAGAAUGGUAUAAUCAUCAGAGCUGGAGAAACGCUGCGUGUUCCUGCUACAGUCACUGGUAAACCCUAUCCAUCCAUCACAUGGACAAAGGAUGAUGGCAAACCAGAUAAAGACCGUGUGGAGAUCCUCAGUGAGGGAAAUGACAGUGUUGUCUCAAUCAAGAAUGUCCAGAGGCAGGAUUGUGGAAAGUAUCAGAUCUCUGCCUGCAACCCCAGUGGCACCAAGACCGCAUCGACCAGAGUGGAAGUGAUGGAUGUCCCUGGUCCUGUCAAGGACUUGAAGCCAGUUGUUGUUACUCGUAAGAUGAUUUUCCUGAACUGGGAUGACCCAGACGAUGACGGAGGCAGCGAUCUGACAGGCUUUCUUGUGGAACGAAGGGAUGCCAAGAUGCACACAUGGAGGCAGCCUGUUGAAACUGCUUCGUCCAAGUGCGAAUGUGUAGGAAUCAUGGAGGGACAGGAGUACUUCUUCCGUGUCACCGCCAAGAACAAGUACGGUUUGGGUGUUCCCUUUGAGCUGGGACCCAUCAAAGCUGUGGAUCCUCAGGGUCCACCAUCAUACCCUGAAAAGUUCCACUACACAGAGAGGACCAAAAACUCCAUCACUCUGGCCUGGAAGCCACCGCGCAGUGAUGGUGGCAGCCCAGUCAUUGGGUACUUUGUAGAGAAGAAGAGGCAGGACCAACAGGCCUUCGAACCCUGCAACACAGAGAUCUGCCCCAACAUGACUCUCACUGUUGAAGGCCUGGAGGAGGCUUGGAUGUAUGAGUUCAGAAUCAAGUGUGCCAAUCUUAUUGGAGAGAGUGAGCCAUCCAUUCCACUGACUGUAGUAAUUCAAGAUGAUGAAGUUGGUCCUGAGAUCCACAUGCUGAAGCACUUUACUGCUGACUGCAUUACUGUGAAGAAGGGUGAGCCUAUUGAAAUUCCUGCUGACAUCAUUGGACUCCCCAUCCCAAAGAUCGAGUGGUUCAAGGACGACGUGCUAAUCGACCAGCCGACAGAGACAUUGCUGAUGGAAACAGAGGUGACUGGAAGGUUGAAUGCCAAGACCACUCUAUCCAUCCCCGCUGCCAACAGGAGGGACCGUGGCAGCUACACUGUGUCAGCAUCCAACAACAUGGGCUCAGCCAAACACACCGUCUAUGUCAUGGUGCUUGACCGACCAACCCCACCCAGGAAUCUGGCUGUGUCAAACAUCAGGGCCGAGUCUUGCUACUUAAACUGGGACCCACCAGUUGAUAAUGGUGGAAGCGAGCUGACAAACUACAUUAUUCAGAGAAAGGAAGUGCUUAAAGACCAGCCUGAGCCAGAAGAGGGAGAAGAGGUUCCACCAGAGCCACAGUGGGAAGUGGUCAGCAAUGCCGUAAUUGAAAGGAAAUUAGGGGUGUGGGAGUUGGAGACCAACAAGACUUAUCUGUUCGAAGUCAGAGCCGAAAACAAGUACGGCGUAUCUGACCCAUGUACAACGGAGGAAGUCCUUAUCACAGAUCCAUUUGGUCUUCCUGGCCCACCACAAAAACCAACUAUUGCAGAAUACUCCAAGACCUCCAUGACACUGACCUGGGAGCCUCCAAGAGAGACUGGAGGCUCAAUGAUCAUUGGGUACUGGCUGGAGAAAAGAGAGAAAGGAACAGACUAUUGGGCCAAAGUCAACAAGAUGCCAGUCACUAAAAGAGGCGUGAAAGGUUGGGAGUAUCAGGUGACUCGACUGUUUGAAGGAACUGAGUACGAAUUCAGGGUUGCAGCCUCCAAUUCAGCUGGAACUGGACCAUUCAGUGGGCCGUCUGACUCUGCCUUUGCAGUUGAUCCGAUCACUCCUCCAAGCAUGCCUGCUGCUCCUGAGGUUGCUGAUAAGACAAAGCAUAGCGUCACGCUGUCCUGGAAGCCACCAGAGAAUGACGGAGGAAGCCCCAUUAAGGGCUACAUCAUCCAGAUUCAGGAUGAAGGCUCAUCAGAGUGGCACAAAAUCAAUGACAUUGACAGCCUGCACCCCACCACGGAGUUCACCGUACCCAGUCUCCGUGAGUUGAAACGCUACCGCUUCAGGAUCAUCGCUGUCAACGACAUCGGCGAGUCUGACCCCAGCCCACGCACCAGCGAAGUUCUGGUGGAGGAUGUCCAAUUUCCUCCUGUCAUUACAAUUGAUGUCAUGGCUGAGGAACUAGUCAACAUUCGUGCUGGAGAUCCAGUCAGGAUUCCCGCAACCAUUAAGGGCCGGCCUGCUCCCAAGGUUACAUGGGACUAUGAAGGCAAAGCCAAGAGCGAGAAAAAGAACAAGCUGCACACAAUCCCUGUUGAGGCUCAGGUUGAGUCCACAGACACCACCUCAGUCGUGAACAUCCCUGUGAGCUUGAGGAGUCAUUCUGGACGUUACACCAUCACAGCCAAGAACAAGUCUGGACAGAAACAUGUCAACGUCAGAGUCAUUGUCGUCGAUGUUCCUGGACCUCCAAAGGACCUGAAGGUCACUGAUGUAACUCGUUCCACCAUGAGGCUGAUCUGGAAGCUCCCAGACACCGACGGAGGAGAGAGGAUCAAGAGCUACUUCAUUGAGAAAAAGUCUGUGAUUGACAAGGCCUGGACCAAGGUGAAUGCCGCUUGUGCUAGCCAGGCCUUUGUGGUUCCAGGCCUGCUUGAGGGUCAGGAUUACCUGUUCAGGGUUCGAGCAGAAAACAGACUGGGAUUUGGUCCUUUUACCGAGACAACCGAACCCAUCAGAGCCAGAGAUCCCAUCUACCCACCCGACCCCCCAACCAAGCUGAAGGUAAACCUAGUCACAAAGAACACAGUCACUCUGAGCUGGGAGCCUCCAAAGAACAACGGCGGCUCACCUGUAAAACAUUACAUCAUCGAGCGUCUGAGUUGGGACACCAGCGGCAAGGAGAAGGAAACCUGGAAGCAGUGCAACAAGAGAGAUGUGGAGGAGCUCACCUUUAUUGUGGAGGACGUGAAGGAGGGAGGAGAAUAUGAAUUCAGAGUAAAAGCUGUGAAUGCAGCUGGACCCAGCCGACCUUCUGCCACUGUUGGACCUCUGGUCAUCAAGGACCAGACAUGUCCUCCCACCAUUGAGCUGCGUGAAGCCAUGGAGGGCGAGGAGGGCUGCGACGUCAGCAUCGUGGCGAGGAUCAGCGGCUGUCCCUUCCCAUCGCUGACCUGGCACAAGGCCAGCCUGGCCAAACCCGAGGAAAAGGCUGCUGUCCAGUAUGACCAGCAUAUCAACAAACUGGUGACUCCAGACAAGUGCACACUGUUGAUCCAACAGGCCAGCCGGAACGACAGCGCCCUCUACAGCCUGACGGCUAGUAAUAGCCUGGGUACUGUCUCCAAAGACAUCAAGCUGGCAGUGCUGGGACCUCCUGGCCCACCAGUGGGUCCGAUCAAGUUCACAGAGGUGUUUGCGGAGAGGAUCGGUCUGGCCUGGAACCCUCCCACAGACGAUGGUGGAUCCAAGAUCACCAACUAUGUGGUUGAGAAGCGUGAGGACAAUAGAAAGACGUGGGUCCAUGUCUCCAACGAUCCGAAAGAGUGCGCCUAUGUGGUGACACGUCUUACAGAGAACCACGAGUACGAGUUCAGAGUCAUGGCCCAGAACAAGUUUGGAGUUGGACCAGCAGUGAUCAGUGAGCUUGAGAAGGCCAGAAACCUCUUCACCGUACCCGGUCAGUGUGAGAAACCAACAGUUACUGAAGUCUGUCUGGAGUCCAUGACGGUCAACUGGGAUGAGCCCAAAUAUGACGGCGGAUCCCCCAUCACCGGCUACUUUAUCGAGAAGAAGGAGACCACUUCCAAACGCUGGACCCGUGUCACCCGGGAACCAAUCCAUGCGCUCCCACUGGGCAACAACUGGGAUGUUACAGGCCUGCUGGAGGGCGCCCUGUACCAGUUCAGGGUGAUCGCCAUCAACGCCGCCGGCUGUGGUCUGCCUAGCUUGCCCUCUGACCCUGUACUCUGCAGAGACCCCAUCAAGCCUCCAGGGCCACCUUACCCGAAGGUGAUGGACUGGACUAAAUCAACGGUGGAGCUGGAGUGGCUCCCUCCCUCUACAGACGGAGGGUCCAAGGUGACAGGUUAUAUUGUUGAGUUGAAGGAGAUAGACAAGGAGGAAGAGGAGAAGAAAGCCAAGAGGAGGCUGCUGUUGAGCGAAGCUGAGGAAGAGAAGGAGCCUGAAAGCGACGAGAGCUGGAAGAAGGCAAAGGACACAGAGAUCAGAGGAACUAAGUUUGUUGUGACUGACCUGAAAGAAGGAGGGCUGUACCAGUUCAGGGUCCGGGCCGUGAAUUCUGCUGGCGUAGGAGACCCAGGUCUCGUGUCUGAGCUGAUCGAAGUCAAAGACAGAACAAUUCCUCCUGAGAUGGACCUUGAUGCCUCAGUGAAGGAGAAGAUUGUGGUCCACGCCGGAGCCACCAUCCGCAUCAUCGCCUACGUGUCAGGCAAACCCGCUCCGCAGAUCACCUGGUGCCGUGACGACGCCGAGGUGCCCAAAGAGGCCGUGGUGGAGACGACAGGCAUCUCUAACUCUCUGGUCAUCAAGAACUGCAGACGGCAACAUCAGGGCAUGUACACACUCAGCGCCAAGAACGAGGGAGGCGAGAGGAAGAAGGCCGUUAUUGUUGAGGUUCUCGAUGUUCCUGGACCUGUCGGUCUUCCCUUUGUUGGUGAGAAUCUGACCACCGACUCCUGCAAACUGACCUGGUACUCCCCUGAAGACGACGGUGGCUCGGCCAUCACCAACUACAUCAUCGAGAAACGAGAGUCCGACCGAAUGGGCUGGACCUCGGUGUCCUACACGGUGACGAGGAACAAUGCUGUGGUGCAGGGACUGAUCGAAGGCAAGGGCUACUUCUUCAGGAUUGCAGCUGAGAACAUUAUCGGAAUGGGACCUUUUAUCGAGAUCGACAAUAUGGUCCUUAUUAAAGACCCAAUCUCCGUCCCGGAGCGUCCAGAGGACCUGAUUGUCACAGGUGUUACCAAGGACUCCAUCUCUGUUGCCUGGAGACCACCCAAAUAUGACGGUGGUGCAGAGGUGACCUCCUACGUCCUUGAGUCCCGAAUGGUGGGCCGUGACACUUUCACUCGGAUCGGAGGCGAGGACAAGCUGAUAGACAGGAAGUUCACGCUAACCGGACUGAAGGAAGGCUCGAGUCACGAAUUCAGAGUCUCAGCCGUCAACCAGGUGGGGCAAGGCAAGCACUCCUUCCCCACCAAACCUGUGCAGUGCAAGGACGAGCUCGAGCCACCUACUUUGGACCUCGACUUCAGAGACACGAUGAUGGUCAAGGUGGGAGAUCCAUGCAUGCUAUCAGGACGUUACAGCGGCAAGCCAGCCCCGACAAUCACCUGGACGAAGAACGACGAAGAGCUUAAGUCAGACGAAGAGAUCAACCUUCACAGCACCGCACGCCACCUCAGCCUGAACAUCAGCAAGGCCAAGAGAGAACACAGUGGCCGCUACUGCGUCAAUGUGGAGAACGCCGCCGGGCCUCGUACUGGAAUCUGCACCAUCACUGUAGUUGACCGUCCUCAGCCACCAGAGGGCCCCGUAGUUUUCAACGAAGUCUACAGGAACUACAUGGUCGUCUCUUGGAACCCUCCUCUAGACGACGGCGGCUGCGCCAUCUCCAACUACAUCAUUGAGAAGAGAGACACCAACAGAGACCUGUGGAUGCCCGUCACCACUUCCUCCACCAGAACCUCCUGCAAGGUGCCAAAGCUGAUCGAAGGUCGUGAGUACAUCAUCCGGAUCAUGGCUCAGAACAUGUACGGUAUCAGUGACCCACUCCUGUCAGCGGAGACCAAAGCUCGAGAUGUCUUCACGGUGCCUGAUGCACCAAAGCAGCCCACAGUGAAGGAAGUUUACCAUGACUGUGCCCUGAUCAGCUGGGAGCCACCUGCUGACGGAGGAAAACCAAUCACAGGUUACAUUGUGGAGAGGAAGGAGACCAAGGCCAGCAGAUGGGUUCGCUGCAACACAGAAAGAAUCUACCCCAAAGUGGAGUACUGUGUGACAGAGCUGCUGCAAGGCUGUGAAUACGAGUUCAGAGUCAGUGCUGAGAACGUCGUGGGAGCUGGAGACCCAAGUCCACCAUCCAAACCAGUUUUUGCAAAGGAUCCCAUUGUGAAACCUGGUCCACCUGUCAACCUUCAUGCCAUUGACUUCACCAAAGAGUCAGUGACUCUCUCCUGGGAGCCGCCCACCGACACCGGACGAGGCAAGAUCUUCGGAUACCUGCUGGAGUUCCAGAAGGCUGGGCUAGAGGAAUGGAACAAGGUGAACCAGACUCCAGAUUCCUGCCAGGAGACCAAGUUUAAGGUGAUAGACCUAGAAGAUGGUGCUCUGUACCGCUUUAGAGUCAUAGCUGUGAAUGCAGCUGGAGAGUCUGACCCAGCCAACCUGAAGGACCCAAUCAGAGUACAGGAGAGACUUGAGCCUCCAGAGUUGAUUCUGGAUGCUGGAAUGACCCGAGAGGUGAAGGCCAUGGCUGGUACUCACAUCACCCUGAUGGCUACCAUCAAAGGCGUGCCAUUCCCCACAGUCACCUGGAAGAAGAACGAUGCAGAGGUUCCUACCAGAGCUGACAUUGAGACAAACCAGGCUGGUACAAAGCUGGAGAUGAGAUUCUGCAACCGUGGAGACUGCGGAGACUACACUCUGACCGUGGAAAACCCGGCCGGCUCCAAGACUGCUACCUGCACUGUGCUGGUUCUUGAUAAACCUGGUCCUAUUCAGCACCUCCGGGUGUCUGAUGUCAGAAGUGACUCCGCCUACCUGUCAUGGAAGGAUCCGGAAGACAAUGGCGGCUCUCGCAUCACUAACUUUGUGGUAGAGAAGAAAGACACUGCAUCCACUCAGUGGGUUCCUGUCUGUUCCACCUCCAAGAAGCGCAGCAUGAUGCUAAAGCACCUGAUGGAGGGCACAUCCUACUCGUUCAGAGUUGCUGCUGAAAACCACUAUGGCCGAAGCGAAUUUGUUGAGACACCAAAGGCUAUAAAGGCAAUGAACCCUCUCUUCCCUCCUGGUCCUCCUAAAGACCUGCAUCAUGUUGAUGUGGACAAAACAGAGGUCUGGUUGGCCUGGAACUGGCCUGAUCGCGAUGGAGGAAGUGAGAUCACUGGCUUCUUUGUGGAGUAUCAGGAAGAAGGAGCCAGAGAGUGGGAAGAAUGGAAGACUGAGAGUAUCCCAGAGAGUCAUGUUACCGGCUUGGAGGAAGGAAAGACUUACCGCUUUAGAGUGAGGACUGAAAAUGCCAUUGGCCUCAGUAGACCUGACACCACCCUGCCCAUCCUCUGCCAGGAGAAACUCGUCCCUCCAAUUGUCGAGGUGGAUGUUAAGCUGAUAGAAGGCAUCAUUGUGAAGGCUGGCACCACCAUCAGGUUGCCAGCUAUAAUGAGAGGAAUCCCUGUUCCCUCUGCCAAGUGGUCCAUUGACGGGGAGGAAAUCACGAGCCAGGGCAACAUCAAAAUUGAUACUGACAAUUUCUCAACUGUGCUCAACAUCAAUGAGUGUACCAGAAACCACACAGGCACCUACCUGCUCACUGUGUCCAAUGCGGCCGGGACGAAAACCGUGGCCCUCAGUGUAACUGUUUUGGAUGUUCCAGCUGCACCUAUUGGUCCUGUCAAUAUCCUGGAAGUCACUCCAGACUCCAUGACAAUCGAAUGGCGCCCUCCCAAGGAUGAUGGCGGAAGCCCUGUCACCAGCUACAUUGUGGAAAAACGAGAGUCCAACAAGGAGACUUGGGGAGGUGUUAGCUCUGGCAGCCUUGAAACGGAGCUAAGGAUUACUCGCCUGCAGAAAGGAACAGAGUAUGUGGUUCGCAUUCGUGCCGCAAACAAGAUGGGAGUAGGUGCUCCAUUGGAGAGCAAGCCGACUGUGGCUGAACACACCUUCAUGCCACCCAGUCCACCUGGUAAACCACAGCAUUAUGAUCUGUCUGAAGACGCUGUUACAAUCGGAUGGACCAUGCCUCUAGCUGAUGGUGGCAGCCAGAUCACUGGCUACCUCAUAGAGCGCAGACACAAGGGAGGAAAAUGGAUCCGUGUUAAUAGGACCCCUUGCAAGGACCUCCGAUACAGAGUCCAGGGUCUGUUUGAAGGAAGUGAAUAUGAAUUCAGGGUGUUUGCAGAGAAUAUAGCUGGCUACAGUGGUCCUUCUCCUACCUCCGACCUUUGCAAGCCCUGCAGACCCAUCUCAGUCCCAAGCUCUCCUAUUAAUCCCAAAGUUAAGGAUUACAGUAAGAACACCGCUGACCUGGUCUGGACCAAACCCUCCAGAGAUGGAGGCAGCCCCAUCCUUGGCUACACAGUGGAAAUGAAGAAAGCUGAUACCGAGGAGUGGAAGAAAGUGAAUCUGGAUGACUUCAUCAAGCAGUGUGCCUACAGGGUGAAGGGUCUGGAAGAAGGUGUAAGUUACAGUUUCAGAGUCUAUGCUUCAAACAUGAUUGGAGAUGGAGAGCCAAAAGAAAUACCACAGUCAAUCACUGCUCAGGAUAUCCUCAUUCCUCCUGAGAUUGAAAUGGAGGCUACCUGUCGCGAGAGAUUAACCGUGCGUGUUGGCCACAACAUCAACAUCAUUGGCUACAUCAAGGCCCGUCCUGAUCCUGAGGUAAUUUGGUCAAAGGAGGAGAAGGUUCUGGAGAACAGCAAACGAGUGACCAUCAUCCAGAACCUCCCUGUGGUUCACCUCCGGGUAAAAGAAGCUACGAGGAAUGAUCAUGGAAAAUACACACUGAAGGCUUCAAAUGAGGGUGGUGAGGCUUCCUGCACCAUUACAGUCAAUGUGCUGGACAGACCAAGUCACUGCCAGAAUCUGCACAUAACCUAUGCCACCAAGGACUCAUGUAUGGUCAACUGGGAGGCACCCAUCGACAAUGGUGGGUCUGAGAUCACCAAUUACAUUGUGGAGUGCCGUGAACCCAGCAUUAGCAUGUGGUCCAUGAUCUCUUCCAACUGCACCAACCGCAAGAUCAAAGCCAAACUGAUGGAGGGCCAUGAGUACCUGUUCCGCGUCUGUGCCGUCAACAAGCUGGGACCUGGCCCCAGUGUGGAGACCAAGACCCCUCUGUUGGCCAUCGACCCUAUUGAGAAGCCUGGUGAGCCAGAGAACUUUAGAGCCACCGACAUUGGUAAAAACUUUGUCUAUCUGAGAUGGAGGAAGCCCGACUAUGACGGUGGCAGCCCCAACCUCUCAUACAACCUGGAGUGCAAACACAAAGAUGCUGAACAGUGGGAGAAACUCAACACUAGCACACUAACGGAUACCUUUUUCUUGGCUGACAAGUUGGUUGAAAACCAAACCUACACAUUCAGGGUACAAACUGUGAAUGAAGGCGGAGAAAGUGCAUGGGUAAAGAUCCCUGACAUUGUGGUGAGGGAGGAGAUCCAGAAGCCAGUCAUUGACCUGAAGCUAGCUGGAACUUUGACAGUGAAGGCUGGAGAGUCGGUCAGGAUGGAGGCUGCCCUGAGAGGAAAACCGCAGCCUGAAGUCAAAUGGACAAAAGACAAAGCUGUGGGAGACAAUCCCAGAAUGAGCUAUGAAACUGGUUCAGAUUAUUCCAAAUUUCUUCUGACCAAGUCCAGACGCUCAGACACUGGCAAGUACGUCGUCACUGCCACUAAUCCUGCUGGCACCUUCACAGCUUAUGCAAACGUCAACGUCUUGGAUGUGCCGGGACCAGUGAGGAACCUGAGGAUCACCGGCAUCGGGGCUGACAAAUGCAGAGUGGUGUGGGAUGGUCCAGAGGACGACGGAGGCUGUGAAGUGGACAGUUACAUUUUGGAGAAAUGUGAGACCAGGAGAAUGGUCUGGUCCACAUACUCUGCCUCUGUAGUCACUCCUUACUGUAACGUCACCCGACUGGUGGAGGGUAAUGAGUACAUCUUCAGAGUGAGAGCAGAAAACAAGAUGGGAACUGGCCCCGCCAUGGAAAGCAGGCCUGUAACUGUCAAGACUCAGUUCAACAGACCUGGACCUCCUGACACCCCUGAAGUUACAAAGGUCAGUAAGGAGGAGAUGACUGUGGUCUGGGCUCCACCGGAGAACGAUGGCGGAAAGUCUAUCACCGGCUACAUUCUGGAGAGGAAGGAGAAGCGAGCAGUGCGCUGGGUGGCUUGCACAAAGAGCCCCAUCUCUGAAAGACGCAUGAAAGUGACAAACCUGAUUCCAAACCAUGAAUACCAGUUCAGAGUGAAAGCAGAGAACGAGGUUGGCCUGGGAGAACCAAGCAAACCCUGCAGACCUGUUGCAGCCAAAGAUCCUAUUGAACCACCUGGACCGCCAGCAGGCCUGAAGGUUUCUGACAGCACAAAGACCUCCAUUACCCUGUCCUGGUCUAAACCCGUGUACGACGGUGGCGCCCCCAUCAUAGGAUAUAGCCUGGACUUAAGACUGAAGAGCGACGCCGACCCAGAGAAACCCUCAGAGGGCUGGAAGAGAAUCGAUACCCGUGGCCCACUGGUGAUCACAGAGUUCACUAUCGGCCAGUUGGAUGAGAAACAGGAGUAUGAGUUCAAAGUCUCCGCCCAAAACCAGGUGGGCUGGGGUCGCCAUGCCUACCUGAAAGAGGCAGUGUCUCCCAAGGAGAUCAUUGAGGCCCCUGAAAUCGAGCUGGAUGCCAGUUUGAGGAAAGGCCUCGCCGUCAGGGCUGGGUGUCCCAUCCGGUUGUUUGCUGUGAUCAGAGGAAGGCCGGCACCCAAGGUGACCUGGAAGCGCCUGGGUGUGGACAACGUCGUACGCCGAGGUCAUGUGGACCAGGUUGACACCAUGUGCUUCCUGGUGAUCCCUGAGAGCACCAGAGAGGAUUCUGGGAAAUAUUCACUGACUCUGUCCAACUCGGCUGGAGAGAAAGCUGUGUUUGUCCGAGUCAAAGUGCUCGACACUCCUGGUCCGGUUGGUGGCUUGGACGCUACAGACAUAAGUAAGACAACCGCUCAACUCUCCUGGUUGCCUCCGGAAAAUGAUGGUGGCAGCCCAAUUAUUAACUACAUUGUGGAGAAGCGGGAAGUGGAUAGGAAGACUUGGAACAAAUGCACAGAGGACCUGAAGAAAACCAGUUUCAAGGUGACCAACAUGACGCCAGGCAUCGAGUACUACUUCAGAGUCAUGGCAUGCAACAAAUACGGAAUUGGAGUUCCUCAGGAUUCUCCCAGAUCCUAUCUGGCUGUGGAUCCUAUAAGUGAGCCGGACCCACCUAAGAAGAUGGAUGUGCUGGAGAUCUCAAAGAACAGCGCCACAUUGGGCUGGCUGAAGCCCCUCAGAGAUGGAGGAGCUAAGAUCAACGGUUAUGUCAUUGAUUACCAGGAAGAGGGAGCUCCCGAGGACAAGUGGACACCUUACUCUGUCGUCAAAGAUCUGACCAUUGUGGUGGUUGGUCUGAAGGAAGGAACAAAGUACAAGUUCAGAGUGGCAGCAAGGAACUCGGUCGGAGUAAGCUUGGCCCGCGAGGCAGAGGGAGUGUUUGAGGUCAAGGAGCAGCUCAUGGCUCCAAAGGUCAUCAUGCCUGACAUUGUCACAGUGAGGGCUGGGUCGAAAAUGGUGAUCGAGGGCAUCGUGGCUGGUAAACCAGCUCCUUUCUGCAAGUGGAAGCAGGGCAACGAGGACGUACUGACCUCAGAUCGCCUGUCGAUCGUAAAGACUCUGACAACCUGUACCCUAAUCAUCAAGAAUGUGAACAGAAAGGACAGCGGCUACUACAGCCUGUCUGCCGAGAACAGCACCGGGAAAGUCAACCAGAUCCUCAGAGUCAUUGUCCAGGACAUCCCUGGACCUCCAGGUGGCCCUCUGGAGAUCUCAGAAUUGGAUAUUGAUGCUUGCACACUGCUCUGGAACUCCCCGGAGGAAGAUGGAGGCAGCCACAUCACCAACUACAUUGUGGAGAAGUGUGACAUCAGCCAGGGUGACUGGAUCACCGUUUCAAUCUCCUGCACCAAGACCAGCUUCCGAAUGACCAAACUUACAGCUGGAAAGGAGUACUGGUUCAGGGUCCGGGCUGAGAACAAGUCCGGCAUCUCUGAGCCCCUCUACUCUGAGAAGAUGAUUGCCAGAUAUCCCUUUGAUCCUCCAAGUGAACCCAGAAACCUCCAGAUCAACAAGAUCAACAAGGACUUUGUCAUUCUGUCUUGGGAGCGUCCCAGCAGCGAUGGUGGAAGCCCCAUCACUGGUUUCUGCAUAGAGAAGAAGGAGAGAAACAGUCUGCUGUGGGUGAAGGCUAACGAAUCUGUGGUCAAAGCCACGCAGUACACCUGCACCGGCCUCAUCGAGGGCCUGGAGUACACCUUCAGGGUGUCGGCCUACAACAUGGCUGGACAGGGAAAACCCUGCAAACAGACCGACUUCAUCACCGCCAGAACUGCAGUUGACCCACCAGGUAAACCCGAAGCAAUGGAUGUGACCAAGAACUCUGUCUCAUUGGUCUGGAGCCGUCCCAAACAUGACGGCGGCAGCAAGCUGAUUGGCUACCAUGUGGAAUACAGUAAGCUGCCAGAGGACAAAUGGACUUGCUGCAACGCCAACUGCAUGAACAUCCGGACUGAGAGCUACGUGGUCGAGGGCCUGGAGGAGGGUCAGAGGUACCAGUUCAGAGUCAUCGCCAAGACUGCCAUCAACGCCAGCCUCCCGUCUGAGGUGUCAGAUCCCAUUGCUGUCAUUGCUGAGAAUGUUCCUCCCCGCGUUGAACUGGGCGUCAACAUGAAGAGCCUCAUCGUGGUAAAGGCAGGCGACAAUGUCUUCCUGGACGCUGAGGUUCAUGGCAAACCCCUGCCUAAGGUGAGCUGGAAGAGAGACGGUGCGCCACUGGUGAUCGCAGAGGGAAUGAAGGCGAUGCAGAAGAAACACGUUCAUCUGCUGGAGCUCUACUCAGUCACCAGGAAGGAAACUGGAGACUACACCAUCCUUGCUGAAAACCUGAGUGGUAGCAAGUAUGCCACCAUUAAGGUCAAGGUGCUGGACAAACCCGGCCCUCCAGCCUCAAUAAAAAUCGCCAAAGUGUUCGCUGACCAUGUGAAGAUUCGCUGGGAGCCUCCACUCGCAGAUGGAGGAUCUGAAAUCACCAACUACAUCAUUGAGAAGCGUGAAACCAGCAGGGCCAACUGGGCGCUGGUAACCGCUAACAUCCACGGCCACAACACCGACUGCUCAGUGGAAAAGCUCAUCGAGGGUCAUGAGUACCAGUUCAGAGUCAGUGCUGAGAACCAGUAUGGUGUGGGAGACGCCAUCAUGACUGACGCCGUCACCGUGAAGAACCCAUACGAUGUUCCUGGGCCAUGUGAGCCACCGGUCAUUACCAACAUCACCAAGGACUCCAUGACAGUCAGCUGGAAAGCCCCCGCCAAUGACGGCAAAGCUCCCAUCCUGGGUUAUCUGGUGGAGAAGCGUGAGGCCACAGAGUUGGCCUGGGCUAAGGUUAACCGCAGACCCGUUAUCGACAGAACCAUCAAGGCAGCUCAGCUGACCGAGGGCUCAGAGUAUGAAUUCAGAGUCAUCGCUUUGAACAAGGCCGGCCUGGGCAAACCCAGUGAUCCGUCCAACGCCGCUCUGGCUGUUGACCCCGUUUAUCCGCCUGGCCCACCUGCGUUCCCCAAGGUGGUGGAUUCUACCAAGCAUUCGAUCAGCCUGAGCUGGACCAAACCAGCUUACGAUGGCGGCUGUGAGAUCAUUGGAUAUCUAGUGGAGUGCAAACGAGCCGACGCCGAGGAGUGGACCAAGUGCAACGUCCCGAAGAAACUUCAGGCCACCAAAUUUGUGGUGACCAGCCUGAUGGAAAACACAGAGUACCAGUUCAGAGUCACUGCCGUCAACAAGAUUGGCUACAGUGAGCCCAGCGAGGUUCCUGGAAACCACACGGCCAAGGACAUCCUGAUUGCUCCUGAAGGUGAGCUGGAUGCUGAUCUAAGGAAAGCUUUGGUUCUGCGAGCCGGCAUCACCAUGAGGCUGUACGUCCCGCUGAGGGGCCGCCCGCCGCCCAAGGUGACAUGGACAAAGGUGGACGCCAACCUGAAGGAGAGGCAGAACCUGCUGAUUAAGACGUCCGAGUGGGACACCCUGCUAAUGAUUGAGGACAUUAACAGAUAUGAUGCAGGCAAAUAUGUCCUGUCUCUGGAGAACAGCAGUGGAUCUAAGAGCUACACCAUCAUUGUUAAAGUCCUCGACUCACCUGGACCACCUGCCAACCUGACUGUGAAGGAGACCUCCAGGACCCACGCCUGGAUAAGCUGGGAGCCUCCGCUGAUCGAUGGUGGAAGUCCAGUAAAAAGCUACGUUGUGGAGAAACGUUUGGCUGAGAGGAAAGCGUGGACCUGCAUCUCUGCCGAGUGCCACAAGACUUCCUUCAGGAUCACCAAUCUGGAGCCGGGUCAAGCAUACUGCUUCAGAGUUCUGGCUGAAAACGCAUAUGGUAUUGGAGAGGGCUGUGAGACAGCAGGCAGCGUCCGGGCCUCAGAACAACCUGGUCCAGUGACAGCCUUCAGAGCCCAAAAGACCACCAAAGACUCUAUCACACUGAGCUGGAAGAAACCCAUCAGUGACGGCGGAAGCUACAUUACCUCUUACAUCCUGGAGCAAAGCGAAGGAGAGGAGAAAUGGAAGGAGAUUAUGAAGGGCAAAAACACCAGUCACACCAUCAGUGAGCUGGCAGACGGCAAGGAGUAUUUAUUCCGGGUCAAGGCCCUCAACGAGUCUGGAGAGGGGCCACCAACUGAGCUCACUGCUGUUGCCAAGGACCAGUUUGUGCUGCCUGACUGCAACUUGAGCAGUCUUCAUGAUGGUUGCUGCAUAGUGAAGGAGGGCACCACCAUGCGCAUCAACAUCCCUGUCAUUGGAGUGCCUUACCCUACCGCCACCUGGAAGAAGGGUGACAUGGGACUUGGCGACACUGGCCGUAUAUGUGUUGAGGCUUCCCAGGGCACUACUACUCUACUGGUCAGAGAUUGCCAAAGAGGAGAUGCAGAUACCUACACCAUCAAUGUCAGGAAUAGCGCAGGCUCAAAGGACUGCAAGUUCCAGUUGAAGGUCGUCGGAAAGCCCGGAAUAUGCACAGGACCCAUCAAGUUUGAUGAGAUAACUGCUGAUGGCAUCACCCUGGAGUGGGCACCGCCUAAAGACGAUGGAGGUGCAGAGGUGUCCAAUUACAUCGUUGAGAAGAGGAGGACAACAGACAACAAAUGGGCCACUGUGGCUUCCGCCAUCCAAAAGACCACCAUGAGGGUCAUCAGACUCCAUGACGGAAUAGAGUACAUCUUCAGAGUGUGUGCUGAGAAUAAGUACGGUAUCGGAGAGUUCCUGAGGUCUGACCCAGUCAUCGCCCAGCAUCCUUUCAAUGUACCUGAGGCUCCAGCUCCUCCUGAGAUUCUGAGCAUUCGACAUGAGUCAGCCAUUCUGACUUGGGCUGAUCCAAGAGACACUGGUGGCUCCCCAAUCACUGGGUAUUACCUUGAGUUUAAGGAAAGAAACAGCCUGAUGUGGAAGCGAGCUUGUAAGACUCCUUUGAGAGUGAAGGAGUGUAGAGUUACGGGUCUCGUUGAAGGACUAGAGUAUGAGUUCAGGGUGAUGGCUAUGAAUAUGGCUGGCCUUGGAAAGGCAAGCAAAGUCACUGAAGCUGUUGUCGCCCUUGAUCCUAUUGAUCCACCUGGUAAACCAGAUGUGAUUAAUGUUACCAGGAACACAGUCACUCUAAUUUGGACUGCUCCUAAAUAUGAUGGUGGCUAUAAGCUGACUGGCUAUAUGGUGGAGAAACUUGAGGCUGGUGGAAAGGCAUGGAUGAAAGCCAAUCAUGUGAACAUCCAGAGCUGUGCUUUCACAGUUACAGACCUGAUAGAAGGAGCUCAGUAUCAGUUUAGAAUCAGAGCCAAGAAUGCUGCUGGUGCUGUCAGUGUUCCCUCAGAGACCACUGAAUCACUUACCUGCAAGGAUGAGUAUGAGCCUCCAUCUAUCACUCUUGACCAAGAGAUGAAGGAAGUUGUGUCCGUCAAGGCAGGAGACACAAUUGUUAUCUCAGCUGCAAAGAUUGUGGGAAAACCUCCCCCAACCGCUUUCUGGUCCAAGGGAGGUCGUGAAUUUAAGAACUCUGACAUAGUCACUGUAACCAGCACUCCAACCUCUUCAACUCUUUCUAUCAAGUAUGCAAGCCGGAAAAAUACCGGAGAGUACACAAUUAAUGCUAGUAACCCAUUUGGUAUUAAGGAAGAACACAUUAAAGUAAAGGUCCUAGAUGUUCCUGGACCACCAGGCCCUAUUGAAGUCAGUAACAUUUCAGCUGAGAAGUGUACAUUGACCUGGCUUCCACCUGAAGAGGACGGAGGCUCCUCUAUCAAGUCCUACAUUCUUGAGAAGAGAGAGACUAGCCGCUUGCAGUGGACCAAAGUUGCAGAAAAUAUUAUGGACUGCAGACAUGUAGCUAGCAAACUGAUCAAGGGCAAUGAGUACAUCUUUAGAGUCUGCGCUAUAAACCAGUAUGGCACAGGAGACUCUAGCCUGUCUGGUUCCGUCAAAAUGGCUGACAGCUUUGGUCCACCAGGUCCACCCUCAGCUCCAGAGGUAGAUAAUGUCAGUCGGAAUGCUGUUACCAUUUCAUGGAAGAGACCUGUACAGGAUGGAGGAAGUGACAUUAGAGGAUAUUGUGUAGAAAGGAAAGAAAGGAGAGGAAUGAGAUGGGUGAGAGCCUGCAAGAGGACAGUUCCUGACCUUCGCUUCAAGGUGCCAGGCCUGAGUGAGGGAGUAGAAUACGAGUUUAGAGUCACUGCUGAGAAUAAAGCUGGAUUUGGGCAGCCAAGUGAGCCAUCGCGCCCUGUAAUGACCAAGGAUAUUGUAUAUCCACCUGGUCCUCCCUCCAAUCCUAGAAUUACAGACACCACAAAAACUACAGCAGUCUUUGCUUGGGGCCGUCCUCAUUAUGAUGGUGGUCUUGAAGUUGAAGGUUAUAUUGUUGAGUAUAAAAAGGAGGGUCAUGAUGAUUGGGAGACAGAGACACAAUAUCCAAUUAAAGUUACUGAAUAUGUCAUUGGUAAACUUCAAAAAGGAGGCAAAUACCACUUCAGAGUUAGUGCCAUAAACUCUGAGGGAGUCGGUGAGCCUGCAGAAGUCGAGAAAGUGACUGAACUCGUUUACCAGGAAACAAUGCCAGACUUUGAGUUGGAUGCAGAGCUCAGGAAAACUCUGGUUGUCAGAUGCCGUGCUUCAAUUCGUCUAUUUGUUCCUAUCAAGGGCCGUCCUGUUCCUGAAGUCACUUGGAGCAAAGAAAAUACCAACCUGAAAGCACGUGCGCAUAUUGAUACAACAGAGUCCUACACUCUACUGGUUAUUCCUGACUGCACUAGGUACGAUGCAGGAAAAUACCAUCUCUCUUUGGAGAAUGUUGCUGGUAACAAGUCAGGGUUUGUCAACGUGAAAGUUCUGGACACACCUGGACCUCCAGUCAACCUUAAACCAAGAGAGAUCACUAAAAACAGCAUAACUCUCCAGUGGGAAAUCCCUAUUAUUGAUGGAGGGUCCAAGAUUCAUAACUAUAUCAUUGAAAAGAGAAAUGCUACAAAGAAGGCUUACACAGUGCUUAGCACCACAUGGCAAAAAUGUUCUUUUAAAUUUCAAGACCUUGAGGAGGGAGCUUAUUACUACUUCCGUGUUUCUGCUGAAAAUGACCUUGGUGUAGGUGAACCUGCUGAAACCCCUGAGCCCAUAAGAGUAUCUCAGGCGCCCUCUGCACCAGAUAACUUGUAUGUUACUGAUUUAACCAAUGACAGCGCAAGCCUUGCAUGGACCAAGCCUCUUCAUGAUGGUGGAAGCUUGAUUACAGGAUAUGUCAUUGAGGCUCAAAAGAAAGACACUGAUCAAUGGGUCCACAUAACCACCAUUAAGGCUCUAGAUUAUACUGUGACAGAUCUGAUUGAGGGUGCUGAAUACACCUUCCGUAUAAUGGCUGUCAAUGCAUCAGGCAGGAGUGAUCCUCGUGAGAGCCGGCCAGCUGUGAUUAAAGAACAAACUUCUGCUCCAUCUUUUGACCUGAGAGGAAUCUACCAGAAAACCGUAAUUGCCAAAUCAGGGGACCGUGUUAAGGUGGAGAUUCCAGUGCUGGGAAAACCCAGGCCUGUUGUGUCAUGGAAGAAAGGAGACAUGGCACUUAAGGAAACACAAAGAAUCAAUACUGAAACCACAGCAACAUCAACAAUCCUAAACAUCAGUGAGAUCAAAAGAACUGAUGAAGGCCAGUAUUCCAUGACUGGAAAGAAUAUUCUGGGCACACUGACAGAAACCAUCACAAUCCUGGUCCAUGACAUUCCAGGUCCUCCUACUGGUCCUGUCAAGCUGGAUGAGGUCUCGUGUGAUUAUGUUAUUAUGUCCUGGGAACCACCAGAGAAUGAUGGAGGUGUUCCUAUAAACAAUUAUAUUGUUGAGAUGCGUGAGACUACAGGUACUUCAUGGGUGGAGUUGGCAGCUACAGUUAUUCGCACCACAUUCAAAGCAGCACGACUCAAUACUGGAACCCAGUAUCAGUUCCGUAUCAAGGCUCAGAACAGAUAUGGCGUUGGACCAUGUGUUCUGUCUGAAUCAGUGUUAGCUGCCUAUCCAUUUGAUGUGCCUGGCCAGCCUGGCAUUCCUGUAGUUACAGCUUUCAACAAAGAUUCAAUGACUCUUAGUUGGAAUGAGCCAUCUUCUGAUGGAGGCAGUCCUAUUCUUGGGUAUCAUGUGGACAGAAAAGAGAAAAACAGUAUCCUGUGGCAGAGGAUCAGCAAAGCUCUUGUUGUUGGAAACAUCUUUAAAUCAUCAGGCCUUGUUGAUGGCAUUGCAUAUGAACACCGUGUCAUUGCUGAAAACAUGGCUGGUCUCAGCAAACCUAGCAAACCCUGUGAGGCUAUGUAUGCUUUGGACCCAGUUGACCCACCAGGUCGGCCUGUGGCAUUGAAUAUCACCAGACAUGAGGUGACAUUGUCAUGGACCAAACCAGAAGGUGACGGAGGAUUUUCUAUUACGGGAUACACAGUGGAGAGGAAGAAGAUGCCUAAUGGACGCUGGCUUAAAACAAAUUUCAACAAUAUUCUAGAAACCAUGUUCACAGUCAGUGGUCUGACUGAAGAUGCAACCUAUGAGUUCCGUGUGCUUGCUCGAAACUCAGCUGGUGCUGUUAGUGCUCCAUCACAGCCAUCAGAAGCCAUCACAUGCAGAGAUGACAUUGAAGAACCCAGGCUUGAUAUUGAUUCAUCAUAUAGCAGUAAUGUUAUAGUAAUGGCAGGAGAACCAUUCAAGUUGGAAGCCAGUGUAACCGGCAGGCCAAUUCCUUCUCUAAUAUGGACCAAGGAAGGAAAGGAGCUGGAGGACACAGCUAAAAUAGAAAUUAAGACAUCUGACUUCCACACAACCUUAAUCAGCAAAGAUUCUUUAAGGAGAGAUGGUGGUGCUUUUACCUUGACUGCAAGCAAUCCUGGUGGAUUUGCAAAGUUCACUUUUAAUGUUAAAGUACUCGACAGACCUGGACCACCAGAUUCCCUUUCAGUUACAGAUGUUGCUGCAGAAAAAUGUGUGCUUAACUGGCUGCAUCCAACACAUGAUGGUGGUGCCAAAAUUGAAUACUUCAUCAUACAGAGGCGUGAGACCAGUAGGUUGGCAUGGACAAAUGUGGCCACAGACCUUCAAGCAAACAGGUUUAAGGUCACAAAGCUUCUUAAAGGAAAUGAGUAUAUUUUCAGAGUAAUGGCUGUCAAUAAGUAUGGCAUAGGUGAACCCCUUGAAUCAGAGCCAGUCACUUGUGUCAACCCAUAUGGUCCCAGUGAUCCACCAACACAGCCUGAAGUCACAACUAUCACUAAAGACUCAAUGGUUGUCUGCUGGGACCGUCCUGAACAUGAUGGAGGCAGUAGAAUUAAUACAUACAUAAUUGAAAGAAGAGAUAAGACAGGUCUACGAUGGGUGAAAUGUAACAAGAGAACUGUGACAGAUUUGCGAUUCAAGGUCUCUGGUCUCACACAAGGUCACGAGUAUGAAUUUAGAGUUUUUGCUGAAAAUAAUGCUGGUCUCAGUCAGCCUAGUCCUUCUAGUCCAUUCUACAAGGCCGUUGACACAAUCUUUCAGCCUGGACCUCCCGGAAACCCAAGAGUGCUUGACACCUCUAAAUCAUCCAUUACUGUCGCUUGGAAUAAACCUGUUUAUGAUGGUGGUUCUGAAAUCACUGGUUACAUUGUAGAGACUUGCCUGCCUGAGGAGGAUGAGUGGACAAUUCAUACUCCUAAGAAAGGAUGGACAGCCACAUCUUUUACCAUUACUAGUCUGAAAGAAAACCAGGAGUAUAAAAUCAACAUCUGUGCAACAAAUUCUGAAGGGGUGGGAGAACCUGCUCCUGUACCUGGAACCCCUAAGGCUGAAGACAGAUUAAUUCCACCUGAAAUUGAACUUGGAGCAGAGCUACGUAAAGUUGUUUCCAUCAGAGCCUGUAGCACACUUAGACUUUUUGUCCCUAUCAAAGGAAGGCCAGCACCAGAAGUUAAAUGGUCAAGAGAGCAUGGAGAAUCCCUGGACAAGGCCAACAUUGAAAUUACCCCAUCAUUCACAACUCUUCAGAUAGACAAUGUUGACAGGUUUGAUGGAGGUAAAUACUUGGUGACAGUAGAGAAUGCCUCAGGAAGUAAAACAGCUUUUGUUAAUGUCAGAGUACUAGAUACUCCUGGACCACCUCAGAAUCUCAUCGUUAAGGAGGUCACAAGAGAUUCAGUUUCCCUGGUUUGGGAUCCACCUCUCAUAGAUGGGGGCUCCAGGGUCCGCAGCUACAUUGUGGAGAAGCGCGAGUCGACCAGAAAAGCCUACUCAACCGUAUGUGCCAGCUGCCAUAAGUCUAGUUGGAAAGUGGGAGACCUGGAAGAAGGAAAAUUGUACUUCUUUAGAAUAGUCGCUGAAAACGAAUUUGGUAUUGGUCUCCCAGUUGAAACCAUUGAAUCAAUUAAGGCAUCAGAAAAGCCUCUGCCACCAGGCAAGGUAUCUCUUCGUGAAGUUACUGGAACAAGUGUCACACUAACUUGGGAAAAACCAGACCAUGAUGGAGGAAGCAGAAUUGCAGGCUAUAAUGUUGAGAUGCAAUGUAAAGGAAGUGAGAAAUGGACACAAGUGAUGGUGGUAAAGACAAACGAGGCCCACGUAACUGGACUUACACAUGGAGAGGAGUAUAUGUUCAGAAUUUCUGCAUUCAAUGAAAAGGGUGUUAGUGACCCCCGGCCUCUCAAUGUACCUGUGGUGGCUAAAGAUUUAGUCAUACCACCAGCUUUCAAACUGAUUUUCAGCACAUUCAGUGUGCUGGCAGGUGAUGAUCUUAAGAUUGAUGUACCAUAUGUUGCCUGUCCUAAGGCUACAGCAACUUGGCUGAAGGAUGAUGUCAUUCUCAAAGAAACAACAAGAGUUAAUGCUGAGGCCACAGACAAAAACCUUCUUCUUAUCAUUAAGGAGGCUUGCAGAGACGAUGUGGGAAAAUAUACUAUAAAACUAAACAAUACAGCUGGGGAGGCUACAACAGAUAUCAGUGUUGUUGUCUUGGACAAACCUGGUCCUCCUACUGGCCCGAUCAAGCUGGAUGAGGUCACAGCAGACAGUGUUGUCUUGUCUUGGGAUCCACCGCAAUAUGAUGGAGGGUGCUCAAUCAACAAUUACAUUGUAGAGAAGAGAGAUACCUCAACUACAAACUGGCAGAUUGUUUCUGCUACUGUAGCUAGAACAACCAUCAAAGCGGCUCGUCUGAAGACUGGUUCAGAGUAUCAAUUUAGAAUUGCUGCAGAAAAUAGAUAUGGCAAGUCAUCUUUUCUCAUUUCUGAUAGCAUUGUUGCUCAGUAUCCAUUUGAGGUGCCCAGUUCCCCGCGAUCUGUUGUGGUAAAGUCGGCCACCAGAGAGACCAUGACUGUUGUGUGGGAGAAUCCCAGCAAUGACGGUGGAAGCAAAAUUCUGGGGUACCACUUAGAACUUAAAGAAAGAAACAGCAUUCUCUGGGUGAAACAAAAUAAGCAGAUAAUCCCAGAGACCAGAUAUAAAGUGGUUGGACUUGAAGAGGGCAUUGAAUAUGAGUUUAGAGUGUAUGCUGAGAAUAUUGUUGGCCUCAGCAAACCUAGCAAGGUGAGUGAAAUCCAAGUAGCCAGGGAUCCUUGUGACAGACCCGGAAAACCAGAGGCUGUCAUUGUAACAAGAAGCCAAGUGACACUGAGAUGGGCCAAGCCUGAAUUUGAUGGUGGCAUCAAAAUCACUGGUUAUGUUGUUGAGAAAAAGGAGGCAAGUGGGCGUUGGAUGAAGGCCAGUUUUGCCAACAUUAUUGAAACUGAAUUUGUUGUCACAGGACUUACUGAGGAUCAAACCUAUGAAUUCCGUGUCAUUGCCAAAAAUGCAGCUGGUGUCUUUAGCCAACCAUCUGAUUCUUCUGGAUCCAUCACUGCCAAGGAUGAAAUUGACCCACCAAAAAUUGACCUGGAAGCUAAAUACUCCCAGGUUGUGCUUGUAAAUGCCGGAGAGACAUUUAAACUUCAGGCUGCUAUUUUUGGUAAGCCUGUACCCACUGUACACUGGCUGAAAGAAGGCACUGAGAUUGCAGAAGCAGCUCGUUUAGAAAUCCAUAAUACCGAUUUUUCAGCUUGUUUAAUUGUUAAAGAAGCUAUUCGUGUUGAUGGAGGACAAUACACAUUAGUGGUAAAGAAUGUUGGUGGAGAAAAAGUUAUUAACAUUAAUGUCAAGGUAUUGGAUAGACCAGGUCCACCUGAGGGCCCUAUUUCUAUUUAUGGUGUCACCAGUGAGAAAUGCUCAAUUUCCUGGAAACCUCCCUUGCAAGAUGGAGGUAGUGAUAUCUCCCAUUAUAUUGUUGAGAGAAGGGAAACCAGCAGGCUGGUAUGGACUGUAGUUGAGCAAAAGGUUCAGACCCUAAAUCUAAAAAUCACCAAACUUCUACCUGGUAAUGAAUACAUCUUCAGAGUGAUCCCUGUCAACAAAUAUGGUAUUGGCGAGCCUUUGGAAUCUGAGGCAAUGAUUGCCAAAAAUCCAUUUGUCGCACCAAGUCCACCAACUGACAUAGAUGUUUCUUCAAUUACUAAGGACUCUAUGGUGAUAACCUGGGAGAGACCAAACAAUGAUGGUGGCAAUUCCAUUCAGGGCUAUGUCAUUGAGAAACGUGAUAAGGAUGGUGUGAGAUGGACAAGGUGCAACAAGCGCAGUGUGACAGAGUUGCGUUUCAGAGUGACAGGACUCAUAGAAAACCAUAGCUAUGAAUUCCGAGUGGCUGCUGAGAAUGCUGCUGGAAUUGGUACACCUAGCACACCAACACUAUACUACAAAGCACUGGAUCCUGUUUUUGAACCAGGCCCACCCAACAACCCCAAGGUAGUAGACACCUCUAGGUCUACUGUAUCUCUUACAUGGGGUAAGCCCAUAUAUGAUGGUGGAAGUGAGAUCAAGGCUUACAUUGUUGAAGCAUAUGAUGUAGCAGCUGAUGAGUGGUUUAUGUGCACUCCACCCACUGGAAUAGCAGACACUAAAUUCACAGUGAAAAAGCUUUUGGAAAAGCAUGAGUACCAGUUUAGAGUUUGUGCAAUUAACAAAAUUGGUAUUGGUGAACAUGCUGAUGUGCCUGGUAAAAUCCUUCUUGAAGAGACGCUUGAGGCCCCUGACCUUGAAUUAGAUGCUGAUAUGAGAAAAAUGAUCAACAUCAGAUCAGCUUGCACACUCAGGUUGUUUGUACCUGUGAAAGGGCGGCCAGCUCCUGAAUUGAAAUGGGGAAAGGUUGAAGGUGAGAUUAAAGAGACUGCCCAAAUUGAUAACACAGGAAGCUAUGCUUCACUUACCAUUGAGAAUGUUGACCGAUUUGAUAGUGGCAAGUACACACUGACUGCAGAGAAUGCCAGUGGAGUUAAAUCAGUGUUCAUCAGUGUUAGAGUCCUGGAUUCUCCUAGUCCACCAACUAACUUAACAGUCAAAGAGAUUACUAAGAACUCUGUCACUCUCUCAUGGGAACCUCCACUUCUGGAUGGUGGUUCAAAGAUUAAGCACUAUAUUGUUGAGAAGCGUGAAAGCACAAGAAAAGUUUAUACUACCAUUACAACAUGUAACAAGAUGUCAUGGAAAGUUGAACCUCUUCCAGAGGGUGGAAUCUUCUUCUUUAGGGUCUUGGCUGAGAAUGAAUAUGGUGUGGGUCUCCAAGCUAAAACUAUGGAGCCAAUUAAAAUAUCUGAGAAGCCUCAGCCACCCGGUAAGGUUACUGUUCUUGACGUCACCAACAGUACUGUUACUCUAAGGUGGGAGAAAUCUGAACAUGAUGGUGGAAGUAGGAUCAGUUAUUAUGAAAUUGAAAUGGCUCCUAAGGACAGUGAGGCAUGGACUGUGUGUGCUAGUGUAAAAGGCCUUGAGACAGUAGUGAGCAACCUUCUGAAGGGAGAGGAAUAUCAGUUCAGAGUUGUUGCUGUAAAUGAGAAAGGUAAAAGUGACCCAAGACAACUGGCUCAAUCAGUUGUAGCCAAGGACCUAAUCAUUGAGCCUUCUGUGAGACCCAAAUCAAGUUCCUACAGUGUUCAGGUGGGAAAUGACCUCAAGAUAGAGGUUCCAGUUGCUGGUCAUCCAAAACCAACUAUUACCUGGAUUAAGGAUGGAGUGGCACUUAAGCAGACCACCAGAGUUAAUGUCAGUGAUUCAGCACAUCACAGCACUCUAACCAUAAAGGAUGCCACCAGAGAGGAUGGUGGUAUGUACACUGUCACUAUUGCGAAUGCUUUCGGUUCCAAGGAUGCCACUAUUGAAGUUAUCACCCUGGAUAAACCAGGACCACCAACAGGUCCAAUCAAGAUUGAUGAUGUUAGUGCUGACAGUGUCACUCUUAAUUGGGAACCUCCCUCAUACACAGGUGGCUGUCCAAUUUCCAAUUACGUAGUGGAAAAGAGAGACACAACUACAACUAAUUGGGUUGUUGUGUCUGCCACUGUGGCUAGAACAACGUUAAAGGUUGCCAAUCUCAAGACUGGUGGUGAAUACCAGUUUAGAAUCUUUGCUGAAAACAGAUAUGGAAAGAGUUACGCAAUUGAUUCAGUGCCUGUUGUAGCACAAUAUCCAUUCCAAGAACCUGGACCACCAGGAACACCAUUUGUUUCCUCCUACACUAAAGAUUACAUGUUGGUCGAGUGGCAUAGACCUCCAUCUGAUGGAGGCAGUGCCAUUUUGGGUUAUCAUUUGGAGAGGAAAGAGAAGAAUAGUAUCCUGUGGACAAAGAUCAACAAAAUGCUAAUUCAAGAUUGUAAAUUCAAGUCUACUCCUCUUGAGGAAGGCAUUGAGUAUGAGUAUAGGGUAUAUGCUGAGAAUAUAGUUGGCAUUGGAAAAUGCAGCAAAGUCUCAGAAGUUUAUGUAGCGCGUGACCCAUGUGAUCCUCCUGGCCGUCCAGAGGCUGUAAUUGUAACCAGACACUCUGUGAUGCUGAGAUGGACACCCCCACAAUAUGAUGGUGGAAGCAUUGUAACUGGCUAUUUAAUAGAGAAACGUGACCUUCCAGAGGGAAAAUGGAUGAAAGCUAGUUUCACAAACAUUAUUGAAAAUGAAUUUACAGUUACUGGCCUUACAGAAGACAGUAAAUAUGACUUCAGAGUGAUUGCAAGGAAUGCCGCUGGUGCUGUCAGCAAACCCUCUGAGAGCACAGGAUCCAUAACAGCUAAGGAUGAAGUUGAGCCACCCAAGUGUGAAACUGAUCCAAUAUACAAUCAGACAAUUGUCCUUAAUGCUGGAGAAACUUUCAGUCUGGAGGCUAGUGUAGAAGGAAAGCCCAUCCCAACAGCCCAGUGGUUCAAAGGGAGUGUUGAAGUUGAAAACUCUGCAAGAGCUGAAAUCAAAAACACUGAUUUUAAAGCAUUACUUGUCGUAAAGGACUCCAUCAGAGUGGAUGGUGGACAGUACACUUUGGUUCUGACAAAUGUUGCAGGAACUAAGACCGUCCCAUUCACUGUGAAGGUUCUUGAUAGACCAGGUCCAUCUGAGGGACCCCUCACAGUCAGUAAUGUUACUGAGGAGAAAUGCUCACUGUCAUGGCUGCCACCCAGGCAUGACGGAGGAGCUAGCAUUUCUCACUACGUCAUUCAAAAGAGAGAAACUAGCCGGUUGGCUUGGACUGUGGUCUCCAGUGAUUGUGGAGCUACAAUGUUCAAGGUUACCAAACUAUUGAAAGGUAAUGAGUACAUCUUCAGAGUUUUGGCUGUCAACAAGUAUGGAGUAGGGGAACCUCUGGAAUCUGAGCCAGUUAUCAUGAGAAAUCCAUUUGUUCCUCCUGGUUCACCUCGUGAACUAGAAAUCACUAACAUUACUAGGGAUUCAAUGACUGUUUGCUGGAACCGCCCACAGUCUACAGGAGGAAGUGACAUUGCUGGUUACAUUAUUGAAAAGAGAGACAGAGCUGGAGUGAGAUGGACCAAGUGCAAUAAACGCAGAGUGACUGAUUUGCGUUUUAGAGUAACAGGUCUCACUGAAGACCAUGAUUAUGAGUUCAGGGUAUCUGCUGAAAAUGCAGCUGGAGUGGGCCAGCCAAGCCCACCUACACCCUAUCUCAAAGCCUGUGACCCUACUUUUGAACCAGGCAUUCCCACUAAUGCCCACGUAGUUGACACAACAAAAGACUCCAUCAGCUUAGCUUGGCACAGGCCUAUAUAUGAUGGGGGUUGUGAAAUUCAAGGAUAUGCUGUUGAAAUAACCAAGGCAGAAGAAGAGGAAUGGACUAUUUGCACACCACCAACUGGAGUGAAUCUUACCAAGUUUACCAUCAAAAACCUGACAGAACAUCAAGAAUACAAGGUGCGUGUCUGUGCCAUGAAUAAAAUUGGUGUUGGUGAGCCCACAGAAAUUCUGGGAGUUGUGAUCCCUGUAGAUAAAAUUGACCCCCCGGAGAUCAUUUUGGAUUCAGAGCUCAGGAAGGGAAUAGUGGUUCGUGCAGGAGGCUCAAUGAGAAUCUGCGUUCCUUUUGAGGGUCGUCCCACUCCUGACGUAAGCUGGGCUAAAGAGGAUGGUGAGCUGCCCAGUAAAGCACAGAUUGAGACUGCUGAACAUUUCACACAGCUUUCUAUUGACAUUUGUGAUAAAUAUGAUGCUGGAAAAUACAUCCUCAACGUAGCAAACAGUGCUGGUAGCAAAUCAGCUUUUGUCUCCGUUAAAGUUCUGGACACCCCAGGGGCUCCAUUAAAUCUUAAAGUUAAAGACAUAAAGAGGGAGAGUGUCACUUUGACUUGGGAACCCCCUGUAAUUGACGGUGGCUCAAGAAUAAAGAAUUACUUGGUUGAGAAGCGUGAGUCAACCAGGAAGGUGUACUCUAAUGUAGACAACAAAUGUACAAAGACAAGUUACCGUAUCACAGGUCUUACUGAGGGAACAAUUUAUUACUUUAGAGUCUUAGCAGAAAAUGAAUUUGGUAUUGGACAGCCCGUUGAAACAAAAGAAUCUGUUAAAACAUCUGAGCCACCUUUACCUGUGGGUAAAGUUAAUUUGACUGAAGUCACAAAAACCACAGCCUCGCUCUCCUGGGAAAAACCAGUCCAUGAUGGAGGCAGCAGGAUCAUUGGAUACUACAUUGAGAUGCAGCCUGUGGGGUCAGAAGAAUGGGUUGUGGCUACCACAACUAAGACCUGUGAGGGUACUGUUACCGGUCUAAGUGCAGGACAUGAGUACCUUUUCAGAAUAUCAGCCUUCAAUGAAAAAGGAAAGAGUGACCCAAGGGCUCUGGCUGCAGCAGUUACUGCUAAAGAUGUUACUGUUGAGCCUGGAUUCAAGAUGAGAUUCAAUACCUACAGCUUACAACAAGGCGAGGAUCUGAAAAUUGAGAUUUCAGUUCUUGGACGUCCUGUUCCAAAGGUUGAAUGGAAAAAGGAAGGACAACUUCUUAAAGAGACGACUAGAAUAAAUGUAUCAAGCACACCAUCAUCUACAAAGUUGGUAAUCAAAGAUGCCAAUAAGGAAGAUUCUGGCAAGUACACCAUUACAGCAACCAGCAGCAUUGGAACAGCUACAGAGGAGAUUACUGUUAUCAUUCUUGACAAACCUGGACCUCCUACAGGCCCUGUGAAGAUUGAUGAAGUGAGUUCUAAUUUUGUUAAUCUGUCCUGGGAACCACCAGAGUAUACUGGAGGUUGUCAGAUCAACAACUACAUCGUAGAGAAGAGAGACACCACUACUACUGUAUGGCAAAUUGUUUCUGCUACAAUAGCCAGGACAACCAUAAAAGUCAGCAAUUUGAAGACUGGCACUGAAUAUCAAUUUAGAGUUUCAGCUGAGAAUAGAUAUGGAAAGAGUUCAGCUAUUGUCUCUCCUGCUGUGGUUGCCAAGUAUCCAUUCAGUGAGCCUGCUGCCCCUGGAAUACCAGUUAUUACAUCUGCAACCAAAGAGAGCAUGGUUGUUGAAUGGAAACCCCCCACCAACAAUGGGGGUAGUCCAAUUCUAGGCUAUCACCUGGAGAGAAAGGAGAAGAACAGCCUUUUAUGGGCCAAAUUAAACAAGCUUCUUAUUCCAGAUGCACGAUUUAAAACCACAGAAUUGGAAGAGGGUAUAGAGUAUGAAUUUAGGGUUUAUGCUGAGAACAUGGCUGGCCUCAGCCCAGCUAGCAAGGUCUCAGAGAGCACAGUAGCCAGGGAUCCAUGUGACCCACCAGGCACUCCUGAGGCUAUUGAAAUCACCAGAAACCAUAUCACACUUCAGUGGACCAGACCCCAGUACAAUGGAGGCAGUGCAAUCACUGGGUAUUUGAUUGAGAGGAGGAAGCACCCAGAUAAACGCUGGAUGAAAGCAACCUUCACCAACAUUAUUGAUACCCAAUACACUCUCACUGGUCUCACUGAGGAUUGUGUUUAUGAGUUUAGAAUCAUUGCUAGGAAUUCUGCCGGUAUUUCUAGUAGCCCAUCUGAAAGCACCGGAGAAAUAACAGCUAAAGAUGAAAUUGAGGCUCCAGAUGCCACCAUGGAUCCUAAGUUCAAAGAUCUCACAGUUGUUCAUGCUGAUGAGACAUUUAUCAUUGAUGCUGAUUACACUGGUAAGCCUCUGCCUGAGGUCACAUGGUUAAAGGAUGGAAAGGAAAUUGACAAAACUACCCCAAGAAUGGAAAUCAAGACCACACUAACCCGCACCAUCCUGACAGUUAAAGACUGCAUACGAGUUGAUGGUGGCCACUUUGUUCUCAAGCUUGUUAAUGUGGGUGGAGUCAAAAUGAUCCCAGUUAAUGUAAAGGUUUUGGACAGACCUGGUCCUCCAGAUGGACCAUUAGAAGUGAAAGGAGUGACAGCUGAAAAAUGUUAUCUGCACUGGAGCCAUCCUUCACAUGAUGGUGGAGCUAGCAUCUCUCACUAUAUCAUUGAAAAGAGGGAAACCAGUCGUUUGUCAUGGACCAUGGUUGAGCCAAAGAUCCAGGCAAUCAGCUAUAAAGUUACAAAACUGCUCCCUGGAAAUGAAUACAUCUUCAGAGUUACUGCUGUGAAUAAAUAUGGAGUUGGUGAACCUUUAGAAUCUGAGCCUGUUGUUGCCCGUAAUCCAUUCACCACUCCCAGUGCACCCUCCACUCCUGAAGCCAGUGCUAUUACUAGGGAUUUCAUUGUACUUACUUGGGAGAGGCCAGAGAAUAAUGGAGGAGCUGAGAUUGAAGGAUAUGUACUAGAAAAACGUGACAAGGAUGGUGUCAGGUGGACCAAGUGCAACAAGAAGAGACUGACUGACUUGAGAUUUAGGUGUGCUGGUCUCACAGAGGGCCAUUCCUAUGAAUUCCGGGUCUCAGCUGAAAAUGCUGCAGGUGUUGGAAAGCCUAGCACACCGACACAGUACAUCAAAGCAUGCGAUGCCACUUAUCCACCAGGACCUCCAAAUAACCCCAAAGUCACUGACCAUUCCAGUACGACAGUCUCCCUUUCCUGGUCAAGACCUAUCUAUGAUGGUGGAGCACAUAUUACUGGAUAUGUUGUUGAAGUGAAGGAGGCAUUAGAUGAUGAAUGGAUUGUUUGCACACCUCAUACUGGUGUCCAAGACACUCACUACACUGUAAAGAAGUUAAAGGAGAAUGCAGAAUACAAUUUCCGCAUAUGUGCUAUGAACUGUGAGGGAGUAGGAGAUCAUGUGGACCUCCCAGGGUCUGUGAUUGCAGCUGAGAAGUUGCAGGCUCCUGAAAUUGAACUAGAUGCUGACCUGAGAAAGAUGGUCAAUGUUCGUGCCACUGCAACACUACGUCUUUUUGUAACUAUCAGAGGAAAACCAGAGCCUGAAGUCAAGUGGUCAAAGGCUGAUGGCACUCUAAAUGAGCGUGCUCAGAUUGAAGUCACAAGCUCUUACACAAUGCUUGUGAUUGAAAAUGUUGACAGAUUUGACACUGGCAAAUAUGUACUAACCCUUGAGAACCUUAGUGGCUCUAAAUCAGCUUUUAUCAACGUUAGAGUUUUGGAUUCACCCAGUGCUCCAACAAACCUACAAGUCAAGGAUGUAAAGAGACAUUCUGUCUCUCUUUCCUGGGAGCCUCCUCUGAUUGAUGGUGGAGCAAAGAUAUCACACUAUAUUGUGGAGAAGAGAGAGCAGAAGCGAAUGGCUUUCACCAGUGUUAGCACCAAUUGUGUAAGGAACUCAUACAUUAUUUCUGACCUGCAGGAGGGAGGUAGAUAUUUUUUCCGUGUGUUGGCUGUAAAUGAGCUAGGAGUUGGUCUGUCAGCUACAACAGAUCAAGUCAAAGUUUCAGAAGCACCUUUGCCCCCUGGUAAAAUAACUGUGGUUGAUGUGACUCGUCACACUGUCACCCUUUCAUGGGAAAAACCAGAUCAUGAUGGUGGCAGCAAAAUUACAAGCUACACAGUGGAGAUGCAGCCUAAGGGAGAUGAAAAAUGGACAGUGUGCAGUGAUGCCAAAGGACUAGAAGCUACUAUUGAGGGACUUACUACUGGUGAGGAAUACUCCUUCAGAGUAAUUGCUGUGAAUGAUAAGGGUAGGAGUGAUCCCAAACCUCUGGCUAUGCCUGUGUUAGUAAAAGAUAUCACAAUGGAGCCCACCAUCAACUUGCUUUUCCACACAUACAGUGUAAAAGCAGGAGAUGACUUGAAAAUUGAUGUUCCUUUCAAAGGCAGACCUCAACCCGAGGUGUCCUGGAAGAAGGAUGGCAGUGCACUAAAGCAAACUACUAGAGUAAAUGUUCUGAAUUCAAAGACCUCAUCAAAGAUCAUAAUCAAAGAUGCCACCAAAGAUGAUAUUGGAAAAUAUGAGAUCACUUUGACUAAUUCAAUUGGCACAAAGACAGCUGAAAUUUUAGUAAUAAUUCUGGAUAAACCAGGCCCACCCAGCAACAUUAGGGUGGAUGAGGUGAGUGCUGACUUCAUCUCUCUGUCCUGGGAUGCUCCAACCUAUGAUGGUGGGUGCCAGAUUAACAACUAUGUUGUGGAGAAGAGAGACACUACUUCUACCACAUGGCAAAUUGUCUCAGCUACAGUAGCCAGGACAUCCAUAAAGGUUUCCCGUCUCACUCAGGGCACAGAGUACCAGUUCCGCAUUGCAGCUGAAAACCGCUAUGGCAAGAGUUCUGCGAUUGAUUCUGCUCCUGUUGUUGCACAAUAUCCGUUUGAGCCUCCUGGUCCUCCAACCAAUCUUCAUGUUGCCCAUGCUACCAAGACUGGCAUGCUUGUAGUCUGGGGAAGACCUUCCAGUGAUGGUGGAAGCCCUGUCAUUGGUUAUCAUGUUGAAUCCAAAGACCAAAGCAGCAUUUUGUGGACCAAAGUCAGUAGAGGUCUGCUGACUGAAAAUCAAUUUAAGAUGACAGGCAUUGAAGAAGGCCUCUCAUACCAGUUUAGAGUCUAUGCAGAGAAUAUUGCUGGCAUUGGUCCAUGUACUAAAUCUUGUGAACCAGUUGCAGCCAGGGACCCAUGUGAAUCACCACAUAACCUUAAAGUCACAAAUAUCACCAGAAACUCAGUUUCUCUCUUCUGGGAUCCACCUGAAUAUGAUGGUGGAGUGAAAAUUGUUGGAUACAUAGUGGAGCAAAAAGAGCUCCCUAAUGGUCGCUGGCUAAAGUGUAACUUCGCCAAUCUACAGGAGACUUACUUUGAUGUCACAGGUCUUACAGAAGAUGCACAAUAUGACUUCCAUGUUAUUGCAAAGAAUUCUGCAGAAAUGUUGAGUGCCCCUUCAGAAUGCACUGGUCCUGUCACCAUCAAAGACGAUGUAGACCCUCCUUCCAUCACCUUAGAGGAUAAAUUCAGGCAAUUAGUUGUUAUUAAGGCUGGAGAGAUAAUUAGAAUUGAUGCUGAAAUUACAGGUCGUCCAAUCCCAGUGGUUUCAUGGACUAAAGAUGGAAAAGAUAUUGAGGCCAAGGCCAGGUGUGAAAUCACUUCCACAAAUUUUACCACUACUCUAAUUGUCAGAGAUGCUAUCAGGAGGGAUUCUGGACAGUAUGUUUUGACUUUGCACAAUGUAGCUGGAACCAGGUCUGUAGCUAUCAACUGUAAGGUUCUGGACAGGCCUGGACCAGCUUCAGGACCUUUGGCAGUGUCUGGUCUUACAGCAGAGAAGUGCACUAUAACAUGGGGUCCACCUCAAGAGAAUGGAGGAGCUGAAAUCAUGUACUAUAUAGUGGAGAAACGUGAGACAAGCCGCCUUGCUUGGACUCUUGUUUAUGGUGACAUGAAGGCAACUACCUGCAAAGUUACUAAGCUGCUCAAAGGAAAUGAGUACAUUUUCAGGGUCAGAGGAGUUAACAAAUAUGGAGAUGGUGAGCCUCUGGAGAGUGAGGCAGUAAAAGCUUUGGAUCCAUUCACGGUAGCUGCAGCCCCCACUAAUGUCCAGGUCACCUCAGUCACUAGUGAGGCCAUGACAAUCUGUUGGGAAAGACCAGUUUUUGAUGGUGGCAGCAGUAUUUCUGGCUAUGUAAUUGAAAAGCGAGAGAAGACUGGUCUCCGCUGGUGCCGUGUCAAUAAGAAGCCUGUCUAUGACCUAAGAGUCAAAGCUUCCAAUCUUCGUGAGGGAAGUGAAUAUGAGUACAGAGUGUUUGCAGAGAAUGCUGCUGGACUUAGUGCACCUAGCACCCCUUGCCCACUCACCAAGGCUGAAGACCCACAGUUCCUUCCCUCACCUCCUGCUAAGCCCAGGAUCAUUGACUCAACAAAGACCACAGUAACACUAGCAUGGAAUAAACCACUGUUUGAUGGUGGAGCACCUGUAACUGGUUACCGAGUAGAAUACAGAAAGUCAUUAGAUGAUGAAUGGUUCGUUGGAGUCCAGAACACCAAGAAUACAGAGUUUACAGUGGUGGGACUGACUCCUGGAGCUGAAUAUGUAUUUGUUGUCAGAUCCAUUAACAAGAUUGGAGCAAGUGAGCCUAGUCCUGAAUCAGACAAACAGACUGCGAAAGAAAAAGAAGAAGAGCCUGUCUUUGAAAUAAGCAAUGAAAUGAGGAAGACUCUUAUUGUGAAAGAUGGCAGCUCAUUUACAAUGAGAGUACCCUUCAGAGGCAAGCCUAUUCCCACUGUGAGCUGGACAAAGCCUGAUAUUGAUCUUAGAGUACGUGCCAUCAUUGACACCACAGACACCUUCACCUCAAUCACCUUAGAGAAAGCAACACGCAAUGACUCUGGAAAAUACACUGUCACUUUGUCUAGCAUUGCUGGAACCUCCUCACUGACACUCAAUGUUAGAGUUCUUGACUCACCUGGACCUCCAGCAUAUGUGGAAGUCAAGGAAGUCACUAAGUCAUCUGCUACUGUAACUUGGGACACUCCAGAGAAUGAAGGAGGAGGACCAGUAAAGAAUUAUCUUGUUGAUUUCCGAGAGGCAAGCAAAAAAGGUUGGACUAGGUUGACUGAUACAUGCCACAGACUGACUUAUAAGGUGUCAAACCUUAAGGAAGGAGAAGUUUACUAUUUCAGAGUGACAGGCGAGAAUGACUAUGGUGUUGGUGUUCCAGCUGAGACCAAAGAGGGAACCAAGAUCACAGAAAAACCAAGCCCACCACCAAAGCUUGGAGUAACUGAUGUCACUAAGGAGAGUGUGUCAUUGGCAUGGGCUAAACCUGAACAUGAUGGAGGCAGCAGAAUUACUGGAUAUCUGGUUGAAGCACUGGAGAAGGGUCAGGAGAAGUGGGUUAAAUGUGGCGUCACCAAGUUUAUCCACUUUACUGUGUCUGGCCUAAGGGAGAAAGCUGAAUACUACUUCAGGGUCAAAGCUGAGAACCUUGCUGGAUAUAGUGAUGUUAAGGAAAUGUUCACUCCUGUUAUGGUCAAAGACCAGCUGGAAUCUCCCGAAAUCAACAUGAAGGACUUCCCCCACAAUACUGUGUACGUUAGAGCUGGCUCAACUCUGAAGUGUGAAAUUCCUCUGACUGGCAGACCCCUGCCCAAAGUCACUCUUUCCAAAGAUAAUGUAGUACUGAAGUCAACAAUGAGGUUCAAUUCUGAAGUCACUCCUGACAGCAUCAAAAUCAUCUUGCGUGAAAGCAUUGCUGGAGACUCGGGGCGCUAUGAUAUAACUGCCUCCAACUCCAGUGGAACCACCAAGUCCUUUGUCAAUAUUGUGAUUCUGGACCGUCCAAGUGUUCCCCUUGGACCUGUAGAACUGUUUGAUGUCACAGAAGACAGUGCAAGCCUCAGCUGGCUCCCACCUGCAUAUGAUGGUGGUAGCCCUAUCACUAACUAUAUCAUCCAGAAGAGAGAAACAACUACAGCAAACUGGAUUGACGUCUCAUCUGCUGUGGCUCGUUGCACCAUAAAGGUUAUGAAACUUACCACUGGCUUGGAGUAUCAGUUCAGAAUCAGGGCUGAGAACAAAUAUGGAAUUAGUGAACAUAUUGACUCUCCAGCAGUCACAGUCAGCCUACCAUACACUAUUCCAGAUGCUCCAUCAACUCCAGAAGUUACUGCUGUAACCAGGGAAAGCAUCGCAUUAGCCUGGAAGGAGCCCAAGUCAGAUGGAGGCAGCCAUGUGUUUGGCUAUCAUCUCCAGAUGAAAGAUAGGAACAGCAUCAUGUGGCAGCUGGUUAACAAAACCGUGAUCCGUUCUACACACUAUAAGGUCACCAACAUUAAUGCUGGACUUAUUUAUGAGUUUAAGGUGGCAGCGGAAAAUGCUGCUGGCCUCAGUGUUUUCAGUAAGGCUUCAGAUGCUGUGUUGGCUAUAGAUGCUUGUGAGCCACCCAUCAACCUAAGAAUCAGUGACAUCACCAAAAACUCCAUCAGCCUUGCGUGGGAGAAACCCAACUAUGAUGGUGGAUCCCCUGUUACUGGUUAUGUUAUUGAGAAGAGAGAAGGUGUUAGUCCUAAGUGGUCCAAAGCUAACCUCACCAAUAUCUCGGACACACAUUUCACUGUGGCUGGACUUACCCAGAAUGAAACCUAUGAAUUCAGGGUCAUGGCCAAGAAUGCUGUUGGUUCAGUAAGCAACCCAUCUAUGACAGCUGGACCAGCCACCUGUGUGGACACUUAUGGUGCCCCAGAAAUUGAAAUUCCCCAGGAGUACCUUAAUGAGGUCAAAUACAGCGCUGGCUCAGAUGUGGAACUUAAAUUCAAUAUCACAGCCAAACCUACCCCCACAAUUGAGUGGUUUAAGGAUGGAAGAGAGCUCAAACCUACUGCUCAGCUCACUUUCAAACACAUGUUUGAGUCCACCAGUAUAUUCCUGAGGGACACUACUCGUCUGAACUCAGGGACGUAUGAGGUCAAAGUGAAGAACUCCCUGGGAUCUUCAUGUGCAAUUGUCAGGCUGCUUAUUCAAGACAAGCCAGGACCUCCUGCUGGCGAAAUUCAGUUUAAGAAAGUGAUGGCUGACAACAUCACCAUCAUGUGGUCUCCACCUGCCGAUGAGGGCGGUGCCAUGGUAACUCAUUACAUCGUAGAGAAGAGAGAGACCAGCAGAGUCAUGUGGUCUAUUGUGUCUGAGAAACUCGUAGACUGCAUCGUGAAUGUGCCCAGACUCAUCCAGGGUAAUGAGUACAUCUUCAGAGUCCGUGGAGUCAAUAAAUAUGGCAUUGGAGACCCUCUGGAAUCUGAGCCCAUUAUUGCAAAGAACCCAUUCGUUCCUCCAAGUGAACCAUCCAAGCCUAAAGUCACUAUGAUUACUAAGUCCACAAUGACUGUGAUCUGGGAAAGACCUGCUCUAGAUGGAGGCAGUGAUAUUGAUGGUUAUUACCUUGAGAAAAGAGAGAAGAAGAGUCUUCAGUGGUUCAAGGUGGUGAAAGGAACAAUCAGAGACACCAGACAGAAAGUCAGCAACUUAACAGAAAACAAUGAGUACCAGUUCAGAGUUUGUGCAGUAAACAAAGCUGGGGCAGGAAACUACUCUGAAGCCUCUGAUCUUUACAGAGCCUAUGACCCCAUUGAUCUGCCUGGUGAACCUUCAAAGCUCCGUGUGGUCGACUCCACCAAGACUUCCAUCACUCUUGGCUGGGAGAAGCCUGUCUAUGAUGGUGGCAGUGAAAUUACACACUACUUACUGGAACAGAUGAAUGCAGGAGAGAAAGAAUGGGUCAUCACCAACCCACAGGUUAAGGGUUGCGAGUAUGUGGUGCCCCACUUGAAACCUGCUACUUACUACUUUUUCAGAGUAUCUGCUGUGAACAGCAAGGGCAAAGGAGAGGACAUCAAGAUGUACCAGCCUGUGCAAGCCAAAGACAUAUUAGAGGAGGCUGAUUUGGACUUAGAUGUUCCUAUGACAACUCAAUACACAGCUAAAGCUGGCCGCGAUGUUGAAGUGUUUAUCCCAUUGAAGGGACGACCAGCUCCCAAUGUCACCUGGCGACGUGGUGAUCGUAACAUGGCUGGUGACAAUCGCUUCACCAUCAACAGCACUGAGAGAUCCACCACACUCCUUAUUCCAAAGGUCACUCGUGAUGACUGUGGAAAGUACUUGCUGGAAAUAGAGAAUGGUGUAGGUGAACCCAAGAUAAUCACCGUUUCCCUCAGGGUUCUAGAUAGUCCAUCAUCCUGCCAGAAGCUAAUAAUAAAGAACGUAACUAGAGGAAAGCUGACCCUAAGCUGGGAGGCUCCUCUUGUUGAUGGUGGCUCGCCUGUCACAAAUUACAUUGUUGAGAAGAAAGCCUCAACCAUGAAGGCCUACCAGGUGAUCAGUGCAGAAUGUCCCAACACAUCUUACAAGGUGACUGACCUGGAAGAGGAUAUUGCUUACUUCUUUCGUGUGUCAGCUGAAAAUGAGUUUGGUGUGGGUGACUUCUGUGAGUCCACUGAAGCGGUCAGAGCAACAGAGACUCCUGGAGCUGUCAAAAACCUGGUGAUGUUGGACUCUACAAAAACCUCUGUUACACUACAGUGGACCCGGCCAGACCAUGAUGGAGGCAGUCACAUCACAGAGUACAUAGUUGAAAAGAGAAGCCAGGAUGAAGUCAACUGGAGUUUAGGUGCAACAUGCAAACGUUGCACAUGUGAGGUGACUGGACUCAGGGAGAAUGCCAUCAUGGAUUUCAGAGUGUUUGCCAAAAAUGAGAAAGGAAGAAGUGAUUUCUCUCUGAUUGGUCCAAUCCCAGUGAUAGAUUUUAUUAUUCCUCCAGAAGCCAGUCUCAGUGAUUAUCCAAAUGGAGAGCUAGCUGUUCGUAUUGGGCAAAACAUCCACAUUGAGCUACCAUUUAAGGGAAAACCAAGACCUGCAAUCAGCUGGAUGAAGGAUAACCUUCCACUAAAGGAGAGUGAGAAGAUUCGCUUUAGAACCACUGACAACAAGACUGCAGUCACAAUUAGAGGAGCCAAGAAGGAGAAUGCUGGCCAGUACACUUUAGUUCUUGACAACAGAGUGGUCAAAAACUACUUUGACAUCAAUGUGAUCACUCUUGGACCACCCACAGCUCCUGUUGGUCCUGUUCGCUUUGAUGAGAUAAAGGCUCAGAGUAUCAUCAUUUCCUGGGAUGAGCCAAAGGAGGAUGGCGGUGGUGAGAUUACAUGCUACAGCGUGGAGAAACGUGAAACCUCCCAGGCCAACUGGAAAAUGGUCUGUUCAAGUGUUGUAAGGACCAGCUUCAAGAUUCCUAAUCUAGUCAAGGGAGCUCAAUACCAAUUCAGAGUCCGUGCCGAGAACAAGUAUGGAGUCAGCGAACCACUCUGCUCCUCAGAUGUUAUUGCUCAGCACCAGUACAAACCUCCAGGUCCACCAGGAAAGCCAGUUGCCUUCAACGUCACCAGUGAUGGUAUGACCAUUAAGUGGGAUGCCCCAGGCUUUGAUGGCGGUUCUCCUAUAUUGGGCUAUCAUGUUGAGAAGAAGGACAGGAACAGCCUCUUAUGGCAGAAGGUGAAUUCCACAAUCAUUUCCAGCAAAGAGUACAGGAUCAUUGGUCUCAUGGAAGGUCUGGAGUACUCUUUCAGAGUUUAUGCUGAAAACAAUGCUGGACUAAGCCCUGUCAGCGAGCAGAGCAAACAUGCUCUUGCCAUAUCCCCUGUUGACCCACCUGGCAAUCCUGUCUGCAUUGAUACAACUAGAGAUUCAGUCACCCUGCAAUGGGAAGUUCCAAAGAGAGACGGUGGAAGCAAAAUUGUGGCUUAUAAUGUAGAAAGGCGCCAAGGCAGAGCAAAAUGGCUCCGAUGCAACUUUAUUGAUAUAAGUGAUACCCAGUUCACUGUGACUGGUCUGUCCCCUGGAGACAGAUAUGAGUUCAGAGUGAUUGCAAGAAAUGCUGUCGGUACAGUCAGCCCACCAUCUAACUCUUCUGGAUAUAUCAUGACCAAGGACGAGAGCAUUACUCCUGAAAUUGAGUGGUCUCCUGACCAGGUGGUCACUCUGAAGGCUGGAGAAAAUGUUAAGCUCAAUUGUACCAUCACUGGGCGCCCAGUUCCUCAGGUUUUGUGGUACAAGGACGGCAAAGAAAUUGAUAAGCGAACAAUGAUUGACAUUGAGAUAACCACUGGCAUUGGCACCAGCAGUCUGUUUAUUCGUGAUGCAGACAGGAACCACCGUGGAAUUUAUACUGUGGAAGCCAAAAAUAGCUCUGGCUCUAGGAAAGCAGAUGUUAAUGUCAGGGUGCAAGAUACUCCUGGACCUGUUGACGGUCCCAUCCGCUUUACCGGCAUCACAGCUGAAAAGUGCACUGUAUGGUGGAACCCACCAGAGAAUGAUGGCUGUGCUGCAAUCACCCACUAUGUAGUGGAAAAACGGGAAACAUCCAGAAUUUCUUGGGCUUUGGUUACAUCCAAAUGUGAAGCUUGCUCAUAUAAUGUCACGAACCUCAUCAAGGGAAAUGAGUACCAGUUCAGAAUCUCUGCAGUUAACAAAUUUGGGGUCGGCAAACCACUGGAUUCGGAUGCAGUUAUUGCACGCAUGCAAUACACUGUGCCAGAUGCUCCAGGUACACCAGAUGCAACUCACAUAACUGGAGAUAGCAUCACUAUGUGCUGGACCAGGCCAAGAUCAGAUGGAGGUAAUGAGAUCAAACAUUACAUUCUGGAAAGGAGAGAGAAGAAGAGCCUUCGUUGGGUAAGGGUGUCUUCCAAGAGGCCCAUAACAGAGCUAAGGCACCGUGUCACCCACCUGACCGAGGGCAAUGAGUACGAGUUCCGCGUCAUGGCUGAAAAUGGAGCUGGUAUCGGACCAGCCAGCAGCACCUCCAGGCUCUUCAAAUGCAGAGAGCCAACAAGUGCUCCUAGUGCUCCAAGUGUAAUCAAGGUCAUUGAUUCCACUAAGUCCACUGUCACCCUGGAAUGGACAAAACCAGUAUUUGAUGGUGGCUUGGAAAUUAUUGGCUAUAACAUCGACAUGUGUAAGGCCAGUCUAGAGGAGUGGCACAGAGUCAAUAGUCAGAUUUGUAUCCACAAUAGAUACACUGUAAAGGGCCUGGUAGCUGGAGAGCUUUACAAGUUCAGAGUCAGUGCUGUGAAUGGGUCAGGAGAGGGUGAAGCUUCAGUUAUGCCAAACCCUGUUCAGGCUCUGGAUAGACUUACAUCUCCAGAAUUUGACAUCGAUGCAAACUUCAAACAAACUCACACUGUGAAGAACGGAGGAAUAGUCACUCUCAGCGUUGCUUUCAGAGGAAAGCCUACUCCGCUGGCCACCUGGUCUAGAGUAGAUGGUGAGCUUCCUGUCAUGGCAGAUGUCAACACCACAGAAAGCUCAUCCACUUUGACUAUAGAAGGCUGCACAAGAUAUGAGGCAGGAAAAUACACCCUAUCCCUGGAAAACAACAGUGGAAGAAAGUCUAUCACAUUCACUAUCAAAGUCUUAGACACUCCAGGACCUCCAGGCACAAUCUCCUUCAAAGAUGUUACACGUGGUGCUUUGACAAUGAUGUGGGAUGCUCCAUCCAAUGAUGGUGGAUCCCGCAUCCAUCACUACAUAGUAGAUAAACGUGAGGCAAGCCGCCUUGCUUGGCAGGAAGUCAGCAGCAAGAGCUCACGCCAAAUGAUAAGGAUAACUGGUCUGGACAUUGGUGUGCCAUACUUAUUCAGAGUGACUGCUGUUAACCAGUAUGGUCAAGGUGAACCAAAGGAAAUGACUGAGCCUGUCGUUGCCACAGAAGAGCCUGCACCACCCAAAAGAUUAGAUGUUGUCGAUACCACUAGUUCCACAGCCUCCCUCGUGUGGCUUAAACCUGACCAUGAUGGAGGCAGCCGCAUCCGAGGGUACAUUGUUGAAUUCAGAGCCAAGGGUAGUGACCGUUGGAUUGUUUAUGGAGAGACUAAAUUGCCAAAGAUGCUGGUAGAAGGUUUGAUUGAAAACACUGAGUAUGACUUUAGGGUCAAGGCCAAAAAUGAUGCUGGAAUCAGUGAGCCUCAAAGUACUUUCAGCUCUGUGGUCAUUAAGGAGCCUCUCAUUGAGCCAACUGCUGAUCUCAGUAGUAUCACUAACCAGCUCAUCACCUGUAAGCUUUCCAAUACUAUCACAAUUGAUAUCCCAAUAAGUGGCAGACCUGCACCCAAGGUCACAUGGAAACUGGAGGAAAUGAAGCUGAAAGAGACUGACAGAGUCUUGAUCAGGACCACAAAGGAGAGAACCACACUAAUAGUGAGAGACAGCAAGAGAAGUGACAGUGGCAAGUAUUACCUGAUCCUGGAGAAUGCUGCCGGUGUGAUGACUUUCACAGUGACUGUGGUCGUCGUCGGUAGACCGAGCCCACCAACUGGCCCUGUGAAGAUUUCUGGAAUCUCAUCAGAGUCUUGCACACUGUCAUGGUCAGAGCCAGCUGAUGAUGGCGGCACUGAAAUAACCAACUACAUUGUUGAGAAACGCGAGUCUGGCCAUGCUUCAUGGCAGGUAGUAAACUCCAGUGUGCAGAGAACAACAAUCAAAGUGACUCAUCUUACCAAAUACAUGGAAUACACAUUCAGAGUGUGUGCUGAGAACAAGUUUGGAGUCAGCAAGUCCAUUGAGUCUGCAGCUGUUGUAAUCGAGCAUCCAUUCAUUCCUCCAAGUCCUCCAACUCGCCCUGAUGUGGUAUUUGUGUCAGCAAAUGCCAUUGGCAUCAAGUGGGAUGUGCCAUAUUCUGAUGGUGGCAGCCAGGUGACAGGAUACUGGAUUGAGAAGAAAGAGAGGAACACAAUCUUGUGGGUGAGGGAGAACAAACUGCCCUGCCUUGAGUGCCAUUACAAGGUGUCCAACCUGAUCGAGGGCCUGGAGUAUCAGUUCAGAGUGUAUGCCAUGAACCUCGCUGGACUGAGCAAGGCCAGUGAAGCCUCCAGACCAGUGGUAGCACUCAAUCCUGUUGAUCCGCCUGGUAAACCUGAGAUUACCGAUAUCAGCCGCUCCUCUGUUUCGCUGUGCUGGACUAUACCCUUCAAUGAUGGUGGCAAUAAGAUCGUUGGCUACAUUGUGGAGAGGAAGGUCUACAGCACAGAUGAGUGGGACGACAACCGCUGGCUCAAGUGCAACUACACCACGAUCACAGAGAACUACUUCACAGUCACAAACUUGGGAGAGGGAGAAACCUUUGAGUAUCGUGUCAUCGCCAAGAAUGCAGCCGGGGUCCACAGCAUGCCUUCUGAGACCACUGGUCCAAUCACAUGCAAGGAUGAAUACUCUCCUCCUAGAGCUGAACUUGACAGCAAACUGACGCGUGAGGUCAUCACCAUUAUGGCUGGCUCUGACCUUGUUCUGGACGGUGCUGUGGGAGGCAAACCAGAACCCACAGUGUACUGGUCCAAGGGUGACAAGAUUUUGGAGUUGGGAGAGAAAUACUCUCUGACAUACACAUCAACAAGAGCCAUGGCUGUCAUCAAAAACUGCGACAGAUACGAUACGGGUAGAUACAUCCUCACCGUCAAGAACCCCAAUGGUAUUAAGACCGCUUCGGUCAAUGUGAAGGUUCUGGACACUCCUGGACAACCUGCUGACAAGAUCGUGAUCAGCAGAGUCACUGAAGAAAAGUGUACGGUUUCCUGGAAGAUUCCUCUGGAGGACGGCGGAGACAUCGUCAGCCAUUACAUCGUAGAGCGACGUGAAACCAGCCGGCUCAACUGGGUCAUCAUGGAGACAGAGUGCAAGUCGCUGUCAUGUGUGAGCUCCAGGUUGAUCAAGAACAAUGAAUACGUCUUCAGAGUCAGGGGAGUCAACAAGUUUGGACCUGGAGUUCCUCUGGAGUCCGAGCCGGUCAUCGCCAGAAACGCCUACACCGUCCCAUCCCCGCCGGGCGCCCCAGAAGCCACAACGGUGGGUAAGGAGCACAUCAUCAUCGAGUGGCUGAAGCCUGAGAGCGACGGAGGCAGUGAGAUUAAGAACUACAUCGUGGAAAAACGAGAGAAAAGCAGCACAAGAUGGACUCGGGUGAACAGAACUUACACAAUUUAUGACAUCCGUCUGAAAAUCACUGGCCUGAUAGAGGGAGGCGAGUACCAGUUCAGAGUCACAGCCCUCAACAAUGCUGGAGAAAGCCAGCCAAGCGAUGCAUCACCAUACAUUGUCUGUAAAGAUCCCACAUACACCCCGGCUGCUCCAUCAACACCUCGCAUAGUGGACACAACCAAGCACAGCAUUAGCCUGACCUGGACCAGACCCAUGUACGACGGCGGCUCCGAUGUCACAGGCUACGUCAUAGAGAUCUUAGAGGAGGACUCGGAGCAGUGGUACCGCGCCACUGCUAAGCCUAUAAAGACCAAUGAGUACGUGGCCGGUGGCCUGGCAGCCAAUAAGAAGUACAGGUUCAGGGUGGCGGCCAUUAACGGCAAAGGCACCGGGGAGUUCAGUGAACCGAGUGGAGAGGUCGAGCCACUGGAGAAAGUUGAAAUGCCUGACCUGGAACUGGCCGAAGACUUGAAGAAGACGGUCUGUCUGCGUGCUGGCGGUACCCUCCGCCUGUUCGUGUCCAUCACUGGCCGACCGGCACCAGUUGUUGCCUGGAGAAAGACCGGGGUGGAGCUGCAGAGCCGAGGCUUUAUUGAGACCACCGACAGUCACACCUCUCUCCUGGUGGAGAAAGUAAAUCGCUACGAUUCUGGAAAAUAUGUUGUGGAGGCAGAGAAUCCAUCUGGAAAGAAAACGUGCAUUAUCCUGGUCAAGGUCUACGACACCCCUGGUCCUCCUGGCUCUGUCAGGGUGAAAGACUACACCAAGGAGUCGGUUGUGAUCACCUGGGACGUCCCAAGCCUGGACGGUGGCGCUCAUGUCAGCAACUACAUUGUAGAGAAGAGAGAAGCCAACAUGAAGUCAUACAAGACUGUGACCACUGAAUGCAGGAAGACUCUGUACAGGAUCACAGGCUUGGAGGAAGGCGUGCACUACUUCUUCAGAGUCCUACCUGAGAACAUUUAUGGUGUUGGUGAGCCUUGUGAGACAACUGAGCCUGUGCUGGUGUGUGAAGUACCAUCAGUGCCCAUGGACCUCAGCAUUGUUGAUGUCACCAAGUCCACUGUGACCCUCCAUUGGGAAAGACCACUGCAUGAUGGCGGCAGCAGGCUGACAGGUUAUAUCAUAGAGGCUUGCAAAGUGGGGUCAGACAGGUGGAGCGCUGUGGCGACAGUUAAGGCCUCUCAGUCCCAGCACACAAUUCAGUCGCUUACAGAGAACGACCAGUACCUGUUCAGGAUCCGUGCCACCAACAGCAGGGGAGUCAGUGAGCCCAUGGACAUUGUGACACCAAUCAUAAUCCAGGAGAUCAAGGUGACGCCAAAGAUUGACUUGACCAGCAUCCCUCAGAAGAUUGUUCAUGUGCACCGUGGCAAAUCUAUUGACCUGAACAUCCCGAUUAAAGCCAAACCACUGCCAGUUUGCUCCUGGUUCUUCGGUGGUGCCAAGCUGAAGGACAGCUUAGACCGUAUCAAAAUCGACAGCAACGGGAAAUACACACACCUGGUCAUCCGUGACACCACCAUCGAUGACACUGGAGAUUACACCUUGGAGGUUAAAAAUGCUGUUGGCAUGGCAACGGAGGUUAUCAAGGUCAUCAUCCUGGACAAACCUGGUAUCCCAGUUGGUCCCAUGAAAAUUGAGGAGGUUGAUGGAGUCUCGGUGACAGUUAGCUGGGAACCUCCAGAGAAAGACGGUGGAGCCAAUGUCAGUGGAUACGUGGUGGAGCAGCGAGAAGCCCACCACCCAGGCUGGUCCACCGUCUCUGAAUCUGUGACCAGACCUUGCUUCAAGUUCACCAGGCUUAACGAAGGAACCGAGUAUGUGUUCCGUGUUGCUGCCAUGAAUCGCUUUGGUUUUGGUGGCUUCCUGCAGUCUGAAGUGGUGGAGUGCAAGAGUCCCAAGACCAUCCCCGGACCUCCAAGCAGGCCAGAGGUGAUUGAUGUCACCCAUGAAGGCAUGACCGUGACCUGGCAACCACCUGUGGACAAUGGUGGCUCCACCAUUGCUGGCUACAUAAUAGAACGUAAAGAAGCACGAUCUGACAGGUGGUUGAGAAUCAAUAAGAAUCCAGUCACUAUGACCAGAUAUCGUUCUUCCGGGCUGAUUGAGGGCCUGGAAUAUGAGUUCAGAAUCACUGCUAUCAACUCCAGAGGAACUGGCAAACCCAGUGAAAGUUCUGCCAUAGUUGUUGCAAUGGAUCCCAUUGAACCUCCAGGUCCUCCAGUUAAACCCAGAGUUACAGACAGCACACGGACAUCAGUCUCUCUGGCCUGGCUGCCGCCUGAAGAAGAGGGUGGUUCUGUUGUUACUGGCUAUCUCAUUGAGAUGCAAAAGGUGGACCAGAUUGAAUGGACUCUGUGCAAUACUACACCCACCAAGAUGUGCGAGUACACCCUAACACACAUGCCCCAGGGUGCAGAGUACAGGUUCAGAGUCAUUGCCUGCAAUGCAGGUGGUGCCGGAGAGCCUGCAGAGAUUUCUGGAGUAGUUAAAGUCCAAGAAAUGCUCGAUUAUCCUGACUUUGAGCUUGAUCGCAUAUACGAGGAAGGAUACGUGGUGCGGCAAGGUGGAGUCGUCCAUUUGUCUGUACCCAUCAAAGGCAAACCUAUACCCACAGCUAAGUGGACAAAGGAUGGUCGUGACAUCUCACAUCGUGCCAUGAUUGCCACCCACGAUGACAUUACUGAGCUGGUCAUCAAAGAGGCACACAAAGAUGACACCGGUACCUAUGAUUUGGUGCUGGAAAACAAAUGUGGUAGGAAAGCUGUGUACAUUAAGGUGAAAGUGAUUGGUCGACCUGAUGCCCCAGAAGGUCCUCUAGAAUUUGAUGACAUCCAAGCUAGAUCAGUUCGCGUCAGCUGGAGACCACCUUCAGAUGACGGUGGAUCUGACAUCCUGGGCUACAUAGUAGAAAGGCGGGAAGUACCAAAGGCUGCCUGGUACACAGUGGAUGCCCGGGUAACUGAGACCUCCCUGGUGGUCAAGGGCUUGAAGGAGAAUGUAGAGUACCACUUCAGGGUGUUUGCUGAGAACCAAUUUGGUGUUAGCAGAUCCCUUAAGUCAGAUGGAGCUGUUCUGCCAAAGACACCUCUUUGUCCACCUGAACCUCCCAGUAACCCACCAGAGAUCAUGGACGUCACCAAGACCACAGUGUCUCUGUCUUGGGCCCGGCCUCGGGACGAUGGUGGCUCUCGUGUCACAGGAUACUAUGUUGAAAGAAGGGAGGUUUCCACAGAGAAGUGGGUCCGUCACAACAAGACCCACAUCACUACCACCAUGUUCAAUGCCACCGGACUUAUACCCAAUGCAGAGUACAUGUUUAGAGUGGUGGCUCAAAAUGACAUUGGGCAGAGUGAACCCGGUCCUGCUUCAGAAUCGGUGGUCUGCAAAGAUCCAUUUGACAAGCCCACCCAACCAGGAGAUAUUGACAUCAUCUCUAUUACUAAAGACAGCAUCACCAUUCAUUGGCUCAGACCAGAACACGAUGGUGGAAAGGAGAUCCUGGGUUAUUGGAUUGAGUUCAGGGAGGCUGGAGAGAGCGCUUGGAAGAAAUGCAACAAGGAGCGUUCCAAGGAUCGGCAGUUCACCAUGGGUGGCUUGAUGGAGGCCACAGAGUAUGAAUUCAGAAUCUUUGCUGAAAAUGAGGCUGGACUCAGCCGACCUCGUCGCACACCCAUGGGCAUCAAGACCAAAUUGAGCGUUGGUGAAGCUCCAGCUUUGAAGGAAGAGGUCCAAGAUGUAACCACCAAGCUUGGCGAGUCUGGCACUCUAACUUGUGGAAUCAUUGGCAGACCUUUGCCUGAGAUCAAGUGGUAUCGCUAUGGCAAAGAACUGAUCCAGAGCCGCAAGUACAAGAUGAGCUCGGAUGGUCGUAACCACUCCCUCACAAUUCUGACAGAGGAGCAAGAAGACGAAGGCGUGUACACCUGCAGGGCUGUCAACGAGGCUGGAGAGAUAGAGACCAGUGGCAAACUACGCUUGCAGGCAGCUCCCCAAUUCCAUCCUGGCUUCCCUCUGAAAGAAAAGUACUAUGCUGGGGCAGGUACCAGCCUCCGGCUCCAUGUCGUCUACAUUGGUCGUCCAAUCCCCCAGAUCAUGUGGUUCUACGGCAAGAAACCUCUAAAUUCAUCUGAGAACGUAAUCAUUGAGAACACAGAAAGCUACACCCACCUUGUUGUGAGGAAUGCCCAACGAAAAACCAACGCUGGCCGCUACAAGGUUCAGCUCAGCAAUGUGUUUGGAACUGUUGACACCUCUCUGCGUGUUGAAAUCCAAGACAAACCUUGCAUCCCUGAGGGUCCCGUUGUUGUUGAAUCCCUGCUCAGGAGCUCAGCUGUGAUCAGCUGGAAGGUUCCUAAGGAUGAUGGAGGGUCUGUAAUCACCAACUACAUUGUGGAGAAACGUGAAGCCAAAGAGGGUGAACAGUGGCACCUGGUGUCCUCCUCUGUCUCUGGCACCACCUGCCGUGUGCCCAACCUGACUGAGGGCUCUGCAUACUACUUCAGAGUAUCAGCACAGAACCAGUAUGGUGUCAGUGAGUCUCUGGAGAUUCCAUCAGUUGUCAUCAUCAAGACUCCAUAUGAUAAACCUGGAAUCCCACAGCAGCCAUUCAUUAUGAGUUCGACCAAAGACUCUUGUGUCGUUUGUUGGAAGCCUCCAACUAGCGAUGGAGGAGCGAAAAUCACCAGCUACUUCCUUGAGAAACGCGAGAAGAAGCAGAACAAAUGGAUUUCUGUAACAACAAAGAAAUUUACAGAGACCAGCUAUGAAGUCACAGGCUUGAUUGAGGGCUUUGAGUACGAGUUCCGUGUGAAAUGCCAGAACAUUGGUGGUGAGAGCGACUGGUCUGAAAUCUCUCUGCCAGUCAUUCCCAAGUCUGAACAGGCUCCUCGUGCUCCUGCAUUCAGAGAGGAGAUCAGAGACAUGACUGUCAAAUACCAUAGCAAUGCCACCUUUGUCACCAAGGUUGUGGGCCAUCCAAAGCCUGUUGUCAAAUGGUACCGCAGUGGCAAGGAGAUCCUGGCAGAUGGAACAAAAAUAAAAGUCCUUGAGUUCAAGGGUGGCUACUAUCAGCUGGUCAUCACUGCAGCUGAUGAGAAUGAUGCCUCAUUGUACCAGGUCAGAGCAACUAAUCCGUCAGGAUCAAUCUCUACAACAGCCAACCUGGAGGUGGAAGUUCCUGCAAAAAUACACCUGCCUAAAGAACUCCAGGGAAUGGGAGCUGUACAAGCUGUGCGUGGUGAUCACGUCACCAUCAAGAUCCCCAUCUCAGGAAAGCCUGAGCCAGCGGUCACUUGGCAGAAGGGUCCGGAGAUCCUCUCAAGCUCUGCUUAUCAUCAAGUUAUCACCACAAGAUCCUUCACCUCCCUGGUGUUCCUGAAGGGAGUACAGAGGAAGGAUACUGGCUAUUAUGCCAUUACUGCAAAGAACAGAUUCGGAUCAGACAAGCAAACUAUAGAGGUGAAUGUGGCUGACAUCCCUGAUGCUCCAAAGGGACUUGUGGUCAGUGACAUUGCACGGGAUUCUAUCACACUGACCUGGGAGCCCCCUGCCAGUGAUGGUGGCAGUGAGAUUAUUAACUACAUUGUAGAAAAGUGCCCAACUACUGCUGAUAGGUGGAUUCGUGCUGGUCAUACAACAGACUGCAGUAUCACCAUCAUCAACAUAUUUGGAAAGACCAAAUAUCAGUUCCGCGUUAUUGCAGAGAACCAGUUUGGAGUCAGCCUUCCAUCUCCUCCAACUGAGCCCAUUACCACCAAAGAAGACAAAUCUGUGAUCAGAAACUAUGACGAGGAAGUUGAUGAAGACAGAGAGAUCACCAAGGAGGAAGCUGUGUUCUACAAGGUGAAGGAGCUUUCUUCCAAAUACAUCAUCUCAGAGGAGCUUGCUCGCUCACAGUUUGGAGUGGUCCACCGCUGUGUGGAGAUUGCCACAAAGAAGACUUUCAUGGCCAAGUUCAUCAAAGUGAAAGGAACUGAUCGUGAGUUAGUCCUCAGGGAAAUAGAGGCUCUUAAUGUUGCAAGACAUAAGAAUAUCAUCUACCUCCAUGAAUACUUUGAAAGCAUGGAGGAGAUUAUCUUGAUCUUUGAAUUCAUUUCUGGAGUUGAUAUCUUUGAGCGGCUUGGUACCAACAACUUUGAGCUCACGGAACAGGAGAUUGUCCGCUACCUGAGACAAGUUUGCUCUGCUGUCAAAUUCUUACACAGCCAAAACUUUGGCCACUUUGAUAUCCGCCCAGAUAACAUUGUUUACUCCACAAGGAGAAGUCUCAACAUAAAAAUGAUUGAAAUGGGACAGUCUCGAUUGUUGGUUCCUGGAGAAAACAUCAGAAUGCUAUUUUCAGCUCCAGAGUAUUAUGCCCCAGAGGUUCACCGUCAUGAUCUGGUCACCACAGCCACUGAUAUGUGGUCUAUUGGUGUUUUAGCAUAUGUUCUACUCAGUGGCCUUAAUCCAUUUGCCGCAGAGUCUAUGACAAAGAUGAUUGAGAACAUCUCAAACUGUGAAUACGUUUUUGACAGAGAAGCAUUCAAGGACAUCAGCUUAGAGGCAAUGGACUUUAUAGAUAGACUUCUAGUCAAGGACAGGAAGCUCCGUUUGACUGCCCAUGAAGCUCUAGAACAUCCAUGGCUCAAGAUGAAGAUUGAGCAUGUCAGCAACAAGGUCAUCAGGACACUGAGACACAGAAGAUACUAUCAGUCACUAGUAAAGAAGACUGACACCAUAGUUUCAGCAGCUCGUGUGGCGUUCGGUGGUGCCUUCAGAAACCAGCGAGGACUGGAAGUUGGUAAAGUUAAGAUUGGAACUGAGUACCAUGGCUUGCGUGCUGGGCCUGUCAUGCAUGCCUCAGCUGAGGAAGGUGGCCAUGUCAGAUUUACCUGUAGUAUUUUGAACUUUGACAAGAGUACUCAGGUAUCAUGGUACUUCGGAAACCGUCAGUUACAUCCAAGCCCCAAGUAUGAGAUUUCCUACAGCAAUGGCUUUGCCAGUAUUUAUGUGAAGGACAUUGAAGAGUCUGAUGAUGGUGUCUACAAAUGCAAGGUGGUGAGUGAUGAUGGAGAGGACAGUGCCUAUGGAGAACUCUUUGUAGAAACUGUGAGGAGCAUCAGAGAGCACUACAUGAGCCGCACCAUCAGGAAGCUGAGGAGGAGGGUUGACAAAACUAAACUUCUCCAGAGACCACCUGAGUUCACUUUGCCACUCUACAACCGCACAGCAUAUAUUGGUGAGGAUGUGCGCUUUGGUGUCACUAUCACUGUGCACCCAGAGCCUCAUGUAACCUGGCUUAAAAAUGGAGAACAAAUCAAAGAGGAUAACAGCAAGUACACUUUCACAAGUGAUAAGGGUCUGUAUCAGCUCAUGGUUCACAACCUUGACAUUGGUGAUGAUGCUGAGUACACAGUCAUGGCCCACAACAGGUUUGGAGAAGAUAGCUGCAAGGCUCGUCUCACUGUGAUACCUCAUCCUGUGCUUGAGGAUACAAUGAGGCCCAUGUUCAAACGUCUACUGGCUAAUAUUGAAUGCACAGAGGGAGACAGUGUCCGCUUUGAACUCAGGGUGUCAGGAGUUCCCACUCCUUCUCUUAAAUGGGAAAAAGAUGGCCUUCCUCUACAGUUUGGGCCCAAAGUUGUUGUCAUAGAACAGGACAUUGAUUAUCAUGUCCUUCACAUCAGGGAGACUCUGCUUGAGGAUGGUGGUGUGUACAAAGUCACAGCAACCAACUCUGCUGGCUCUGCAAGCUGCCAGGCUACUCUGAAAGUGGACCGUCUCACUUACACUAGAAGAGAGUACAAGAGCGAAGAGGAGAAACUCAGACAUGUACAAAAACAAAUAGAGAAGACCAACAAAAUGGCUCAGCAUAUUGCAGCUACAGAGGAACUUGUACCUCUAAACCCAACAGCACAGGAGGCCCUCAAAUUUGCUGCAGAGGUCUACAAACCCGCAGUAAGCACCAAGAACAUUGAAGGCGAAUUUGACAUCACAGAGGAGAAAACGGAGACCAAGAAGCUAGAGGAAGAGAGAAGGAUUUUCAUGCCCUAUGAAAUUCCCGAGCCUGUGGUUCAUGAUCCCAAAGCCCUGGAUGAAGACAAAGCCAUUAAGCAGUUUGUACCUCUCUCUGACAUGAAGUGGUAUCGCAAGAUACGAGAUCAGUAUGAGGUAUCAGAGAAAACAGAAAGGAUUGUGCAAAAGAGGCAGAGACGUAUUCGUCUGUCCAGGUGGGAGCAGUUCUAUGUGAUGCCUCUCCCCAGAAUCACUGACCAAUACAGACCAAGAUGGCGAAUUCCCAAGUUGACAAUGGAUGAUUUGGAGACUGUUAGACCUGCCCGACGUUCACCAUCUCCUGAGUCUGAAGUCUCCUUUAGAUCCAGAAGGAGGUCUCUGGGAGCUCUCAGUGAUGAAGAGCUGCUGAUGCCUGUGGAUGACUACCUGACAAGGAAGAGAACUGAGGAGGAGACAAUGAUGCUGGAAGAUGAACUUGAGCUCGGAUUUUCUGCCUCUCCUCCAGGUAGCCCCAUCCGAGUUCAACGACGUGUUGUUGAACAUGAGGAAAGGAAGCAGGGAGUCAUACAUGAGGCCGCUGAGGUUACAGAGACAAAGAAGAAACGUACUAUUUCUCAGUACACAAGACGGAGAAGGUCACUGUCUCCUACCUACAUCGAGCUGAUGCGACCAGUCUCGGAGCUGAUCCGACCACCACAUGCUAGACCUGUUGAAACAGAGGGAGAGAUUGUGGGGAGGAGAUCCCCUACUCCAGAGAGGACCCGUCCUCGUUCUCCCAGUCCUAUUAGGUCAGUGGAGAGGUCGUCCCGCUCCUCCUCUAGGUUUGAGCGGUCGGCACGUUUUGACAUCAUGUCUCGUUAUGAAGCCAGGAAAGCUGCUCUGAAGUCUGAGAGGAAAUAUCAGGUUGUGAGUCAAGCACCUUUCAGUCUUGAUCAUGCUCCUCGUGUAACUGUGAGGAUGCGUUCUCAUCGCAUCCCAACUGGUCAGGACACAAAAUUCACCCUGAACAUCCAAGCAAAACCAGAGGCUGAAGUUGCAUGGUUCCACAAUGGAGCGGAAAUCUCUGAACAUGGUGAGAAAUACAUUUUCACAAACAUGAGUGGCGUUCUGACCAUCACUAUCCUGGACUGCCAAGAAGAAGACAGCGGCACAUACCGCUGUGUGUGCUCCAAUUCAAAGGGUGAGGCAUCUGACUAUGCCACCCUGGAAGUGUCAGGAGGUGGAUACACAACAUUCUCCUCCCGCCGCAAAGAUGAGGAAGCUCCUAAAGCAUUUGUUCCUGAAGUCACACGCAUUGAUCAUUAUCACACCACGCACUUUAAGUCUGGCUAUACCUCGCAAACCUAUUUGGAGGUGGAAGAGAGCAAGUCAAAGCUAACAGAAACACGUGAGGUUGUCACACAGGAAAGAAUUGGUGCCUCGGCCGAGAGAUUCUCUUCUGGUGAGCGAUUCUCCUCUGCUGAGAGGUAUGACUCAUCUAUCAAGUAUGCCUCCACUGAAUAUCUUUCUUCUAGUUCCUCAUAUUCUUCAGAGAAGUUUUCUUUAACUGGAAAGCAUGCAACAUCUGAAGAUAAACUGAAAACAUCCUCUACUGCUUCUGCUCUUGAGCAACUUUCGUUGCCUAAAGAGAAACCGUCUCUUCCUGCCAAAAUCCUCACCAAGCCACAGUCUGUAACUGUUGCAGAGGGAGAGACAGCCCGGUUCUCUUGUGACAUCGAUGGGGAGCCUGCACCAACUGUAACCUGGAUACAUGAGAGCAAAACAAUUGUAUCAUCUCUUCGUAUUCAUGUCACCACAACUCAGUACAAGUCCACCCUAGAGAUUUCAUCUGUGACCACAUCUGAUGAGGGCAGUUACACUGUGGUCGUCGAGAACUCAGCAGGUAGACAGGAGGCUCAUUUCACUCUGACAAUCCGUAGACCACCUCCAAAGGAGGAAAUCAAAGCUGUCAAAACUACUGAGCCACCUGUGAAGUCACCAGCACCCAGUGUUAAGUCACCUGAGCCCUCAGCGGCAUCUCCUGCUCCUUCCUCAGCACCUAGUAUAAAGUCACCAGAACCAAGUGUAAAGUCCCCAGCUGCAGUAUCUCCUGCACCUGAAGUUAAGUCACCCGCACCAAGUGUAAAGUCUCCUGAACCAGAGGAAGCAAAAUCUGCUAAGAGUAUCAAAUCUCCAGAGCCAUCAGCACCCUCUCCAGCACGCAGCUUAAAAUCACCAACUCCUGGUGUAAAAUCUCCUGAACCAGAAGGAAUCAAGUCACCACGUGGGCUAAAAUCUCCAGAACCCAGACUAAAGUCACCACCACCAGUCAAAACUCCUGGAGGUGUGAAGUCACCAGAACCUGAAGAGGCAAAAUCUCCCCGUGGUGUUAAAUCACCAGAGCCUGCAGGUAUCAAAACACCAAGAGGUCUCAAGUCACCAGAACCCACAGGAAUCAAAACACCAAGAGGCAUCAAGUCUCCAGAACCUCCAGGUAUCAAAUCUCCAAGGGGAUUGAAGUCACCUGAGCCUGAGGGAAUCAAAUCACCUCAGAGGGUAAAAUCACCUCCUCCAAUUAUGUCCCCCAAGAGGGUUGUCUCUCCUCCUACUGUGAAAUCCCCAACCCCUAAACCUCCCAAAGUCCUCAGCCAGCUAACAGCUGAGGCCUGCGAGGGUUCAGUCAAGAUGUCCUGCGUCUGUGAAAGCAGUGUCAGGGAGGUGGUGUGGUACGUUAGCGGCAGGAGGCUUUCACAGAGCAGCCGCUUUGAGAUGCACUACUCUGAAGGAUCCUGCAGUCUUCUGAUUCAUGAGUUGGCAGAGAGUGACCAGGGAGAGUACACCUGUGAGAUGACCUCAGAUGGAGGAGUGUCCAAAUCCUCCUUCUCCUUCAGUGGUCAGGUGUUUCAGUCCAUAUACAAGAAAGUCACUGCUUACCGAGAGCAGCAAAUGGCGCUUAAAGGGUCAAUGAUGGUGAGUCACCAGGAGUCAUCAAAGGCCUCUUCCAUGAUGACAAAGAAAGAAAUCCACACAAUGGAGGAGUCUUCGGCCUUUUCCUCCUCUGCCCACCAGACAAUGAUGUCGUCCAUGAUGGAGUCCAGCUCCUUCAGCAGCAUGGCAGCUGAGAUGAAGUUUGAGACCAUGUCAAUGUCCAGCAUGUCCUCUAUGACAUCUGAGACAUAUGCCAUGAGCUCCAGCAGUCUCACAGAAAUGACGUCCCACAUGGAGGGAACCUCAAUGAGAGCAAUCGGUUCUGCUCCGAGAAUCGAAGCUUUGCCAGAGGACAUCAGCAUCGAACCUGGCAAAGUCUUGACAGUCGCCUGUGCGUUCUCUGGCGACACCAAACACAUAGAGUGGUCCCGCUCAGGCAAGACGAUCGACGUGUCCACGGGUGGACGAUUCCACAUCGAGACCACGGAGGACCUGACCACCCUCAUCAUCACAGGGGUGAAGGACGAGGACGCCGGCGCCUACACCCUCAAACUGUCCAAUGAGCUCGGAUCGGACUCAGCAACCGUUCAUAUCAGCAUUCGAUCGGUGUAAAAAAAAAACAAAAUGAUAUUUCAAAUGUCCCCUUUUCCCUUCUUUCAUGACUUUUUAUUUAUUGAUGAAACACAGUAGUCUACUUGAUAAGGAUCUGGAAUAUUCUUGUAAAUAGGAACUAUUUUUGUACCAAACCUGACGUUAAUUUAUGCCAAACUAGACUAAAGUCUAAAGUUGUAAAAUGUGCCAUAUUGGAUAACUAUGACUUAGGAUGUUUGAUCCAUUUUUCUUUGACAUGUACAUAAUGUAUAUAGCCGAGUUUACCGGUUAUGGGAAAUGUAUGCAUUGUUAUUUAUGACAAUAUUAACUGAAACUUAAAGAAACUAAAUAUAGUUUAACAGGAGAAAGUUUCCGCUGGAACGAAUACCCUGCUAAACUGGGAAACUAAACUCUGUGCCUCAACGAUAAGUUGAAGUCUUUAAGUUUGCCUCAACAGGUAGAGAGGCUCCCUGUUGAUGUUAUGAACCGGAGACAAAACUUUGAGCGCGCCGCUGCAAAAGGAGCGGCGCUUUAGUUUGUAACAGGAGCAUGAGAUCCUGAGUGCUGUUUGCAUCUACCCUCAUGCAAGCAGGACGACUGGACCUCGUGCUCCGACUGAUUAUGUCAUACUGCCAUUUCUAUGACAGGCUCACAGUGCGAGCGGCCUGCACUGCUUGAGUCCAAAGCGUUUCUUUUUUUUGUUUUGUGCUCUGCUUCUGGAAAGCGACCGUCAACUCAGACUCUUCCGUCGUUCCAUCAACCUGGCCAGAGUCCUGCCUGCGCUCGUUUUCAGAAGCAGAGCUUCCUCUUGGAGGUCUGCAGUGUGCUUGUGUGUUAGUUUGUAGCGGUUCACCCGUCGGUCCACAGGGUGGCGCCAAUGAGACGACCAGCAGCCACAAACAACAGCAAAUGCACGCGUCUCCUUUGGUGUCAUCCUGCACUUUGUUGGAUUGAAGUUAGCUGUAGCUUUCAGUGUUUUUGCAGCCUCCUUGAGUUUUUCUGCAAUUAUUGAUUUAAUAAAGCAUGAUCAGCACUA